AUUCAGGAUUUAUCUCAAACCGCAACGUUCGUACCAUAACGAUGUGCCAAACUUGUUAUUCACGACUAAACAACAAACAAACCUCAUAAAUAAAGAAUCAAAAUGACCACUCUUUCGCCUGUAACGGAACAUAUUUGAACAUUUUACCCAGAAAAAUAAGGUGGUGCGUUCCCUCUUCCAUCCAGUUCUCUUUAGUGUUUGCCAAUGUCGGAGGUGUAACUGGGGUCUGGCCCUGGACAAAGGUAAAAAAUAACCUAAAUAAUGUGUCCCUUUGUUGUCGGGUAGUGUCUGGGUUAGUUGUCACGCCGUCGGCUGUCUGUACACGCUGUUACAGUGGACUGAAAUUCCCCAGACUUUCCGUGAAGGAUGGGGCGGUAUGGAGAUGCUAGCAAGAGGGGUGCUCGGCCGAUCAGCCAUGAUGAGCGCUAACCGGCUAAACUAGCCUUGCUGGAGGGAGGCGAGAUGGGUGUAUAAUCACCAGGAGAAAUCUCACGGGAAAAUUAAUGACAGCAUGCAUUCUUGCAGGGUAUGAUAGUCUGUUUGCAGGAGCUGACAUUCGCAGGAAACACCGCUUUCUGGUUGGCAACGUUAGCUUCCUGCUAGGUUAGACACUGCCGAGGCUGUAGUAUGUAGGUUCAGAGGGGUUGCAGACAAACCGGUGGGUCUGUCAGUCAGACACAGCGUAACACCACACAGAUAUUCAACUAAUAUAUGUGUGUUAGACAGAAGUGCAUUUUUCUAGGUGUGUUUAGUCUUAUCACUGCCUGUUACAGUGAGUAAUAAGAAGAGGAGCAGCACAGAUUGUGACCCCGACAACCUCGGGGUGUGCAAGAUGCACAGAGAUGCAAAGAAUCGAGUGCAUGCAGUGAAUGAAGGCCACAGAUCAGGGUGAAAACCGUGUUAGAUUCUUAUUGAAAAGUCGAUAUCAGCUGUGUUAUGGAUAUUUCUCUGUUGUUUGUACUAGCUCAACCUUAGUCUGUACUAUAAACACUGGACUUGGCUGACACCUGUUUUCCCAGCCUGAUGGGGUAUAAUGAUCAUUUGUACUCUCAUUUACUUCUCAGUGUCAUAAAUUGACAUCCUCUUGGAUUUGCAGCGAUUGGAAUCUGGUUUUGCACUUAAUAUCUAAGUGCAAGGUGCCGUAUCUCUCCUGGUCUCCUUCUCUAAUCCUCUGAAAGAAUUUCACUCAUUUCCUUCCAAUGCCAUCCUAAUGUUUCUCUUGAAUAAUCGUGAAAUGAGCUUGGUAAACUGUUUUAAUACAGAUUGUAUCUCUUAAAAUGCAGAGCUGAAUUUGAUUCGCCUGUUUGACUUUUUGAUUUAUAUUAAAACAGUGGUUCUCAACUGGUUUCACUCAAGUCACGACCCACCUUAAUAGAAUUCAAACCAAGCAAAUUAAUUUUUUAUAUAAAAAACCUUUAUUGAAGUGGUGACAUCAUAUAAAUACCUAGGUGUACAUCUGGAUAAUAAGUUGGACUGAUCUAAGAAUAUAGACUUCAUCUCCAGAAAGGGGCAGAGCCGCCUCUUUUGCCUGAGAUGACUCCGAUCAAUAGACAUCUGUAGUAAGGUGCUGCAGAUGUUUUAUCAGUCUGUGGUGGCAAGUGUUCUGUUCUAUGUUGCAGUCUGCUGGGGAGUAAGCAUCAAACACAAAGAUACAAGACGUCUCAACAAACUGGUGAAAAAGGCUGGCUCAGUAGUAGGACUCAAGCUGGACUGAGUGGAGGAUGUGGUGGAGAGAUCUACACUGUGUAAAUAGUAGAUAACUUUUAGAGACAUUUUAUGUGAGACAACAGACAAUUGAAUUUCUCUCCGGGGAUUAAUAAAGUUAUUCUUAUUCUUAUUCUUAUUUAAAGACUCAAAUCUUAAACACAAAUACACUUGUUUUAUUCGGUAAAGUGCAUUUCAGAGCACAUGAACUGAGGACGACAACUACAGAAGUUGUGCAUACAAAAAAUAUCAAAUAAAUAUUAAAUUGCGCAAAAUAAGCUAUUUUUCAAAAUGAAAGACAUGUUAAAAAUAUGAUGCGCAUUAAAUAUUUUCUUUUUUGACCAGCUGUUUGCGACCCAUCAAGGUCGUGUCCACGACCCACUUUUGGGUCGUGACCCACCAGUUGAGAACCACUGUUUUAAAAACAUAUAAUUUAGUAAUGCUCAUCUUGCAUAACCACAGACUGUGUCUGUUGUUUUCCACCAAAGUAUUUAAUGCAGUAGUAAACUUGUGCAUGUUUUUAACUGUCUGUCUUUCUGCUGUUCAUAUCAUCCUGUGUUUACUUCAUGUUGGAAGCUCUUUUUACUCACAGAUGUAAUGUGAUUGAGCGUCUGUUGUCUUGUUCAGGCUGCUGUCACAGGAAUCUCCUUUUUUUCCAGAGAGCUUAGCAGCAGUAACAUGAGCAAAGCUCCUUCAAAUAAAGCUUCAUUGUCUGGGUGUAUUAGCUGCCAGUGGAUCAGAUUGUGAGAUAGGCCCAGAGCUGCUCAGUUUGAAGUCUGUUUUCCUGGCUUAGCCCACAGAAGUCUGUCAAAUGACAGUGAACAGCUGUAACUUGUGCAAAAAAAAGCAAAAGAUACUUAAGCACAUGCAGUAAUGUAUGCAAAAGCAUCAUUAAUAGUAAAUUUUAACUCUGUUUUUCAGAUUUUGCUAAAUACUAGUUUAUUCAAAAUGAUGUGGAUGACAGUAGAUUUAGGGCUCUAACACUGUUGAAUGUCAUCUGGUUUCAGGAAUAGAGCAUGGCUCAAGUGAAAGUACAGACCUCAGCACCCCUGGCUGGUCCUGGCCUCUCCCCUGGAGUUCCCCCGCCGGCCAUGGCCAGCCCAGGACCCCUGGGUCUGCAGGCCUCCGUCAACGGCACAGGCCCGGCCCCCACACCCGCCUGCCCUGCUCCUGCAGUCGGAUAUGGGGACGCCCCUGUGUCCUCCACAUCGCCAGGUACAUCGCACUGAACAGUUUUCCUUCAGGAGGAAAAUAAUGUACAUAGUUACCAUUCUUUCUAUAGUCAUCAUUUGACUAAACAACUAUGAUAGACUAACAUCUCAUCUGUAUCUUUUCUAGAACAGUUGUAGGUUUUAAAAGUGAAAGUUUAAGUGCAGUAAAAUCAGAAAUAAGAUUAUAGAAGACUGCUGUGUCAAGACUGAGUCACAAGCUUUUUAUGCUUGUAAGUCCUUGAUUGCUGUGAAUGCAGCUCUCAGUGUUUGUGGGCUCAGUGGCAAAGGGCUGCACUCACUGUGGAUUGUUUUUACAAUAGGAAUCAAGAUUAAUGUCACACCUGCAUGAAUUUCUCUGUAGCAGCAAUUUUAAAGAAAGAUGUUUUCUGCAUAUUAAAUUGAUCCUCUAUGAACAUAAGUACCAUUGCCUCUGUUGCUGUCACCAUGUUUCUCAGUAAAGUGUGUUUGUUCUGUUGUGUUUUGUUGUAGGCCCACCCCAGGAGAACAUGGCAAACCCUAAAGAGAAAACUCCAAUGUGUCUGGUGAAUGAGUUAGCCCGUUUCAAUAGGAUCCAACCACAGUACAAGCUCCUAAAUGAGAGAGGGCCUGCACAUGCUAAGGUAAGGACUGGAGACAAGAAACUGAGGUUGAUUAUUAUGUAAAAAAAUAAAAAUAAAAAGGCAUUGUGUUUCCUUUUGUUGUACAAGUGCAGCUCAAAAAUAAGAAUAUCAUGGAAAAGUCCUUUUUUCUGGCAUUUUAUUCAAAAAGGUAAACUCUAUAUUUAUCACAUGUGAAGUAAAAAAUUUCCCUCAAGAGCACAUAAAUGUCCAGCAACUGAAAAGUAUGUACAUUCAAUGAUUCAGCGCUUAGUCGGGUCUCUUUGGCCAUGAAUGAAGGAAUCAAAGUGGUGUAGCAUAGAGGUGAACAGCCUGUGGCUUUGCUGAGGUGUCAAAACAACCUUCAGCUGGUCUGCAUUUUGAGUUGGGUGAAAAUCUCCCUCUAAACACCCUGUGCAUCACCUUUAGCACUGCAUGUUGGCAUCUUUGUCUCUACAUCCUGGCUUGUGUUGAACUUACUCUUAGAUUUACGUCACUAUGGCUGAAAUUGUCUACCUUUUGACUAUACCAUGUAUUGUUUUCUAUGGGGCUUAGGUCAGGUGAGUUGGUUGGCCAAUUGAACACAGCAAUGCUAUGAUCAGCAAACUAAUUGGUCAGAGUUUUGGCACUGUGGGCAAAGUUAAAGUCAUGUUAAGGGAUUUAUUUUUACAUGUAAUGACUGUAAACGAUGUGGCACUUUCAGGCUCUGUAAGGAACUUUUUAACGUUAUUCAAUUUUUAUCUUCACCUGUAAGACUUUUGCGAUCAUGCCUUGUCAAAUGUAAACUCAUGCUGACGUAUAUAAUGGUCUUAUUUACAGCAUCACAUCUGUUAUUAGUGCCUCAGAUAUUUUCCUUAUUAAAUGUUACUUAUGCAUAAUUCAACUCCUCUAUGGGUCCAUAAGGGUACUGCUUCAAAGUGGUUGUCUGUUAAUGUCUCCCCCUCUGGGUGUCACUGUUGCAGAUCUUCACCGUGCAGCUGACUCUUGGGGAGCAGGUAUGGGAGGCAGAGGGAACCAGCAUUAAAAAGGCCCAGCACUCCACAGCUGCCAAAGCUCUGGAAGAGAGCGUCCUUCCAAGGCCAGCACCCCGCUCCCCGAAAGUGGACAUCAACAGCAACCCAGGUACUGCAUUCUGAGACAGUUUCAGUGAAAGGUUAUGGUCAGACCACCUUGUUGGUACCAUUUCCGGCUUAGAGAGGCUGAUAUUAUCCAGAUUAAAACCUGCUUUUAUAAAAGGCUGAGGCGAGUAUAUCUUUGUCAUACUUUUAUUUAAAUGUUAUAUUUCUGGCAAAUGGAAACAGCCAUUUCUAAUUGAUUGAAACAGAUAGUGAUGAAAUAUAAGCACUUUAAAAAUGUUAGUGCUGUCUCAGCUUAAGCAGCAGUUAGCAAAUUCUGGCAGCAGCGACAAGCCAAAGCAAGAUCAGGUAAUGACAAUUAUUGGAAAAACAAAGAAGGAAAAAGUAAAAGGGCCUGUUCAACAGUACUCAAUAUGAAUCUAAGAGACAGUGUUUCAGGAUCGUAGACUUUCGGCCUUCGGGUUUGUCCUGAGGGCAGUGAUUACAUUUGAAUAAUCCAGGUUUAGAACAAAGCUGGGACAGACUCUUUCAUUAAAGCCUAAGUGCAGGCUUAUGGUUUUUUUCUGGUCAAAUUAAUUCCUUUAGUCAGUCUUACCUUAUCUGCUCUCUGAAGUAUUGUAGUGGUGAAAGACCUCAUAACCAUCUCUUAAUGGGAUUAGGAGAGCCGUGCGGUAGGUUAUGCAACCUCAGGACGGAUCUGAGGGAUUAACCGUGUGUGUAUCAGACAGGUGGGACAGGUACAGGCAUCCUCAUAUUUGAAUGUGUUGGGUAUUAAUAACGAAUGCUCUUUGCCGUUUCAUAAAACAUUAUGAAAACCCUUGGUGGUUGAUAAGAUAUUAAACUUCUUCUCCAAGUUUUCAUUGACUUUGUUGAAAUUUUUCUCAUUUAUUUCGACCCACAGGCAGUAUAACACCCACAGUGGAACUGAAUGGUCUAGCCAUGAAGAGAGGGGAGCCAGCUAUCUAUAGGCCUUUGGAUCCCAAGCCCAUGCCCAACUACAGAGCGAACUACAACUUCAGAGGGAUGUUCAACCAAAGGUAAGCUCCACAAAAGACCCUGUUUUCAUCUGAUAUUAACAUCACUUUGAACACACACACGAAAUCUCAGAUCUCAUCACUAGGUUCGCAUAUGGAAGUGGUCUGACAGGCAUAUGUACACAUUGGUCUGGUGGUGUGUAUGCACAUGUGUUCUUCAAAUUAAGGACAGCCAACUCUUCAUAUAACCAAAUACUGCACAAAAGAGUGAAGAGUCAUAAAAGAUGCAAGCAAACUGACAUGAUCGAUGAGUUCACAACAAUUCUUUGUUUUAAUAAGAGGAGGUGAGCUGGUUUAACUCUAAGCUGUCUAGUUCUGUGCUCCAUAAAGCCAGGUCUUCUGCAUUAACAGCCUGACCUGUUCUUUAUUUCAGUACACAACCUGUUACUGAAAGGAUCAGCACGUGAUCUGUGCCUUACCAUGUUGGAAAUGAUCGGCAGAGAGCUUCAAAUGUAAACUCAAAUGAAAAUAUUGUUCUUAAAGACUCCUCCAGCUUGGUGAGGACGUGCUCUUGAUAUAUCAUCGAUGGCCUCAAACCGUUUUGUUUCUUUGAUCCCACUGGCUCAGAUGCGUGUCAGACGUGGUCCUCGGCUCCAUAUGUUCUCUAAACUGAUGAACAUGGUGCCCUCAUGGGGUCCCUCUGCAACUCAGUCUCUGUCAACGCUCUUUCUUCCCUUCGUUUUUUUAGCUUUACUGAAGCCAUCCAGCCAUUUCCAAAACUCCAUAAAAAUGCCACAGAGAUGCAAUUAAUGAUUUCACCUCCCUGGGUGAAGGAAUGUUUCUGGAGGCUUUGAUUGUGUCAGCUUACCUAACAUGAAAUCUAGGCGGACUUUUUUCAACAAUUACAGGCACAGCAUAGUGUUGUAUCCUCAAAAAAGGCUUAUCCUCAGUUUUAGUUUUCUUCAUUGUUAUCAAUAUGAUUUUACCAUUUUAGUUUGUAGUGUUACAUUGAUUUUAAACGUAAUGACAUGUUUUAUGUUUGCAGUAAGGUACGAUAAGUCUUUCUAAAAGCCAAGUUGUGAAGCUCCAGAGCACAAACAGUGAAUUUCAAAGCCAACAUUUAUACUAUGUUGGGUUAGCAGUAGUUUUCAAGUCAAGUCCUCGAGCCCCUCCAUCCUGCAUAUUUUGGAUGUUUCCCUGCUCCAACACACCUGAUUCAAAUGAUCAGCUCGUUAUUAAGAGCUUGAUAACGAGCUGAUCAUUGGAAUCAGGUGUGCUGUGUUAUUAGAACCACUGGGUUAUUGUGCAUGAAGUCAUUUUAGGGGACAGUGAAAACCGCCUCCAGGUGGCAGUGUUUCCCCAUUUUAAAUGACCCGCUGAUUUUCUGAGGUGAUUAAGCACCCAUUUUGUAACAGGAAUUAUCAUAUUAUACAAAGGUUUAAAGGGUAUAAAUAUGUGCAGUUUUGAUGCAGUUUUUACAUUCAGUUACAAAAAGCAACAAACACCCAUGCUUUUACUUCAACUUUGCCUCUUCAUAGUCUCAUAGUAAGGUAUUCUUAUGCCCAAUUUGUGGGAUUUAUUUUUAUAAUGCGAGUACCUUUGCCAGAAGAAGUCUGGGAUUCGGUUAGCGUGUUGGGUAACCGAGUCAAGUCAGCAGACGGUCUAGCAUCUGGCUUACAUCUUCCACUAUCUGAUCCAUGCAGGAACAAACAGGGGUGAAAGACAAAUGUCCGCAUGCUAGAUGAGAAAAUCUGUUUUCCAGCAUCUGUUUGUCAAUGUCGUAUGUCACAGUGAUGAGUUUCUAAAGAGAGGGGGUGUAUCUGUUCCUCAUGCUCUGCUUUGUUUACGUACGCCACUUUGGCUUAAGAGUGAGGGAAUGUGUGUGCGUGUGUGUGUGUGACCGAGACAGAAAAGACCUCACAGUGUAUUUCAUCCCAAGGUCACUUAUGUUUUCACCAGGUGUCUCUCUUUCAGUAAAGUCGAGCCCUGGAUUAAUGAAAGCGAGACCUCCUGAAUAUGAAUCCUCUCCAUCAGACGACUGACUAUGAGGCAGAGUGACAGGCCAUAUUCACAAUCAGUCACCUUAAUGAUGCUGCGGGGAAACGAAGGUUUCCAUAUGCCCAUGUCCUUACCUAUUAUGAUGAAUAAGAGUGAUCUGGAGUCAUGUUGAUGGAAAAUCAGCCCAUUAAAAGGGCAGCCUGGCUCUGAUCCAUCAGCGCUCUAAUCACCACCAAGACCAGUAUUGAUUCAUUCAGAAAGUGCCCUGAUGAGGAAAUAUAGCGAUAAUAUGAAAAGUGCAUUUGUCAAUGUCUUAAUGAAUCUUAUUUAUGGCGAAGGGUUUGUGCAUAAUAUCUUACCAUCCAAGUCUACUUUUAUAUCUGCGGCGACUCUCUAUUAUCCUGCAGUCAUGGCCACGUCAGUGUUCAUUCUCAAACACUGAAAAUAUGCCUGAACGGUGUGAAAUUUUCAGCUUAUUCUUAUGCUAUUAUUUUUAGUUAUUUCUGUUUUUUCACCGUUAUUUACCAGGUGGAACUUGUUGAGUUUGAAAUUCAAGAUAUAGAUGAGCACAGCACAUAUAAACAAUACAAAGACGUGAUUGUAAUGCGAAGAGAAAUGGAUAGUAAACAUUGGAACAUCAAAGACUAUCAUACAUUUUUUGUCAGAACAUCUUCAGCAUGAUGUGCUUGCCUCCAAAGGUUCUUUUACACAAGCACUCCUGAAAUUUUCUGGAAGUUUCCAGGAUCCUUUUUUCCAAAUGUGUCUUUAGUGAUAUUCCCUGUCAUAUUCUCACAUCAGCUCAUCGUGAGCAGAAACGGCGCACAUAGACAUUUCAGCUGAAGUCAGGGUCAAAAUUUUACUGUUUUUAUUCACACGUGCAUCACACCCUGAAAAUUUUGGGAGUUUUACAGCUGUUGUAACUUUUCCCAAGUUCAGUUCUUACUUCAUGAACAGUCCGGGAAAGGCCAGAGACUCAGUCCCAUCAAACACGUGUACACAGCUUACAGUGAUGAGUGUUGAACCGCAGUGCUCCAUGAACCAGCGUCCAGAUCAUGUAGGCUUUGAGUAGAGGCCUGCAUCUUCAAGACAUUAUCAUCAUUAAGCACAGACUAAAAACUGGCAGUACCCAAGCUCUUUUGGACUCUGUAGAAAAAUAAAAUAAGAGGAAAACAAAAAGGCAUUUAUAAAAAAAAAAAACCUUUGAAGAGUAAAUCUUGUUUUGUCUGCUUUAGAAACAAGUUUCAAAUCAGAAAAUUGACUUGAACAGUGAUGAAAGCAGGCUGUAACUGGAUUUACUGAAACAGUAAAUAGAAUUUCUGCCCACAUGAUUCACAUAAAUGACCAAUGAAUCAAGAAAAUACUUCUGUUAUUAAGAAAUCCUGUGACAUCAACCGUAUUAGCAGACAAUUUUCUACUCCUUUGUAUUAAUGGAACACCUGACUCCAAUGACUCAUGCUGGACUCUUUCCGUCGGUCCAAGGCGCUCCCAGAUUUCCUCUCCCUACUCCGGUCCCAGGGGGGUGGGGGCGCGUGCAUCCUGUAUUCUGUCAGAGCUGGACUUUUUGGAUAGGACUUCCCCUGUUUAGUGCAAAGACGAACAGUCAGAAGCCGCCCACCUCUGCCCAACCCUCAUUUGGUUAUGACCGAAACGUUAUGUCAGCUGGAGGGAUGGUGGGUUGAAUGACUGGGGGUGCUUUGCUCUGUGAUAUUUCCUCCUGUGAUGAUGCUCAGAUAGUCAUCUGGCAGUUGCUGCUUUCUCUGCAGGAAAUAAUAGGGGUCACCCGCGAUGGGAGCUAUUCUGUACCUACAGGGAUGUUGUAUUUGCCAGUUUGGAAUCGUUCUUCAAUAGGAGUGUACACAAGGCACCUUUCCCUUAGAGGAUUAGUCAUUGUUGAUAUGUUAGCAGUUGUUUUUAAUGACAAACCCUAACCAAAUGUUGACCCAACUCUCCAGCCCUUCUUGUAUCCUCUUCCAGCUCAAUAUCUUUUUAUUUUGUUUAAGUUUCACUGGUUUUAUGAAUCCCUUUUCCCGCUUACAUGGCAGCAGCGGAAGUUAAAAAGGUGAUGACUUACUGUAAACUAGCCACCAUGCGUCAAACGGCAAACUGACCAAAACCCUUAACAAAUAAGAAAGAAUAUUUAAGCUCCUGUAAUGUCAUGUCUUUGAUACUUAUCGCACAAAGAUGUGGUAAUGUUUGAAUAAUGAAAUUCCAAAUGACUGAAAUUACACAUUGGGACAUGACAAAGUACAACUGACAGAUGCUAACAUACUUUAUACACAUACUCAACCCCGAAGCUCCCACAUAGGUUCAUGUUGACCUCUCAAAGCCCAACACUGGGAAUCAACACCAAUGCGAAGGGACACAUGCAGGCGGGGGAGACGUGGGAAAACAAAAAAUCAUCAAAUUCCAAAUCUGUCAUACGAUUUUAAACUACAAUCCACAUCUGCCUUUCGCAACAAUCUUUUAAUGACCUCUCGCUACCUCACAGAAUAAAAGCAGUCAUACAAUCAUCCGUUUGAGAAUUUCUUUGUAAUGAAAGUAGGGAUUUGUUUUCCCCAGAUUUUUCUUAAUUUUUUUAAUUUUCUGUCCUGAAGAGUUGACUCAUGAAAUAUGAUUACCUGUGCCUUUGUAGACUGCCUCAAGUGGACACUUGAGGAACUGCAGUUUUUAGCACUUCCUCAUCAGCUUCAUGUCUCUAGGCUGGAGUGUGCUGCUUGCAAAUGAUGCUGGCUUAUGAUCUAGUUUUUUGAUAAGUGCUUUGUUUACUUUGUGCUGUGAAGGCUGCAACUUUCUGAUUUCAUCCAGGCCCAGAAGUGGAGAAGACUCACACGAUCUGUGUGGAGAGUCACUCCAGACGUGCUGUAAAAUUGUCUUGCUGUCCCAACUACUGACUACCUAAAAUGCACCCCUGUAACUUGUGUGUGUAGCAUGCAUGUGUGUGUUUGUCCUCAUGCUUAUGAAAGAAAUAGAGAUAGUUGCCAUAGAAAGAUACUUAUCCUUGAAAAAUGAAUACCCUACUCAUGCCUGCGGGAUAUCGGAAUAAUACCAGACAGCAAAACUGCAGCAUGGAUACAGAGAGCACACACACACACACACACAUUGACAGACACACAAACACAGGUUUACUCUGUCAUCUACGUUUCUAAUGGGCCCGCCAGUCUUACUGAAAAGGCAAAUAGCUCCUGUGAAUUCAACGUGCCCACACUUAGAGUUCGCGACAGUAUUAGAUAUUCCCUGAGGUCCUUCUCUGUUUUGUUGAUUAUAUUUUUGUUAUUUUAUCAUUGGCCUAUAGGGCUUAAAAACCUCAUGUAGCCUAAUCAGGUCACUGUGUGCUCUUUCCGCUCAGGCACAACACAGAUAUGUUUUUUCUUAUCCAUCCCAUCAUCACUGCUGUCCAAAAGCUCAAGAGAGCUGCCAAAGCCCACAAGGUGGAAACUUCAGAGGAAGAACUCUUUCAUUACAUGAUGUUUUUUUAAAAAAAAGUCUCUCCAUAUCUGUGUAGAUCAGUAAAUCAGAUGCAUUCUAUCAGAUAGUUCAUAAAUUGCAGCAGGCCACAAGCCAGAACAAAGAAUAAUCCGUCCAAAUUGUACAAAUGGGUGUAAACUCAUAAAGCGGUGUUUUAUUGUGCAGCCUGGGGGUGGAGGAGUGGAAUACAGCUCCAACAUAAACAAAUGCUCAGAAUGAUUUGUGCUGAACAGACUCAGUGACACAGAAGUCUGGUCUCUCCUUUUAUCUCCUCUCCUCUGAGUGGAGCUUCAUGUUUGUGUAUCCCUGUGUGUCCUCCUCUCCUCUUUUUGCCUUGAUGUAUUGAACCUGAAAACGGUCCUGAGACACAGGAGCAGGUCACAUGAGUGGAAAUACCUGCUUUUAAUUCUGCUUUUUAUCUGGCUUACCUUUAUGAUUCACAUAACUGACUGGGCCUAUUCAUAACAACUCCUGUCAGUGUGUUUGUGCGGUGCUGUUUUAUAGCUAGAUGAUGUUUUGAUUUUGAACUGGACUUGUGAAUUAGCUCUGGUACAACAGAUCAAACAGCAAUAUUUAUGCUUCAUUUUGUACAUGCCCUAAAUACCCAGGUAUAUUAAAUUAAAUACACAAAAAUGAAUACCUCUAUUUGCAUCUUGUUUUGGGAAAUUCAUUAUAUUCACUUGUUUUCAGUGCGACAAUUAAUUAUCAAAUGUCUGAAUGCAAAUUUUUACACAUAAGGAUCCUAUCAGGGUGAUUAGGACCUCGACACAGAGAAGGCGAGCUGCUCUCCCUGCAGGAGCUCUAAUUCCCAUAACCACUUUGUCAUUAUACAUUGACCUGCCUACAUGGUUGGAUUUACUUUCUAGUGAUCAAAAACUUAAAGAUACUCUUAUGAGCUCUGCCAUCGUAACCUGGAUUGCAGGACAGGAUUUUACUUUCCAGAGAGUUGGGAUCAAGCACCUUUACAUCCAUAUCAGAUGACUAUUAUGAUAAUCCAAGUCUCAACAUCGGCCUGAGAUGGGGUCAUUUUUACCACAGUGUCAACAGGCAGUUGUAAAACAUGUUGGACUCCUUUCUGUGAAUUGAUUGUUUGACUGUCGGCACAGGUUGAUCAGAUCUGUGGCUUUACGUUGAAAUUAGGGGUGUCCCAAUCUAGCUUUUUUACCUCCGAUACCAUACCGAUGUUGUAGCCUUCAGUAUUGUCCGAUACUGAUAUUGAUCCGAUAUUAGUACAAAUUUGUGCGUGAUAAGUUUUGCACUCAGCUGCAACAUCUUUUUCAGACUUUAAUGAAAAAUACUCCCACAUGGCUGACAUCACUCCUACUCCUUGGUACUUUGUUAGUACAUUAGUACACACUGUUGUUGUGAUCACAUGCGCUCUGCAUGCUGAAUGCGGGCGCUGCUAGAUAGAGGUGCUGGAGCGGAGUCUGGAAUGGACUGCUUGUAUCAAAGUGCUGAUAUCUGAGGUUUUAGAUGCAGGCCGAUAUAAUCCGAUAUUUGACUUUUUGUUUAUAUUGGACCAAUAUCCGAUAUCAAUGUUGUAUUGGGAAACCCCUAGUUGAAAUAUGGCCCAAUUUGCUCUUGAUUUCCACUACGUUGUCUCAGAAUUAAAAACUGGCCUGCAGUAGACUAUGACACAUUUGACCCUUAUUUUACUUAAGCGCCCUUGUCUCACCUUUUAAGUGUAACAGUUACUUGUUGUGAAGAAAAACAUCAAUGCGCCAGACUAAACCGCUUUCCCGCUGCACAAACAGCUCCUGUUUUGUCUGAUUCACUCUGUCUCCACAUAUCAAGGUUGCUGUACCUCUAAGUUGCCUUCUGGGAAAUUCUUCCUGAACAGAUAACAGAGAUAACCUUUAAAUGGUCUCAUGAUUGUGGGAGCAUCCCUGGUGCAUAUUGACCCAGAAUGCAGAUGCAUGAAACACUCUUUUGUCUCUGUAUAAAGAAACACAUGAUCAGCCGUUUUCUGUAAACUCUGUGUUAAUAUUUCCAGUUCAAGCCUACGACCAGGUGUUUGAAAGAAGACAGAGAGACUAUUUUCUCUUCUUGAAGGAAGCAGACUCUCAAGUUUUACCCACAUUUGAACUUAGUCCACAUCCCAAUCACCAUCGCUAUCCUGUGGUUUAAUGUGCCACCGAAGGAGUGAUGAGAAAAACAGAAAAAUCACGAAUCUCUGGCAAACCUAUACCAGAAACGCCGUUAAAUUACAUCUUCCAAGGUUCACGCUACUAUGUAACUCUUUCAAGACUGAUCAUCAUGUCUCUUUAAACACCUUUCAGAGCACACAAAAGUCAAAACAAAGUAUUUAAUGUUAAGUGAUGCUGCUUUUCUUCUUUGGUGGCCUGACCAACUACAAAACAAGAAAUGUGAGCAACUGUAUGUAAGUAGUCUGUGUUGCACUUUCAGCAAAAGCAAACCACAAGCUGAAAAAAAAGCCUGUGUUGGAGGCAUCUCGGCAUGAAAGGAUGGUGUGUUUUCACGUUUUCAAGAGGACUGUUAGCUGAUCUUGAAUGAAUCAAAAUUAGUCAGCAAAGAGAAUGAAAGAAAAUGAAGUAGAAUUACCCCAGUGUGUUGAUAGAUCACCUGGUUUUCCUAAUGUUGACUUGGAAAAUUGAGUAGUUUUAUUAUCCGAGUGCAAAUAACCUGUAAUUCAUUCCAUUAAUCUGCCAUACACGCUCAGUCUUUAAUGCUCACUGUAGAUGUUUCUGCACGAACUGAAAGCUUGCAAAUGAAUUCAAGACAGAAUUUAAUUAGAGUUAGAAAAAAAACACUAAAAUCUGUUGCAUGCUCUCUCCCAAAAUGUCCAUAUAAUAAGACAGAGGGAAAUUGUUUGUAGGCCAAAUAACUUGCAUAGAGACCAAGUCUGAACAAUCUGGCAAUAGAAAAUUCAUAUUAUGUCUUUGAGAAAAUGGCACAGGAGCAUUUUUCAAACAAAGCAACUCGUUUUCCCCUCUUAAUAACAAUACAUAUAACUCAGCAGGCCACAGUGUAAUAUUGUUAAUGAGGACAGCAGGGUCUGAUUUUAAACUGAACCUGAGCCAGACACCCCCCCCCUCAGUCAGCCGAGCCUCAGCAGUUGGCGCGUGACGGGCGUAAAAAGUUGUUUUUCUGCUUUGCCUUGUCACAUAAAGGCACACAUGGUGUAAUCUUUUGCACAUAUUGACCAGUUUUGUAUUAGUCACUGAUAUUUUUCUGUGCUUCAGUUGUCAGAAUUAUCCACGCGAUGCCUGUUUUCACUGAAGUGAUGAGAGAUGAGACUAUUUUCCAGUGGCUGCUUUUAUUGCUUGUGUACAGAAAUCAGCCCUUUUGUUUUUUGGAGUUAAUAAGCCUGUUUGAAUUUUUUAUUUCCCCUGUGGCGGUGCUACCUGUCAGCUCCAAGUCCAACACCGUAAAUCUGCCGUGUUGGGAAAAAUACUUGACGUGUAACUGUGACUCAGCUGUAAAGUGUGACAGGAGGAGCAGGAGUCGGUUUACACUCAUUGGUUUCAUGUGGAAGGAGGCAGCUCACUGAUCACAGGGCUCAUGUGAAGACGGCUAUAAUCUAAUGUUCACUCAAAACUGGACCCACAACAAACAGUAAAAACCCUCAGAUUGGACAAUUUAAUUAAAAUAAGUUAUGAAACCUCCUUUUAUGCCCCAGUCUGCUUGAUAAAUAGCUGUUGGGGGUUUGGGCAGUGAUACAAGGAGAGACUAGCUGUCUGCCUCUCAAAUACAACAGAGCUUCCCCCAGUCCUGCAUGAUUUGGAUGUUUCCCUGCUCCAACACACCUGAUUCAAAUGAUCAGCUCGUUAUCAAGCUCUGGAAUGGCUUAAUAACGAGCUGAUCAUUUGAAUCAGGUGUGUUGGAGCAGGACUGGACUUGAGAACCACUGCAUUAAUGGUUCUUAUGAAAACUGACAACAUUAAAAGUUUUAAAAAGAGAAAUUCAGAAAGAGUAAUAGGUUACAGUCAUUAUUCUGACUUCCUGGUUUGUUGAUGUAACAACAUUCGUGUGAAAAUAACUAUUUCGCUCCUCUACAUGAUUCAUGGUCCGUUGCUCAAGCACUGAAAGUAUGACAACACAUAAACCAUUUUCAGUCCGCACCUUCUCUGUGGAUGAUUGUUAAUCUCUGAGUCACAGCUGCCUCGAGGGACGUCCGGUUGAAUAACAUUUGUUGUGGCUUCUCUGGGACCGCUGCAGCUUCCCGUUACUCUGAUACUGCCAUCAAAGAGACUGAAACACCUUUAAAGACUUUGUGUCCUUUUUAAAAUGUUGCAUAACGAGAUUAACAAUAUAAAAGUUUCACUCCAGGUUUUUUUUCUCUGUAUAGUAUUACAAACCAUCUUAAUGUGCUGUUUUAAUUAAGUUUCAGUUGUCUCCUGAAUGCUCCAGUUUAACCAGACUUCUGUUAUUGCCAAGAUACUCCUCAGAUUCAUCCCGCAAUAAAUCACAAUAAAUGCAAGCACUGAAAGAUAAAGAGCAAAUAUCAGGGUCAUAUUUUUGGAGUUGUUCCCACCCAUCAUUCUCGUAUUUGACUCUGCAAUAAGUCUCAUGGUGUGCCUACGACCCAGAGAGGUGGGUGGGACCUGGUCUGUCAAAACCAAAUGGAUAUUGCCUCCACUCCCACAACUUGAUUAGACUUAAAAAAGGUAACUUUUUCAUAAAACCAGGUCCCAUCAGGCUAAAUGGCCAGCAUAACAAAGGAAAAGUACUCUGUAUACACAGGCACUGAAUUGGUUGCACUCUGCUGAUGUCAUUGUCGAAUAAUCAAACAACAACACAACCUACGAUGCAAUCAAACCAACAGAUGUUUGUUUUCAACAUUAUUGUCAUGUUAAACACACUGUUUGUUUUUCCAAUCCAAAAUCUGAUUUUUAUUUCUCAUUCAUUUUAAACUUCACUUGUCUGCUUUUGUUUCAUGUGCGGGGGAAAAAAUAUUGCUUAACAAGCAAUCACUGACAAAGACAUAAUUUCAUAUAAAACCACAACUCUGGCAUCUCUCUGAGUCGACUUCUCCCAAGCGGUUUCUAACCCCAAACAGGGUCCAAGGAUUUUUAAUACAGCCCCCAACACCAUGACAGUUGAUGUUUUGAGCUUUGUGUUUACUUGACUACAUGGGCUGUUUUCUCACACCACUGUGUAUUUUCUCCAUUAACAUUCGCGUGAGGCAGAGGAGAAGGAAAGCAAUCUAUGAUGGACACAGGGAAUGAAGUAUGGCAGUUGGGAGGGAGAGAAAACAAGUAAAAUUCUGACAGGAGAUUGGAAGAAAGUGCAGCUGGUGGAGGAGUGAUCCUGUCCAAAUCGCUGUCACCCUUUUCGCUCCCAGUGCAGCUCUGUCCCCUUUACAAGACUCAGAGUUGGAUGUGUGCAUGUGUUCAUCAUGUGUGUGCUCAGCUUUUGGUUUGGUGCAUAAAAUCAUUAGUUUUUGCAUGUGUGGCCCGCACAUUGUUGGUGGUCAAGCUCAGUAACAGUAGAAGAUGAAGUAGGCCGGUAUACUCUCAUGGUGUUAUUCGUCUGUUUGUUUGGCCUACAUUUUCCUGUCUGCUGCUUUAGCUGUUGUGAAAGCAUGUUUUUUUUUUCUUAAUACAAAGGAAACCCACAAGUAUUCUUAGCAGUAUAAGCGCCCCAUUCAAAGAGGCUAUAGUUCCUGUUGCUGUGGUCGCUAGUUAGAGUCCUGUUGCUGCUUGCUUUCCCCUGCUCUCUGUUACCUUAGUUUAACAUUGUGUGUAGGAAGGCAAACAUAAAAAGGCCAUGUAACUGUACUUUAACAGCGACUAAUCAGCUGUGUGAUACGGCUGGGCGAUAAACCCAAAAUUUACUGAUACUGAAAUUUACGACAAUAAUCAAUGUCAUUUUGCCCAUAUUGGUAUAUUCUGUGCAGUGUUGUUUUGGUUGACGAUGAUGUUGACAAAAUAUUUCGUCGUCAUCGUCAACAAAAACAACACUGCAGAAUACAUGUUUUGCGUUUGACUGACGAAAUGCUCAUGAACACCUUGUUCGUCGUCCACCACUAAUGUUUUCGUCUAGUCUCGUCUCAUCAACGUAAACGCACAUUCGUCUUGUCACAUUUGUGUCAUCUAAGACUUAUGUUUAGCUCGGGGCGUUGACGAAAUAUUUUCGUCAAUGAAAACAAUACUGAUUCUGUGUCAAAAAAAUGUUAAAUAAAAAUUGGUUUUGGGUAGGCUAUGGUCUCAUGUCCCUUUAAGAUGCUGUCCUAUGUCAGAGACGUGACUCCACCCCAUCCAGUCCAUAACAAAGAGGGAAAGACAGGUAAAGAGAUGGAGGACAGUUCAAAAGUUGUAGCGGCUGGAGCGGCAGCUGAAGUAGACGAACUUAAUGUGGGAGGGGGUGAGCAGCUUGUAGAGUAGUUAUCCUUCAUUUAUCGAUAUCGAGGUGAACUGCUCAAUAUAUCGUGAUAUUGAUUUGAGGCCUUAUUGCCCAGCCCUAGUCAAAGGUGCUACAUAAGAAAAAGACUUAUUGUUAAGGUGUGGCAGUUCUUAUUUAUUGCCACGAUCAAUUACAUGUAGGGGAAGCCUGAUCUUAUAUAGAUUCCAUUUAACUUAAGACAUUUAAUGUAACUUUUCUGAUUCUCAGGCUAUGAGAAGUAAUGGGUCUUAUCAGUGUCAUGAGUUUGAUCAAGCUGCAAAAGGAAAAUUAGCAACACGGGGUGUCUGUUUACUCUUAAAACAAAUCUAACACAUGCCAUAAGAGAGAAUGAGCUUUCCCUCCUAGAAAAGUUUCCAAUGCCAAAGGAGAAAAUAGUUUCCAGCCAAAAUGUCACCCUGUCAUUUAUAGUAAUAAUUACAAUACCAUGUCUCUGUAUUCCCAGUAGAACUGUGUGUGGGCUUUGAAGCUCCAGCGUUUUUUUUGCCUGCGUCUGCCUCUGUGUGUGUUCGUAAAUGCGUCUUUGAAUGAUUAAGAUGAAAUAGUAACCUUAACUAUCUUAUCCCACAUUAAAGAGAGCUGCAGGAAAGCUGCUGACCUCAAAGUCAAACUCAUUACUCACCGCUGAAUGCUGAUGAGUUAUCAUUUGAUUGAGCCGCGGCAUCUGUCGGUUAGUCUUUCCCUCACACACUCGCUCUUCCUCAGAAUCCACACGAACAUGCACACACACAAAGACACACACACACACGUCAUCUAGCAGACAUGAUGGUGUUUUUUUCCAUAUUUUUUCUUCACACCCUCCCCACAGGUGUCCUGGUCCUAUUCCCUUACUGCAGUAAUAAUAAUAACAAAAAUAAUAAUUGAUAACACAGAACAGGCAGAUCCAGCCAGCAUGUGCUGAUUUUUGUUCUAACCACAAAGCGCUGACGUGAUUUUUCUGCCUUUUUUUCCUGUCUGCAUUAUUUUGAUGUGUGUGCGUGCUCUCGCCUGUGCUCUUGGCCGACUCGCUUGUGUGUAAGCCACUACUUUCCCACGUUGUAGAGUAGGGUCUCCCACAGGCCUCCCUCCAUGUCUUUCUCUUUCUCCUCUCUUUUUCUUUACUUCCCCCUCUCCUUUUUCUCUCUCUCUCUUCAGUCUCUCCUCUCUCUCCCCCACUUUCUCUCUCCUCCUCUCUGCACCUGUACUCAGCGCUGCAGCCCCAGCUGCUCCCAUCUCAGCUCAGCGAUGUUGGCUAGAGCCCAUGUUGCACUUGGCAUGUCCUCUGAGACCCUGGGGCCACACUUGACGUGCGAGGGCCAGGCGGGCCCCCGCCCAGGGAAGGCUGGAAGCAGACGGAUGAGAGAAGGGCUGAGGGCUGGAGAAAGACCUGCUGGAAUUUCUGGGAGUAAAACGCUGACUCAUUGUUGGGCCUGCCGGGUAGGAGACAGAGGAAAGGCAUGAAAAGAUGUUUACAGAAAUGACAGAUGUGUUCUUUAGGAGUUAUCUUGCAGGAUUUACUGUAAGUGGCGAGACAGUAUUCCUGGUACUCUGAUGUAAAAAAGUAUCAAACAGUAUUGGAUUUAGUUUGAAGCUCCUUAGAGAUGUUCUAAGCUAGUUAUGGAGUUUGUUAGUUGUUUUUGCCCAACAUCCACUUAGCAGCUAUGACAAGCAUUAAAAAUGACCAUUUAGCAUGGUAAAAGCCCACUUUUCUGCUUCAUGGUUUCACUCCUUUAAUUUCAUUAAACAGUCACCAGAAGAAAAAUUCCUGACAGUGCACAAGCUAACACACAGUUUGGAAAUCAACUCUAUGUUUCUCACUCUGUUGCCUGCAGUACAGACGCAGAUACUCAGUACAGGUAUGUAAGGAAUAGCGAGAAAAAUAGUUUCCUGGUUACGAUUUGACCAGGUGUUGUCUAUGUGUGGGAAAAAUACAGGUAGUUUGUUGUUGAUUGCAAAGUCUUCUUCUACUACCAUUAUGUGUGUAUACCUCUAGACAACGAUACAAGCCAUCACGAUGUCAAACAAUUAGAGCCAAUAACGGAAAGCGCCCUCUGCUGUUUAGGAAAGGGUAUUGCAGUUUAUUUUUUAUCUCACUUGAGAACGUCCCAAAUGUGUACCGAAUGUUUAACUAUUGCUACAUCAUUUCAAAAAAGUGUUUGUUUGGAUUCUCCUCAGUAUAGAUUCACAGUGAGUGAUAUAUUUGGUUGUGAAAAGACAGCGGGAAGAGUUGUUCUUAAAGAAAUGCUCGCACGCAUGUACAGGAUAAGCUAGGCCGAGGUUAAGAGAUACGGUGAAGUCCACAAGACUGGCACAAAUCAAAAGUUGAAGUUGAAGUUUAAUUCAAGUAUAUCUAACUAAACUCUUACUAUUUUAUUUUGGCCGUAGCUCAUAUUGUUUGUGAUAGUAUUCUCUCCAAAGACAUUGUUGGAAUCCGAAAACAUGGCGUCAUCGCUUCAGUGGACAUUCAUAAAUCAAGUUUGAGCAUUAAGUUCGUCAGACAGCUUGUCGACAAUCCAACAAUUCAGUCAAAUUAUCUUACAAUUUCCUUUGGGAUAGUAUCCUAAAAUCACCAAAAUUGUUCUCUUAAGCUUGAUGGAUGACAACAGCCGAUAGUUGGGGUCAUAGAUUUAAUGAUCCUUUUGUUUUCAUGUUUUUAAUUUGUAUCAAAGUCUGACUGCUCGUGUUUCUUUCCACAUCUGAGCAGACAUCAUGUUCAGAUCAAAACCCUUGUGCUGUUGAUUACAGUUUUAUUAUUGCCAAGAGAAAGGACCAAAGAACUACCAAAAUCAAUCCCAAUUCAUAUUUUAUCCGGAGUAACCUUUAACUUUUAGUGACACUGGGAAACCCCGCCAAUGGUGUGCGUAUAACCUGAGGCUUUUUUAAAGUUAAGCUGGAAAUCUUAAAGCAAAGCUGUUAAGAAAUUACAGAUGAUGCUGCUUUAAGUAACGAAACGCAAUGUAAUGCACGCCACUCAAUGUCAAGUCUCGUCAGCUUACAUAUGUCAGAAGUUUGGUAACAAUUACCCCCAAAAAAGGAAAGGAAGAAGCAAAAUACCCAGCUUCAAAAUAACAAACACUUCCUCAUUUCCCCCUGAUAUUUACAUCAGCUUUAUAUGUUGUUUACCAUUUGUGCUCAUUAGCAGAUGUUAGCUAAACUAGUGUGGACAUCAAACCCUAAGCUAGCAUAGCAAUGCAACCAGUGCAACACAAUACAAUGCAAUGCUAGCACAGAAGGCUACCUUGGACUGUAUUUCAGAUUGGUAAUAACUCAGUUAACUCCAGUUUCUGUGGGACUGCCACUUGAAGCAGCAGCAUGUUAACUGAACCCAAACUUUGUCCUAAGCCCUGUUGGAACCGGCAAGAUCAAAGCUAGUUAGCCCACUACAGGAGGUGACAUGUAAGGCAACAAUGCUGAGUUGAAGGUGGCCUUAGAAAAGUCUCUACUUGAAGUUGUUUGGCGGAGAGGUUUGUUUUCAAAAAUGGAAUCAAGACGUGAACAUAUUUAUAAGCGGGUGUUUGUUGCUCUGAAAUGUAACACUAGUUGUUGUCGAACUACUCUUUUCCACGGCCUUAUGACUCGCAGUAUCUUAAACUAAUGACAUGCAUGUGUGCUGUUGUGAAAAAGACUGCAAGAGUUUCCAGUGCACGCUACUUUUCUUGUCUUACGUGUUUGAGCUUCUUGGAUUAUAAAGCUUCUUGGGUUCCCCAUAUUCCAAUUAAGUAUUAAAUCUCACAUUUCAGUGCCAAGCAGGAUGUUUUGGUAUAGCUGAAAAUGAAUACAUAUGUAUAUAGCAUUUAAGUCAAGCUUGUUUUAAUUUUCUUCAGCAUGUAGUGAAAUAAACUCCAUUAAAUUUUAGAAUACAUUUUGGCAGCAGACUCAGUUCCAUAAAUCUGAACUGCUGUUAUCCAUUUGUUUUUACCACAUAGGUUGGCUGUGUGUCCUUGUGUAUGUAAGCGUAUACUGGCAGGGAAAAAAAAGAGGACAGGGAGGCGGAUAUUAAAAAUUCGGAUUCCUCUCUUCUCUUGUUAGCUUUCCCACUAUUUCUCUUUCCCUGUCGUCGAUCUGGCAGACAUUCUCUGCCCUUCUACCCCCCGGCCCAGGAGGGGGUAUGACACACGCGGACUCGCAGACCUUUAAAUCUGCUCUGUGACGGCUCAGUCCCGCUCUGUCAGGACCCAAAGAAAGAGAGGAAAAUCUAUGAUCGGGGCCAGGAGAAAGAGGAGAGGAAAUAUAUUUCUCCGGGCUUUGUUUGGCAACACUAAGAUUAGAUUCAAUAGCAAGACAUCAGUCAAGUGGUUGGCCAACAGGCUAUUGUGCAGUAAUUGACCCUGAUGAAGUGGUGAGCCUUUAAUUUGGGAACAGUGUAAUCGGUUGGGAUUGAUAACUUGGCCAUAAAGUCUAAGCCUCUCCCUCCCCUUGUUUUCUAAACCUUUAAUCUUAUUUUCGAUAACAGUGUUGAAAUACUCACAGAGAGUAUACGUACAAAUACAUGUUUGGAUUCUGGAUCACAUUUAAACCUUUUUUUUCCCGCUGUGUUUUUCCUCCAGGUACCAUUAUCCUGUUCCUAAGAUCUUCUAUGUGCAGCUGUCUGUGGGGAGUCAUGAGUUUAUCGGCGAGGGGCGCACCCGCCAAGCAGCCAGACACAACGCUGCCAUGAAGGCCCUGCAGGCGCUGCGCAACGAACCAAUCCCUGAACGGCCUCCACAGGUAAACAAACACAUAAAUACAAACAGCUGAUUGUUGGUUUAGACCAGUGAAACCCAAAGGUCUCUUCUUUGACCGCUUUGUGGAUUCAUGAAAAGGAUCAUGAAAAGGAUCAAAGAAUCCCCCCCUGCAGAGUUUGUAAAUGCAGAUGCUAAGAUGAGUGUCUAACCAGCUUUCUUGAGAUUUAAUCCCAAUCCACUUCAGCUCCUAUUACCCUAAUGUAUGAUUUAAGCCUUUCUGUCUCCGUAGUGAAGUUGACACCUGGCUCCAGAGCUUUUUUCUCCUCCAGGUCUCUCCUUACAUUGUCCUUUUACUUUCUGCCUCCUCCCAAUGUCACUGUACCUCUCCAAAGUUUCCCCCUCAGGCAUGGCUGUUAACUGUUGUUAUCGUCUCCCACCGGAAAUCAAAUUACCCCAUAUCCUCACCGCCUGGCAUCGCUGAUGGUUAUUCAAAACGCUUUGGCUCUCCUCACACGCCUGACUCGCUGUCUUGUGGCGUCGGCCCGCAUAAAUACGCUCUUUGUUUGCCGCUGCUUCUGACUCCUGCUUUACAAAUUGAGGAACAUUGUGUCUACUACGGUAUACGUCUGUCAUGCUGUCUCCAUGUGAGUGUGUGUACGCUCUUGUGUAAAUGUGGAGACACCCUGGAGCUAAUAGUGUUCUUGUUUUCUGUUAUUUUUUUUUCCAAAAACCACAACCUGUCAAUCCUUUGAUUUAAGGAAGACCACAGGUUAAUAUCAGUGGCACUCGGAUUGUGUUGUGUUUAUACAACGAUAGAGCAAUAAUGUGUAACCCUAGAAAGCACAAAUUUUCAUGCCUUCAAGCUGUAAAGAUCUAGUCUGGAAACUGGUGACUAACCUUUAAAUCCCUUCCAGUGAGACAAGAUCCUGGUGAUUAGAUAUUAAAGCUUUUAUUUCAUAACAUAUCCCUUGUUAUCUGGAGAGACCACCUACUCACUGAAGACAUCAAAAAUGAGACACAAAAGUUCAUUUGGUCAUGAUUGUAUGAAUUUCAAUUGAUCAUAUUCCUUCUGCAAAAAGUCUUUAGACUUUCAGUGGUCUGCUAUAGACAAACAUUAGACUGUACCAUACUAAUAGACAGUGUCUAUGUCAGUGUGCAUGUAUUCUGAUAUCUCCAUUGUAUCAUUGUUUGCUUAAGUCAUACUUCCUCAUGAUUUCUCUCUGUUAUAUCUGCAAUACCGUUCACUGUUCUUAUUCACUUGUUGUUAAUUACUGACAUUCUUUCCAGCCCCUCGUGUGUCUCAUGGAGAUGUUUGCAUUGCCUUCAUGUCUGCUCCAGAGAGACAGAUGUCACCUGGUCUGUACAUGUUUCCCAGUGACAGGGAGCUGUGCAUCACUACACAAAAGCAGACGCAUAUUUAAUAAAGAAAUUAGACAGUAUACAAUCUGUAAACACAUAUACUACUGUCUUCUGGAUUAACAUAUAUUUUUGGGCUCAUUAUUUUGCAGAAAACCUCAAUUAAUCUCUUUCAUGAAUAUAACUGCUCCCAGUUUGUGAGGCUGAAAAUCAAAAGUUAGAAAACAAACCAGCUUGGGGUACCCAGGUAUCACUAUUUAGUGUUCUUGUAUUGAAACAAGUGUUCCUGUUUUUUGAUUUUUACUGGAAUCACAUCGAAGUCCAAAAUCCUGGUCUGGUAACAAGUCUCCAGUGUGGUGUAUUUUUAUACCUCACCAAUAUAAUGUUUAAAAAAAUAUCCCGAUAACAAUAUUACAAGUUCAUAAAUCCUACUUAUAAACACAGUUAAGUAACAUGUCAUCAUCCAUUUAUUGUUGUGCUCGAAUUUAUGGUUUAUCCACAUCAUAGGGCGGUCAGCUGAAACUCUUUUAAAAAAAACAUUGCCACAUAAACGAUUGUCUGGCAUGCUUUUAUUUUGAUAAUUUGUUGUCUUGCAUUUAGAUAGUAUGGUAAAAGAUGGAGUAAAGCUGUGCUUUUAAUUUGAAAUGCAAGCCAUCCCUGGUGGAUCUAAAGUUCUACCAAAGCAAAUCAACAAAAAACAACAACAAAAGAACAUCAUCGGAGAUGACAGUGGCGUAGAUGAAUAUUGAUUAACGAGGCAUAUUAAAUGUUUAAUUGAGUCAUGUGUUGGGAGCUAUUUCUUGCAUUUUCCUCUUCAAAGAUUCCAAUGAGUGAUACUCUUGACUCCAAAAAUAGAAAGCAGGAGGAGAUUAUUUGUUUGGAAAGCUACUCUCAUAUUAACAGAAGGAUGGGAAAGGGACAUUAUGAUGCUUUAGGAUCUGGGAAACAUUUCCCUCCAUGAAGAAUCUAAGACUUGGUUUGUUUUGUCAGUCCCAUCAUCUCAUCUUCUGAUGAAGACUCCUUUCGUCAUGCUCAUGGAUAUAAAUGUGAAUGUGAAGCCUUCUGUCCGCCCACAGUCACUGUUUAUUCACGCAACCCCUUCAGGGCGAGAGUUGAUGUCUCACAACGCUCCGAGUUAUUCACGGGCUUCUGCUUUCCCAAGGACUCUCUGUUCAGCAGAUCUGUAAAGAAGGGGAGGCUCCAAAAUUAGAGCUGGCCCUCUGUUUGUCUUAGUCAAAGGAAGGUUGCUGUUCUGCUCGGUCAUUCCGGCUUGCUAAAACAGACACUUUUAUAUGCAGCCUUGAAGUGCAAACACAUCAUAAAUCACACAGACAUGAAGCUGUGGCCGAGGGAAAUGUGGCCUUGAAAACGAUCAAUACAUAUAAGGAAUCUUAAAAAGCGGUGUAUGGAUGAGGUGUGAGCAAGGAUCUGUGGAUUGACUCAUCCUUGCUUCCCUCAUGUGCGCACAUUCGGCAGUCAAUAAACGCUGGAAAUGUAUGAAUGUCUUGGAGCUCGCAGCCACACGCCUCUCGCCACUUGGAGGUCUUUCCCCGGGUGCAGUAGGUGCAUCUAUCACGUGACAACGUUUCCUGUGAAAUCUAAGAGAUCUCUCGGUAUGAUUCAUGCAUCAGAUCAGGUCGCACAAUGAGGCGGGAGGAGGGAAGAAGCCCAAAGGGAAAGACAGAAGCCAUUCAGACAUAAUCAGACAAAGAGCUGGACAUGAGAAGAUAAAGAUCGAGAGACAGAGCUCUGCAUUCCCAUAGACUAUCGGCACCGAAAAAGCCCUUUGGUGUUGAUGAUGAUUUGAUCUGUGUGGCAUGAAGACGCUCUCCUUGCUUGAGGAUUGAUAGCCAGAUCUAGAAAUAGAUAAUAACCAGUCUGAAAGAUCCUGGUAGAUUCUGUCUGUUCACUUGGUGUUUACACAACUAAAUUAAGAACAAAAAAAGAAACAAAAAACUGAUCAUGAGUUGAAUGUUUUUCAUCUGGUAUGCUGUCUAACAGAAACUUAAACUACAAAUCCUUCAUGUGCAUCCUCAAACUUUUGGAAUUAAAGGGUCCAGUCAAAAAAAUCUGCUUUCUUUUCUCUUUUUAAAAUUUCCAUCAACAGAUCCAUCUUUAAUGCCAGAUAAAAACACAAAUUUGAGCCAUUCAGUGUUUGUUUCUUCCAGGGAGUAGUAUAAAUAAUGAUCCAACCGUCUAAAAACAAGGAUUUAUAUACUGGCAAAUUCUUAUAUUUGAUUGGACCACCUUUUUUUUUUUUUUUUUUUUAAACUUGAUUUACAGUCCAAGGACCACCAGUCAUGUCCUGGAAUAAAUCUUAAUCCCGUAUCAGAUAAAGAUCAAAUCCAAAAACAGACGGGCCUCACGUUGCAGCUGCUUGGCUUACAUCCACCCUGUUGAUGUGUAGUUCUUAUUUUGAUCCGGGGGGCAACACUGCGCUCCCAUUUUUUUUUUUUUUUUAUUAAACAGGAAAGAUUGAAUAAACAUAAUUUUAUUUUUAUUCGUCAACAAGGAUAAUGAACACAACAAAAAGAGCAGGCCUGAAACACUUGUUGUGCUGUUUAACUGUGAAUUUAAAUUUUUGGCACUCCAUUGAGACUUAAGUUUUCCUUUUUUUUCCACUUGCACCUCAGUAUGUUAAGUUCCACUAUGUUUGCUCUCAUAAUGUCAUUGUAAAUAUAACACAUAGUGACUUUUUUUCCUUGUUUUCCAGAGCCCAGAGGAAAAAGGGGAGACCGAAGAAGGCACCGACGCCAGCAAAUCAGAGAUCAGCCUGGUCUAUGAAAUCGCCCUGAAGAGAAACUUAUCUGUUAACUUUGAGGUGAGACACUCGUGCUGUAAAUUACACCUUGUGUUUUUCCCUGUAAGCAGUGAUUGAAGAUAAGGCCUCGCAGAUACAGAAAGUCUGAGUACUCAUGAUUUACAGUGAGGGCUGGAAAAAUGUCAUAAUGCGGUAAGUGUUUCAAUAAACUUACCAGAAAUUGAAGGAGUCACUCUGAUAAUCGUUUUUCCUCUGGUGAUAAAGACAGUCAUGUUUACUCAGCUUUUCCUGACUUGUUCAAAAAACGUCAAAAAAAUCAGUUCGCAGGAAGUUUGGGUUGGAUCAUCGCGUGCAGAAUUUCUAUGUGUGUCAAUUUCAAAAUGUCUGUGGGCUGAUGUGCGACAUUGGUAUGAGACUCAGUGUUGUGGUUUGUGGCCUGGUGACUCAGCUGAUAAGAGUCUUCUAUGAUUCACUCUUGUAUAGAAAAUUAGAUUAUCUUAUGUUUAAUUAGAAAUUUUGUAAGCCUGUACUCCCUCAUCCAAUAUUUCUCCUCCAAGGACGGUUCUUGACGUGUUUUUGACCAAAUUGAAAAAUGUAAUGAGGUUACCAGAAAUCCCCAAAUGUUCCUUCCUCCUGAGUGUGACACUCAAACUCAUUUUAAGGACUGUAUGCUGCAGUAUUGUGAAAUUUUUAAGGUUAAAAAUGUCAUGCUGAUUCAUUUAGAUUUGGAUUAGAAUUCAAUGUCAAUGAAAAAAGGAAAAGGAAAUGAAAACAGUUCAUUGCAAACCCUGCAACUGUUGGAAAACCUUCAGUGAUCUGACACCUUGUGAUUUCUUUCCUUUGUGGAAGUGAUUCAGGUCUCAUGACCCGCCACCACCUUCCUGUAGAGGCGUUAUUAUGCUAUGCUUUAUUUUUUAUGAUUUAAGUAAAAUUAAAACUCUUACAUUGACAUUUUCAGUUUCCAAUCGCAGGUGUGUCUACAGUUCUGACAGAGAUGGUUCUCUGUUUUCUGGGGCAAACGUGACUGUAAGCCCUAAUCCAUCAGUCCAUCACCUGUAUCACCUGCCAGAGCGAAUCCUCAGCAUGUCAUCUUUGGUCGACCUUUGCCUUGUUAAAAAGCACCACUGCUUUUUUUAAUACACAAUUUCAAUCUGAUCCCACCAAGACUGCUUUCGUAACUCUUUUAGCCACUGCCCCCAACUUUUCCAAAUUCAUGAUGUAGCCUUGUGCGUCCUUACAUGACCUGCUGGGCCUGUUCCCCUUGGCCUUCGGCGUAUCUCAGCUGACUCAUCCAACAUUCACUCCCUGAUGGCCCCCUCUUCUUCUACUGCACUCUGCAAGGUGCCAAAAACAAGGGAAGCUCAGUUUACUCUUUGUGCCCCCUCCCUUCCUCCAUCAAAACCCCUGCCUUCCACCUCUCCGACUAUCAUCUUAAAAAUCACACUGAAGGGCGGAUGCAUGUUGAGGCUAGAAAGAUGGUGUUGAGAGAAAACCAAGACAAGGACCGAAGGAGGGAGGGAGGGAGGGAGGAAGAUUUUUCUUGCUGUUCUCACUCUGACUUUGCUUGCAAAUAAAAGUUUUCACAACACUGAAGAAAUUAUCUGGAAAGCUGUCCAAUCCUCCCUUUCACGCCCUCCCCCUCCUUUUGUUCAUAAAAAGCAUUUGUUAAUCGGAGCAUGACAUGGCCGUCCUUCCUGGAACUACUAUUAAUAAUUUCAGCCAGCCAAAUCUGGAUUGAUGUGACUCAUCUGUCAUGUCUUUGUCACUGUCAGCAGUUAUGCCACUUUCAUUUUCUGUCCUUCCAAAUUGGAAGCUGACAGCGGUGGGUUUUAAAAGCAGCUUCAUUUCUCCAGACAUCUCGCCGUUGGUGUGGAGACUGGCUGCUCGUUACUGCUGUCUAAUGAGCAGUAAAUCAGUGAUUUCUCUCUCCUUCUUCAGUCUGUCUUUCUUGAAGAUUCUGUCUUUGGACCAGAAUUGUACUUGUCUUUUUGGGCUUUUGAUAAAAUUGAUUUGAAGUGGAAAACGAUUUAUUAUAAAGAGCUUAACAUGGAAUCAGUCUGCAGAUGGACAAUUUGAAACUGUCUGCUCGUACGAGUUGAUUUCCACCUCUUCGUUUUAGUCACACCACGUUUGUUUUCUUGUGAUGCAUCAAAAGAAACCGAAGGUCACACCGUUUCUUCUCCCCGUUCCUGGUAUCACCUACCUUUCACCUACCCCAUAUGGUGCCUCUGAUGGCCUACAGUGGAUUCACUUACAUUCUCAGCAUGUUGAACGCAGUAUGCACUUACAGUGUCAAUAUGCUGCAUCUGCAGAUUGAUUGUGAAUCAUGAGGAACAUUUUAGACUGAAGCAAAACGUUCAUCUUCAAUGUGAAUACCUUUCAUUGAAACCGUGUUUACACGUCAUUUCAUUCCUUCUUUUACUCUGGCAUGAUUUUACCCAUGAGUCACUGCAUACAAAUAUGCUGCUUUCUCAUCCAACGAUGCAACGAUGAGGGUCGCCGCCACCCUGAGAGCCAUUUGGCUCCCUUAAUCCCCCCGUCAGGCAAUAUCAAACAGAUGACAGCAUCAAAGAGGAACCAAUCUAUAAAUCACAGCUUGUGUGUUGGAUCAGAGGCUUCCCUUUCCAAGGAGGACACAGGAGAAGAGGGUCCGAGCCAAGAACCACCCAUCUUACAAGAAGCAGCUCCCCUGAGGGCUUGUCCAUCCACUAGUCGUCACAAAAGAGCCUUUCUUCCCUCUACCAGUCCUCGCCAUUGUCCUACACUGCUCCCAUAGCCUCCUCCGUCAGUGUACCUGAGGUCUCGCAUGCAUCCUCAGACUGCUCAGGGUAUUAAUGUCUCCCUGAGCAGUCUGAGAGCAGGCCUCCCAUGUUAGAGAAAAGAAGAGAUGAGCAGACAAGAGCAGAAGGGGAUCGUAAAAGAGAAAAAAAAAUAAAAAAUCAACAUUGAAUUACAGCGUGUUCCCUGUGUACAAUCUGAUCCUUGUUAUUAGGUGCCACAUGGGUGUGUUUGUGUGUUUUUUUUGUGUGUAUGUGUGUGGGAUCGUGCGUUUAAAUGAAUGGAAGUGCUGAAAUCCCAUCGGAGUGGCGCAGAUCCCGUGUCGUCUGCCAGGAGCCUGACUGCAGCUCGUCUGCCGCCAUCCUGGGCCAAGAGUGUGUGACAUGUGUGCAGUGACACACUCUUUGUUUCACACUCUUUGUUGACUGAGCCAUAACUCCAGACAGGCCUCAUUUGAUGUUAGCAUCGUUGUUAGUUACUGCGUGUUUUUUUAUCAGGCAAAGAGUGACAAACAUAAAAGACAGAUUACUAAUUACUGUUUACUGUGAUACACCAGAAGUAAACUAAAGAUUGCCGUUUUAGCAAGAGAGCAGGUAAGCACUGAAUCAGUCUCAAAGGACAAAUGGAUGCUCUGGUCUUUUAUGUGAUGACUAAGUGGUGACUAAGUGGUUCACAAAGUGGCCCAAGACCCAUGAGCUUACACUCUGCUACACCGGUGUUGACAAAUGCAGACCACACAUCCUGCAGUAACCAACUCUCAGGUGCUUCGACUCUAAUGCGCCUGACUUCCUCUAAAUCUGUGUUCAGUUUGUUUUUGUUCUGUUGCAGUUUGGCCUCCUGCUCCAUCAUUUAAAGAAGCCUGGCUUCUGGUUGGACAAUUACAGGUCAUCUGACUGCACAGACAUCCUCUGAUGGGUUGACAGAUCAAAACUAUGCUAGCAGUCUUUAUCUAGCAUAGUAGGCUAACAACAGAAAUGACACUAUUUUACGAAAAGUCAUCAUAGGUUACCUUUGCUUUUGGAAGAUGGGAUGUGGACUGUGUGGACAGAAAGUUGUCUGUCUCUCAAAGACAGUGGAUUUUACAGGAAGUCAUAAUGGUCUGCCCUGUGUUAAUUGAUACGUUGUGCAAUUAAAAGCCAUGUGUAUCUGCAGCUAAAGGAACAUUCAGCUUUGAGCUCCACAAAUGUCACAAAAACAACAAAACUGUGGCAGCGAUCACUGGUGCUUAUCCAAUCCAAUAAAUAAAAGCGGGUAAACAACAUUUAAAAUGAAAUAAAAUAAAUGAAAUAAAAACACAAAAGUAUAAAAGAAAUAAAAGUGAUAAAAGGACCAUAAAGGACAUAAAAAGACAGAGAUCACACAAUAGUUUAAAUUACUUGAUGGUGAUUGGCAACUUUACGAUAAAUAAAUAAAUAUAUGAUAUUCAUUUUUUAUAAAAGGGAUGUAAACAGUCAAAAAACUAGAAGAAAGUUUGCAAAUUUUGAUUCCUUUGGAGAAUUAGAGGCAGAAAACUAUGCCUCUCUUUUUCUUCUCACAGUGAAUAUGAGGCUGGAGCCGGCAGCGGGUUAGCUUAGCUUGAUUCAAAGACUGGAAGUAGGGAGAAAAAGCUACUCAGGCUUUUUCCGCUGGUAGCAAAAUUGAACUAACAUGACCUCUAAAUGGCACUAAUGAACAUGUUGGAAGUCAUUUGUUAAAUCCGAGUGAAAACAAAAUGUAAAAUUGAUCAUUUGCAGUCUUUAUGAGAAUUAUGUGCUGGAUCAUUUCUUAACCAGGACCAGUUUCUGGAAUCCCCGUUUGUAGCCUGCCAAAUAAACAAUGACAACUGAGGUUGUACAGAGGAGUAACAGAGGUUUGCGGUCGGAAUCAAACCAGGCACAUCGUGGUCACCCACCAGGAAGCAAAUUUGUUCAGUUUUUUGUUUUGUUUUUUUCAGUUUACAAUUUAGCCACUCAGCCACUCGGGUGGAAUAGCUUCACAUGAAGAGGCUGUGAUGGAUGAAGAGAGAAAGAAGACUUGAAGGAGUGUUUGAUUCACUGAGCGCAGCCACAGAAUUAAGGACAGCUGAGGAUGCUUCCUGUCCUGCACAUCCCAUCAUUCAUCGCAGCAGAACCCCACUUACAUCCUCAUUCUGUUACCAGCCUUUUUUUCUUUUUUUUUCAGAGUGUAAUCUCAGCUGGCCAGUGAUGAGCAAUGUCAUCAUCAACCCCAUUGACUGACUUAAAAAGAGUCAGAUGUAUCUAGUCCCAUUGAAUGCUGUAAUGCUCAAGCAGCUGCCAUGUUACAUUUCCCCUUUCUUGUGAUGAGCAAGACCAGAUCACAUCCCCUGGGUGGGGGUGAGUUUGGCUGUUAGCUUUGACAGCUAGCGCUCCAAGGCUUCUCCCCAUCACGCGUCCUCACAGUCACUGUACAGGAAUGCUGACAGCCUAACAGGUACAUUGACAGUAAACACAGGACUGGUGUUAUAGCCGUGAGCGUCCUGCACUCACUCAAAGCCCUCUAAUAACCUUUUAAUAACCUCCCUCUGUGGCCUUUUUGUGAAACGUUGACCUGAAUUUUCACAGAAAACUUCUAAACGCCGCUUUUGCAUUCAGUCUCUGUUGUUUAAUCAAAAUAACAAAGACGUUUGUGUGCGUAGGGAAGGAGGGGUUUGUGCACCCUUUGUUCUCCCACAGGUCUAGUAUUAGGGCUGGUAUUAGUCUGUGUUGAUGUGUAAAGCAUUUGAGGAAUGUUCAUGUUUCCACUUAUCAGUUUAAUCAGUUUUAUCGGUCACUGGGUUCAAAUUAACUGUUUCUAGAUUGUAUCUGAUUGCAACAAUUUGCGCUGUCUGCACCGCAAAUUGAGCUCAAAUGAAGGCGGCGGAGGAGGAGGAGGGGUUGAGAAAGAAACAUUAAUAGAGAGUCGCCGCGGUUUAAGGGGGAAUGAGGAGGAAAGUCUGUGAGCUAUGAGUCCACACAGGCGUCCACAAUCGCUGAAACAUGUUCUCUUAGACUCGGUAAGUGUGUGAAAUCUAAUUCUUCCUCCAGUGUGUUUGUCCUAAAUAAGAUUUGGGAGAACCCCACCUGCUACACACACACUCUCAUGCACACACUCGCACACUGUUCUCGGACUUCACAGGAAGUAGAUGUGAUUGCAGAAGCAUGACCUAACGCCAGCCGGUGUUUGUUUUAGGUCUCCCAGGUGACCAGAGGCUGGAGGAAGGAAACUGAGCCCUCAACACUAGAGACUGUCAUCUAGAAACAUGUUCCUCUUCAUAUGUGCAGUUGUACGUCACUGUGUGUGCGCGCGCAUGUGUUCGUUUUCUGUAUUAGAGUAGCACACGCGCAUAUGGGUGGGUAGCACUGUGACCAUCGAGAACAGAUGUUUUGGACCACCUGGUGUAGCUGCUUGAACAUAUGAAUGACAAAAACACAUUUAGAUCUUUUUUUCCUCUCUUUUGUUCUUAAAUCGUUUUCUGUCUCCAACCCGCCUGAAAAAAAGAAGACAAAUCAUUUUUAAAACCCGCGUUUAAUGAAGUUUCUCUCAUUUCCAUCCUCUCUCAGGUGUUAAAGGAGAGUGGCCCCCCGCACAUGAAAAGCUUCCUGACUCGCGUCACCGUGGGGGAGUUCUCUGCCGAGGGCGAGGGCAACAGCAAGAAGCUGUCCAAGAAGCGUGCCGCUCUGUCCAUCCUGCAGGACCUGAAGAAGCUGCCCUUCAUCCCUGUUGUGGAGAAACCCAAGACACACUACAAGAAACGCACCAAGACCAUCCUCAAGGUACUGCGGGGGUCACGCUUCUUCUUACAGUCACAUUAUGCAGAAUAUUUUCAUUUCUGGAAACCGUUUACAACUCUCGCUGUAAACUGUUAUGAAAGCAUUAAUUUUUCUUUGUUUGAGUUGUUAAAAAAAACCUUAAAAGUCUUAGAUUUGAUUCUAAAAAGUGUGCAGAAACCUUGGUAAUGCACCCAUCAUCUGAGCGCAUAUGUCAGGUACAGUGCAACUUACAUAACAAAGCUGUGAAUUAGGAUUUUACGUUUUUUCCCUCUUCAAUAUCCUGUGUUUCCCACUUACCUCUUUAUCUUUACAUCCACCGCAGGAGAGUCUAAUAUAAUUUCCGCUCACUGUUAUUCAAUACUUUUACAUAUGAAAUACACACACAGACACCUUCAGCUCCAUCAGUAGACUGCAGACGAUUGUGAUAAUAUGAUAACAGUUUGAGAUCAACCAUCAUGUAUCCCCUCUUUCUUUCUCCUAGACGGGACCAGAUUACGGUCAGGGCAUGAACCCGAUCAGCCGUCUGGCUCAGAUCCAGCAGGCCAAGAAGGAAAAGGAGCCAGAGUACCUGCUGCUCUCUGAAAGGGGGAUGCCCCGCCGCCGGGAGUUCAUCAUGCAGGUGAACAAUGGUUCUUGGUUGUAUGAACACUUUGAAAGGGUUUAUGUCAUGUUACAGAAAUACAUUCAGAUCUAAGUGAAGUGUAAUUGAGAUUUUGAGGGCUGUGGAGGUGGAAGUUAUGUAUACAGGAGCGCAUGAUGCAUUCACGUAGGGCUGGGCGAUAUGGCCUCAAAUCAAUAUCACGAUAUAUUGAGCAGUUCACCUCAGUAUCGAUAAAUGGACGAUAACUACUCCACAAGCUGCUCACCCCCUCCCACAUUAACUUCAUCAUCAGCCGCUACAACUUUUGAACCUCUUCUUCGUGGACUGGAUAGAGUGGAGUCACAUCUCUGACGUAGGACAGCGUCUUAAAGGGACACAAGACCGUAGCCUAUCUACACACAUCCAAAACCAACUUUUAUUUAUGUAUUUUUUUAAACCGAAUAUACCGAUAUGGGCAAAAUGACUUCAGUUUUCCGUAAAUGUAGGUAUCAGUAAAUAUUCGGUUUAUGGCCUAUCCUAGAGUGAGGGUAGGAUGGAACGGGAGAUCCACAGGAGGAUCAGAGCGGUGUCACUAGUGUUGCGGACGCUCAUCCGAUCCGUCGUGGUGAAGAAAGAGCUGAGCCGUGAGGUGAAACUCUCGAUUAACCGGUCGAUGUACGUGCCGACCCUCACCUAAGUCCAUGAACUUUAGGUGAUGACCGAAAGAACAAGAUCGGAUACAAGCGGCUGAAAUGGGUUUCCUUCACAGGGUGGCCAGGCUCAGCCUUAGAGAUAGGGUAAGGAGCUCGGACACCCAGGAUGCGCUCAGAGUAGAACCGCUGCUCCUCCACCUCGAGAGGAGUCAGCUGAGGUGGCUCAGGCAUCUGGUUAGGAGGCCUUCUGGACGCCUCCCGUUAGAGGUGUUCCAGACAUGUCCCACCGGGAGGAGACCUCGUGUCCAGCCCAGGACCAGGUGGAGGGAUUAUAUCUCUCGCCUGGCCUGGGAGUGCCUGGGAAUCCACCCGGAGGAGCUGGCGGAAGUCGCUGGGGUGAGGGCCGUCUGGGGUGUAAGAAAACGACGACGACCAGCUCUACAUUCAGGCACAGUAGUGAGUAGAGGAUACCUGAGGUUUGUAAGGCUUGAGGGCCAGAGCAUAGUCAGUGGAGUGACGUCUUUUUCCGAUGAAGAAUGACAUGUGAGAUAUCCGAAAUGACAGCUUUGGACAGAGAGAAUAAAACAGUACAUUUCUCUAAUGCGUAUUUUGACUAGACAGAAUUGAAUUUCAGAAAUCUCAUGUCCAAUCUCGCCAUUAAAUGUUCAACAACUGUGCGUAAACUCAAGCAGAUGUCAGAGCAAGAGGAAACUUCUGUGAUUGAGAAAAAAUAUGCAGCCAGCAGCAACAUUAUUAUAUAACCUCUUAACAGAAGGACACAAGUCUUGUGGUGUUCUCCAGAGACUUGGUUCUGGUCUCUCAUUUCAGUCAUGUGUGUAGUCCCAACCUUGCUUAAACCCAACAUACUUCCUUUAGAACAAAGCCCGAGGCAGUGUACGCUUAGGAACACUUACAUGCAUGAAACCUCCACUUUACUACCAUAUCUGAUGUCCUGGGGAAAAGCGUUUAUAUAUCUGGACUGAGCUUUGUGCCUUCAAAUAACCAACAAUGAUCCCAGUGUUUUCUGAUCCCAGUGUCCCUACUAUCAGCCCACAGCAACAGUUUCAACACAUAAAUAUCACAAAUACAUGCUUCGAUGAUGAAAACACUCAUGUUCAAACACAUGACGUUGUUUUUCGUGAGACUAAUUCGGUGUAACAGCUGUAAUGUUUUGUAUGUAGUAGAUGAUUUAUAAUUUUAUUCCUCUUCACUCCACUUUUAGUAUCUUGGACCUCCCUGUACUUCCUCUCACUCCCUUCGUCUUCUCUCUCGAAUCCACUCUCUUUCCCAUCCUCCCCGUUCCCUCUUAAACCUUCGCUGUUUGAUAUUCAUUAUUUUUAUAGCGUACAUACAAAGCUCAGAAUAGCUGAGAACCCAUCUUUACAGCUCUGUGUUCCUCGCCAGAGCCGCCAACUGUUUUCAUUAUACUAAACUGCCGUUGUGAGCUGUUGUUCUUCGUCAAUGAAGCACACAGAUGUAAGUCUUCCGACUGCACAUAGAUUAUAGAGAGUAGUUCGUGUUGUGAGGAGCCAGAAUCAUUAACAGACCAAAUGCCUGAGUCCUACUGCAGCAGCAACCUUUCACCCUUAACUAAGUCAUGGGAGAUUUGCAGUUUAUCACUAAUCCAGUAAAAAGAGCAGGACUUUGUAUGAAACAGGGGAAAACCGCCGUUAACAGAUUCAGAGAGACUCCAACUUUUUUUUUUUUGGCUCUUAUGAAGAAGCACUUGAGCUCUGGAUACACAUUUGCAAUUUGCAGUAACUGUUUAAUGUUAUGAUAGCGGUAUUAAGUAUGACAAAUGAAAAAAUAUCAGAGGCAUUAUAUUGGCUUUAAUUCAAAGUUUCUCUGUUUAUCUGCAGUUCUCUGUGUUUGGAAAGAGAACUAAAACAUCGAACUUUGAGUAAAAUGACCAGAUCUGUAGUGAACUUUCUCUUGAGUAGAAGCAGAACUACCACUCUGUUAAUCUGCUGAAGUAAGAGUAAAUAGUUAUUUAUGUAAAAUCUACUUCACGCCCUGAAUACUUACUUCUACCCCAUGAGACGUGAGUAAAACUAUAUUGUCUAAACUAAUUGUUGUCCUAUAACCAGAAAGAAAUCACAAAUUUUUGACAUUAUUUUAUUGACCCAAGCUGAGAUGAAGCCUUCGGAUAUUUUUGCUGCAUCUGUUCACAGUAUUUGACAUUUUAUCUUGAUGGACUAGUGCAGCAGAACUGUCAGGUGGGAGACUUCUUCCCGUCAGCUGGCAGUGAUAAGUUGAUGAAAAGCUUGUACUUCUGUUUUGUUUUGCUUAUCAAAUGAGAUGAAAUGUGAAACUCCUCACAGUCAAAGUAAAAUGAAUGAUUGUACAUAAAAAGCCACUUACUGGCUUUAACAUGAGCAGAUGUAGUUUGUUAUUUUCCACAAUACCUAAACUUGGAACUCUUUUCUUAUUAAUCCAAAAUAAAGCCAAAACUUUUUUUUUUUUUUUUUUUUGCCACCAAAUUGAGCCCCAAUAUUCUGAGAGUCAACGAACUAGCCAACUUGAGCCUCAGGCUGCAUCAAAAUAGUGGGAAAACAUUGACGCUGUACCCAGGACUCUGUCUAAUACUUAGAAAUGAUGUGUUCAGGGUUCCUACGCAGUUGGAAUUUCCAUACUUGUCCACUUACUUUCCAGAAUUAUUUUUAGAAAUGCCUACUUUUCUAUUUUAGAAAACAGUAUGUAAUAUAGUCUGUUUAAAUAAAUGUUUUCCAUACUUUAUUUUUUUAUUUACCAUAUUUUUUAAGACGUGGAAAUUGAUCAAAUUACUUCCAUACUUUUCCAUACUUUCUAUACUUGCUUAGGAACCCUGUGUGUUCAAAAAUCUCCUCAUUCUCUUUUCUUCUCUUCAAUUCUGCCCCAGACCUUGUCUGCGGGCCUCUUUGACACACUCUCACCAGGCUGUAUGUGUGUUUGUGAGCUUUAUCUGGAGUUCACUCAUUUGUCUAAAAUUUUAACAGUUUCCUAAAUCAAGUCUUCGUAUCAGCUUCAUACCACUUUGUUUGACAUGUCUUCAACUCUAUGUUCAUCUUCAAAAAGAAUGAAAGCCUCUAUUUUAGCAAUUUAGGAAUUUAUUGAGACGUGGCCUAUUUGAUGCAUUCAGACGAGCACUUACUGAGCGUGUCAGAGCACUUUGAGUUAGUGCACUGAGGCCUGGCUCUUCAGAGAGGCUCUGGCUCCCAGGAUGUUAUUUGUGGAGUGUAAUUGUCUGUUUGCAUAACAUGACGACGUCUGAUAUUCAUUUGGAAAUAUCUGCUCUCAUUCUGUGUGGACAGAUUUAAUGUUUUGGGCCCACUGUAAAGCAAACACAUCGCUUGUAGGCUUUAUUUUUUAAGGAUGACUCGGCCCAGUAAGAAACACAAAGUGCUCCAGGCUAAGAGUUUUAAGAGCGCAGCUGGAAGAGGAAGUGUAUUUCGUAAAAGUUUCAGCAAGUCUUAUCAUUUCAUAUCAGUGUCUGCACAGCCAUAAAAUCAAGUAGUGAAUCUGUUAUUUUUUUCCCCCCUUUGUGUUUGUGCAGGUGAAGGUUAACAAUGAGGUUGCGACGGGAACAGGACCCAACAAGAAGGUGGCGAAGCGGAACGCGGCUGAGGCGAUGCUCCUGCAGCUGGGUUACAAGGCCUCCACGGUCACUCAGUCUCCCACUGAGGUACACACUCCACUUUACUUCGGUUGUUUCAACCGACUUGCAUAUUUCAUUGCCAGUUUGUAUAUAAACCUCCCCUGAGUUAGUUUGUUUAUCUGCCUGACUACUGGAAGUGUAGGUAGUUUCUCAUAAGUACAGUAGGGUUUCAGUGAGGGCUGCAGUAAUUUGCAUUCUUCAUGAAAUAUCUUAAAAAUACUUUCCUAAAUCAUGUAUAUUGAAUGAUAUUAACAAGAUUGCUAAAAUCAACAGGUAUGAUUUAACUCACAACUUAAUCUUUCAAGUAGAUACAGUACAAAAACAGUGAAAUUACAUAUUCAACAGUCAACAGUCUCUCAAUCUAAGGCAGUGGUUCUCAAGUCCAGUCCUCAAAAACCCCCGUCCUGCAUGUUUUGGGCGUUUCCCUGCUCCAGCACACCUGAUUCAAAUGAUCAGCUCGUUAUUAAGCCAUUACAGAGCUUGAUAACGAGCUGAUCAUUUGAAUCAGGUGUGUUGGAGCAGGAAAACAUCCAAACAUGCAGGACAAUAGGCCUCGAGGACUGGACUUGAGAACCACUGUUCUAAGGGUUGGGGGUUUGAUGUCCAAGUGUCCGUAGCCCCAACCUGUGCCUGCUGACUGUGUCCAGCGUUUAGCUAACUGAUGGGCGCUUUACAUAGCAGCCUCUGCCUUCAGUGUGUGACUGUGGUGUGAAUAAGUGAUAGUGAAGUGUGAUGCAAGAGUGCUUUGAGUGGUCUGAAGACUAGGGGAACACAGUCCAUGUGCGACUUACUAUUGAAAGGGACCUACAGGACUUACUCGGUGAAAUGUAAAUUGGUGAUGUAGGCCUACUUAAUGGUAUCAAUUUGGACAAUGAAAACAUCCUCGACAAUGCAUAUCACACCCCCUGAUUAAAAGACAACAGAGGGAGACUUUUUGAUAGGAAAUGCUCCAAACGUGCACACAGGACAAAAUCACCAAAGAGAUUAGAGGUAUGACUCUGUCCACAGGGGGCCCCAAAACUGACACAGUUCCUCACAGAAGCUUUAAAUGUCUCAGUUGUUCAAAAACACAUGAAAACAGUAAAAGAGGGAAUGCGAAGGAUCACUCAUUAGAACCAAACCAGAUACAUGACAGUCAUGUGGCUGCUACAGUCCUCAUUUAUGUAGUUUCUGUGAUUAUAGAGUUCACAUGAUAUAAUUACAUUGUACAGGGUAAUGUGAUUUGUGCAUCAAGUUAACUAUUUUCACAAGCGUUUCUAGGAACUUGUAUUUUUCAUGAAUGGAAGAGCACAUGUGUUUAAGCACAGUAAGAGACAUAUAAGGUGUUUUGCAGCACCUGUACAGCUGUGUGCAGAAAGAUUAUAUAAAUCUCUUCACCACUCUCAUUUAGUCUAUACACUAUCUCGUCUCUCUCACCCUGUGUAGAAUCCAACAAAAGCUGAUAGUCAGUCAAUUUUCAGAUUCAUCACGGGUCCCCAUGCUGCUGACCUGUUAUGCAACCUGUUCAGCUCCUCUGAACCGAGUGUGUUUUUUUUUGCAGAGCAUCCAUUGAUCUCCAUCAUCUUUAUUCACCUCAUCGGUUUUCAAGCUCAAGGGAGCAGAUUCAGAGGGAGACGAUGUUACAUAACCAGGCUCUGUGUAGAAUAUCCAGCGCUCCCUAGACAGCUCAUUAGUCUGAUAUGUGCUGCUGCAUACAUCUCACUCAGACAGCUAUACCAUAGAGCUCAAGGAUGGCAUUUUGCUCUUAUCAGAACAAGUGUGGACAUGCAUGUUUUCUUCUGAAGGAAUACCCUCUUUGUUUUCAUCUAUUUUCUUUAUUCAGUGCUGUGACUUGGUGCAAAUCAGCCCAUUAUAACUCCACAAUGCUUCUACUCACGUUGAGAUACAGUAUGUUUUGAGUACAGUAUAUAUGUUACCAUGAGUCAAGCCAAUACCAUAGAGCACAUAAUUUGAAAAAGUAAGGUGCACACAAAGAACUUUAGGGGCACAGUGAAAAUUGAUCAAAUAACGUGUGUCUUAUUGGUCAACUUAAGAAGUAUUAUUUGAAAUCAAUUUGGGGUUUUUUGGUCACAUGACAUGGACGCUAUUGAAGAAAAUGUUUAAAAUUUGCCUUUGAAUUUAACACAAAAAUAUUUUAGAUGACAAAUUGGUGAAAUAAAAAGGUGUGUCUUAUUGUUUGACCUUAGUAUUAUUAUUUGAAAUCAAUUUUAGUUCAAUUGAUCACAUGGUAUGGAAGUUAUUGAAGGAAAACAGCCUUUUUGUGGACAUUAACCGGUAAUUUAUUGAUGGUCCCUUAUUCAACACCCGAUGUUGACAGCGAGGGUGCCGAGUAGAUUUAACCGUGUUGCUGUUGCUAUUCCCGGUUACAGAGAGUGAGAAGACACCAGUAGAUCUGCAGUGAAUAUCCGUCGAAUAUCCAACCUAAAACUAACUUCACCACGGUAUUUACAUGAAAAAAUAUUUGUUGUCCCUAAAUACAUUUUACUAUUACAAUACAAUACAAAGGUGAGUGAAAUGGUUGCACUGUCCAGCCCUGACCUUACAUAUGUGUAGCAUAUGUGCUUUUAUUUUGAAAGGAUACAAAGGUACUCCCAAAGUUAUAAGAAUAAAAUGUUGUCUGGUCUUCUACCAGUGGUUAAGUCUUUAUCUGCUGCCAGUAUGUUUGUUCAUCUAUAUUGGUAUAAAAGAAGUGAUUACGUUAAAGGCAGAAAGCGCCCCCUCCAGUUCAAAAAAGGUAUUGCAAUUCAUUGUUCAUCUCGCAGAUUAUCACCCUUGAAAUUCCCCUGUAACUUCUUUGUAAGAUAACGUUGCAUCCCUGUCAAAAGGGGCUGAAAACCAAAACAGGAGACAUCUCCACAAGGUUUUUGGAUGGCCUACUUCUCAUUAAAUCCUCAGACAACUCAAGCCCCCAUGUGGUAUAAAAUGUUCUUUUACUUUAGAUCUCCUUCAUUUUGUCUCUCUAUCUUCUCUUCCUUUUUUUGUUAAGGAGCUCUGCAGCACUACGUUCCCACCGUGGGAUUGUGUGUGAUCUGUGCUAAAGUGUGAGGACACUUGAGGGGGGGUGUCUGCAUUUGUUUACAGCUAUGUCAUCUCCUCAGCUGUCACACACAUCAGGAAUGAUUUGUUCCUCAUUUUCACACGUGUGUUAGCGACAGUGUGUGUUUAUGCAGACAGACACGCAUACCACAGCAGAAGUAACACUGAAUAGGGGCCUUUUUUUAAGUGACUAAACACUGACAACCCCCUUAAUUGAGUAGCUGGCGUAGAUAGACAGACGCUAGGCUCCUUAAGCAUCCCCUCCUGUGAGCGCUCGUCUCUUUGUGGCCCAAACAGUAGGAAGGAACUCGUCUGACAUGCGUGAAGAAGCUGUCUGUUCAAGAAUCUACAUCUCUCUUACCUCCCCCUUUCUCUCCUUUUCUCUGCAUCGCUACAGAUGGACAACAAAGGCUGGAACGGACAAAAGGCAUCAUUUACCGAAGGGACGAGUAACAGUGAGUAUCUGCACGUCUCCCUCUGUCUCUGUCCAUUUCCUCCUCCUCCUUCCUCUCUCUCCCCUCCGUCCUGCAGGUGGUUUUAGCCGCCGAGAUGGCCCGGCGUUUAAUCUCUGUGACUGGUCAAUGGGCUGCUGACUGUCAGCUUAAUCGGCCGUGUGUCCUCGUGGGGAGCCUGCGAAUUCAGGCUCAUUCACGCAGGCUUACAGGGCCGGCACACUGGGGCCCACCGGGGAGUCCCUCCACUGCCUUCCUGUGCAAAAAAAAGAAUACCAUAGCCUUUCACUCAGGAUUAACACACAAGCACACUGCAGUCCAGAUCCACGCACACAUUGCCAUAAUCCUGCAAAAGAAGACACAAACAGUGAGGAUAGCUAUGUGAUAAUAAGAUAUGGGUAAACAUAUGGGGCUUUUUUUUAGAUAGCUGCAUAUCUCCUUCAUAAUAACACAAAGAGCUUUUGAGAAAAGCUACAGGAACUUUGAAGCAACUUAAUCAUCUCCUACUAGCAAUACGAUGAAGGAAGCUCAACUGGUAUUAGUUAUUGUUGGGAUUUUUUACUACUUCACUGGUGAAGUCCAGGUUCGAGAAUACCAUCCCUCAUUUCAGUGGAGGUCUUUCCAGACAUGAAUAUUCCCCAGAGGAUGAAUCCUUCUGUUUUUGGUGAGCCACUGAUAUCCUAACACCACAAUAAGACUUGCAUUUUGGGAAUCACUGUAACGUCUCACCAGAUCAUUGAUUUUUGUGCAUGUAUCCAUGUUCGCCUAAGAGUCAAAUCUUCCAUAUUAUAUUGACUUAUAACUUUCGAACCAGAGCUAUUAGUGGCCAAGUGCAUGUGAUAAACGCCAGUCUUGAGAAAAGAAGUCACUAUUUCAUCUAAGACCUACGAUGUCCUGAUAACAACCUGCUGAUCCAUGUUUGUGGGUCAUUGUUCAAGAUUAAACGAAAUCUGCAACAAAUGAAGCGACAUGGAAAAGAAAGCCUCCCCAGCUGUCCUGUAGCUGAAAAAAACUCUCUCACUAAUGGACAUAUUUUAUCGUAGACUAACACAAAAUUGCUUCAUGACAGGAUUUAUGUCAAAUUUACAUGGGAAUGUGAUGGCCUUGGGGGAUAUUUCAUUUACAACAGCGUUUGGACUCCUUACUUAAAAGCAUAAGGAUGCAAUUUUGUAGGAAACAGCUGGUCUGCAUCAGCUGUAUCUGUAGUUAAGUUGGCUGUCUUCUCUGUAAUCAAAAUAAAAACGAUAAAAAAUCCUUCCUCUCACAAACACUAUUUCAAGACUACAUGUUCUAUUUUCAGUUUCCUGGUCUGCAGAGUCUGGCAGCAGAGUUGUUUUUCCAUUUAUUUCUCAUGGAGUUUAGUAAGUUAAUAUUUAUUACAGGUGCAAUAAGUUAUGCAAAGAAUUCACCGUCAUGAUGCUGCUUAAACAGAUUUAUAUGCAUUGUAAUAUCUUCAGUUAGACCUGCCAUGAUGUCCCAGCUCGAUGAAAGGACACACUGCAAGCGGUUUCAUGCCGGUUGCCAGCAGAAGUAAAUGCCAGCAGCUUGAGAAAGAGCAGUUUAGGGGACGAAUGAGCAGCCUGCAAUGUGGAGCAGCAGAGUGGAAAACAAACAGAUAGCCUUAUUAGAUUCAAAUGUGCUGUUGUCACUCGCCUCUAAUGGGGGAUUUUGGCAGAGCCGCAGUGCUCUUACAUGGGGUAUCCAGCUUCAGUCAGGAGAGGAGAAUGGAUGUUAAGUUUCAGCUUUCCCAUGUUUGAAAGUACAAAACAGCCUGGUAAGACUAAUCACUCUGACUUAUUUAGCUUGCUUAUUGUUGGUCCAGACUCUAGAGAAAACUGAGACACCGUCAACAGACCUCGUUUGUGAUUUUUUCCAAUUUCCUAAAAGAUAUAUCAUCUAAAUUAUGUUUAUAGAUAAGUGCUUCCUGGAUUGUGUAAACUAUUUUGGUGCUUGUGGUUUCUAUGGUAGCCCAGGCUCCAGGCAUUGCCCAAUACCUACAGAGCAGAGCCCCCUGGGAAACGAAGUCUUCCUUAUUUGGACUUUAUUCCUAUCGUUGGCUGGAGCGUUCCUUUGGUCUCCUGCCAUUCUCACUCAUAGUCUAUCUCACACUCGGCAUGAGUCUUAACUAUCUGCUAAUUGCUCCUUUUAUAGUCACCCAAACCGCACAACACUCACACGAAGAUAAUGUCUGAAUAACGUUUAUUGCAUAAACACCGUUUACAACUCAUUCAAACAGCUACAGCUGCUCUCUGGUUUCUGUUUGUGUCUCUGGUUGCUGAAUGGGGAGAUGUUUCUCGUUUGUCUGUUGUUUUGAUGGAUUCUGCUUUUUAUUGAAUAGAAGUGGAAAUAAGUGAAUCAGUGUGCAGAACUGCACCCUGAAUAAAUCAGCACCGGCUUCAGUGUGGUUGUCACAUGUUUCAGUCGAUAAACAAAAAUUAAAGUGUCAAUAUGUGCAAAAAGUUUUUUCUUGAGAAAACACAUAGAAGAACAAUAUUUAUCCCUUUUUUGAGUAGUCAAAGCUUCUAGUUUCCCCUUCUCGCUGAUGUUUUCACAACUUUUACAAGUGUUAAAAUUACUGGAGUUGUUUCACAGCUCAGUUCUUUUUGCUAGUUAAUAAAAUUUUACAGGUACUUUUCAAGGUCAAGGUGAAACCAGCUGGAAAAUCUAGCCGUGGAUACCUUAGUAGAUUUGAUUUCUCUACCAGAUACAGAUUUUCUCAGGAUGUGUACCAUGGACUUUAUAGAUCCGGCUAAAGUUUUUGAGAAUUCAUCUCUGUCUACGACUUUCUCUGGAUUUUUUAUCCCACUUUAAGUGAAGGCAGAGGCAACCAAGUCCCCAUGCAGGUUAUAUAAUGCUGCUGGUCCUUUUGCAGUUGGGCUUCAGGAAAAUCAAGGAGAUUAAUAAUAACAGUGUGCGUUACAUAUGAGUGACUUGGAAAGUUACUAAUAUUUGCUACAUGAGUAAAAAAAAGUGUUUCAUCCAUGAGUUACUUGUCGACAACAGCAAUCUUUAGUCCUUGUUUACUGAGCAGAGGUUGCAGCAGAGGGUAGUGAUGGUGGCUGUAAGUGGACUUAAAUAGGAUGCCAGACAUGUUUUCUGCCUUAAUUAUAUUUGACAAAAAAUAUGACAAACAAAAAUGUUCACAAAUAGUUUUAUUAGAUUAGAAGUAAAUAGGUUUAUUGAAUCUCUUUGCAAAACAACCUCUUUGUUAACAUGCAUUUUGCUUGGUGCAUAUCCUCUGUUUGUAAGGCUCACACAUAGAACACUUGGCCAAUGGUGCCCCUUCCCAGUGAUUCCCAAAACAUAUUUCUCCAGUGUAAUGCACAAACAGAAGUUUGGUGUGGAAAUACAAGCUCGUGAGAAGGGGAUAAAGGGUCACAGCAGGCAAACAUUCAUUUUCAUUUUGUAGUAUCCAAUGCCUGCAAAGGACAAACACAUAAAAAAUACUGGGAUAUUAAAUUUGGGGUAUAUUGCCCAUUCAUAGCCAAGAUCACCUGUCUGGUGUUGCAAAGAAAGCAAAGAAAAUAUAGAAUUUCUUUGUUUGAUCAUAAAUUAUAAUCUAUUUCCCUUGAGUCUCAGUUUCACUGUAAAUAGUAAGUUACAUGGAUGGUUUCCUGUGGCUUACUUCAGUAAAAUCAGUAAGGAGGAACCAGUUUUCUUGUGACCUAGAGCAGUUUUAAGGUCUUAAGUUUGGUAAAAUAACAUCAUGAUACAGAUUUAGAAAAAAAGUAAAUGCAGGGUUUGUUCAGUCGACCGUCAAAGAUUCAAGUUUGACUCUUGGGCAUUUCUGAUGCAUUCCACUCAGAUUGGCUUUCAAGGCGCACCAUCAUGCAGAUCUGUUGCUCAAGUUGAAAUUUUUCCUGGAACGGACUGUUUGCUUCGCCUGCAUGCAGGUAUCUGUCUAUAUGGACAAAUGAAUCAUCUACAUAUUAUCGCCAGUGGGAACAGGGAUGAUGUUAUGCUGGUUUGCGUCCCGUCUGCUUUUGCUCUCCAUACCAACUUUUUUUCCUGUGUUUACCAAAGCCUGAUCAAUACCACUCAGACUACAACCAUAUACCACAAAAACAAACAGAGCAGCUGUGCUCCAAUCAAAGCACAUUCCUUCAUUCUGUGAGGCAAAGUGGAAGAAAAUGGGUAAAUGUGUCACAGGCUGUUCACUUACGGCUAUUCUCUUUUGUUCCCGCUCUUCCAAAUGAAACGCACACCAUCGCUCAACCGCUUGCACGUGUGUAUGUGUGAGUAAGGGUCUGUCUUUAGCCCCUCGUAGACUGUUGGAUGUAGCUUUACAACAAACAGGGUGGCUUAGAAACAGGAAGAGAGAAGAAAAGAAGUAAGAAAAGAGCGAUUUUUCUCCCUUUUAUUCCUAUGGGCAUUGCAGCAGGGCUUUUCACUCAAGUUGCCACAUUUCAUUUCCUGCUGUGCAUAUUUGUGUGCACGACUGUGUGUCUGUGCGUUGUCUGUGUGCAUGUGUGAACUAUGUGAGGGUCUUGCUCCACCGUGGUGAUUUAUAGCAGCGGGCUCGGGCCCUAUCUGUUUUCGAUCAGUCUCAUGCUUGGCUCUGGCUUCCCUCCAACGCUCCCCUGGCCCACCGGACGCCGAGUUUGGGUGGGACCCCUCUGAAAAAAAAAAAAAAAAAAAAAAAAACUGCCUGGAACCAGCACCACAAACACGCUCUCUCCCCUUCCACUUCUCAGCCUCACUCUUCUUCUCCCCUGCACUCAUCUCCCACUUCAUGUCCGCGGUUUCACAAUCACACUCCAUCGCUUUCACUUAGUCAUUCUCACUUUCUCCCUCUUCUUUUGUCUCUUUCUCGCUCUUCAUCAUCCGACGGCAGCUUCAAGCACUCAAUCACAUGCAAACAUGCAAACAUCCUCACAGGAACGCCCACACACAGGCAAGCACACACACUCGCAUGGGUUACAUUCACCCCCCCCACUCCACCUCACUACACUUUGUCCAUGCUGAUGUCAUGUUGGCUAACACCUUUCAUUUUCUGUGUUGCUUUCAGAAUGCACAGGCCUGCAAUUUCUACUUGCGUAAAUUCAAAUUAAAGUUGUCAUCAUGAUUGGGAGGGGGGUGGAAAUCCUAGCAGUUGUGUCAUUGCUGGCAUGGGCCAGUCUGUUGUAGUAUGAGUAAUAAGAGCUGGAUUUCAUUGCUGUUUCCUUCAGCUUUUCUUCUUCUCUGGAAAGGAAUGCAAACUUCAUUGUUCACACAGGGAAACACUGUGUGCAGGUUCCCAGAAACCUUAGACAAGAGUUAGCACUAAACUCUCUGUCUUUCUAUCUGUGUAUCUAAGUGUGAUGGUAAUGUUAACUCAAACAGGAAGCAGCCUGUCAGUCAUGCGCUCGCUCCGGCACUUUCUCCCAGCUGUUGGUCCGUACGCACACACAAACAAGUGCGCUCAGACACACACAGCUGGUCUUCCUGUCUCUGGUGACCUUGGCUGGGCUUCGGAGGCUUCGCAUGGUUUUCACAUCCACUCAUCCCCACCUCCUCUUCCAUCUGAACCAGCUCCCAGCUCAUCCCCUCUCUCUUUAAUCCUUCACGUCUCUCCUUCUUCCACGUCUUUUAUUCCUCCCUCUCACUUUCGCUGACCACAGCCACAAAGUGACAAAAGUGUUGAACUCCAACCUGUCGGUGCUUCCUGCUUCCACCUGUCACGACCAUUUCGGGGCAGUGAUGUCAGACUGAUGGAGGCCAAUAAAAACAAAGUGGGGUUCAUCCAAAUGGUCUGGAUCUGGACAAAGUCUUGGAGCGCUCUUGUGCUUAGCUGGCGGGAAGCAGAGGAAAAUCUGGACUGAAAGAAAAGCUGAUCAAAGGUGCUUUAGCCUUUGUGAUCUAAAUCACCCAGGAUGCUCCCAAGCCUCCAAAAUAUCCUCUUAAGAACUUUGAUCUGACGCCGAACCUGCUCCUGAGUCCUCUUUGGUCCACAUUUUAGGAGCCCAAAGCAUGCCGGAUAGCUGUCGGUGCUGUUUCCCAUCAAAGAUGAAGUCAUUGGCGCUCUGUUGAUAUUGGUGGAUGCUCCGUUUGUGUCUCUGUGUUAGUGUUUGAGGAUGAGAGUAGAAAGAGGCUGUGUGACUGUUUCCCAGCAGACAGUUUGAUAGUGCUGGGAAGCGCCAAACCUCAUGAAACUGUCAUCUACGUUUGGUGAUGGUAUGCCAGUUUAGAGAGCCAACAUGCAAGCUUGUACACACACAAAUGGACACAGGCACACGCUCAUGCAUAAACACACCCUGGUUUUGUGUGACAGUGUGUGACAGGGAAAUAUGUGCGCAGAUCAUUUCUGUGGUUAAUAAGGGGAAACAAACUGACUUCUCUUUUUCCUCUGUGUCUGAAUCGUCUAUCUCUUAUGCCAUUUGCUCUUUUUAAAACCAUUAACCUCACCUUAAUUGCAUUGCUUUUCCUCUUUUCUUUCCAUUGAUUCAACUGUUACCUUUUUUUUCUCCUCCAUCCCUCACCCCCUUUUCCCUCUUCUUUGCCUCAUCCAGCCCAGAAAGGUCUCCUCCACCUCAGCCCCGAUGUCUACCAGGAGAUGGAGGCCAGCAGGAAGCAGGGAAGCAGCAGUGCUCCAGGCUCGGGCAGCAACAGCGGAGGCUCCGUCAACUACAUAACAUCCAAAGACAUUGGGCCGUGCUCUGCCCCGCUGCCCCCGGGACACCCUCCGUACUACAGCGGCUCAGCCUCUUCUCCCAGCCCAACUGCUACCAUGGCCAGAGAGCCGCUGCUUAACGGCCAGUCACCUCCAGCUGACGCCUCCCUGACCAUGAAGGGGAAGAACCCGAGUUUGGCCUGUGGCGUCUCUGUGCAGCCUGCACAGCAGUUGGACUACCUGGCUCGCAUCCAGGGCUUCCAGGUAAGAGUGGAUGGGCUUCUGUGAGGGAAUCUGUUGAUCCAGAAGACCUCAGCUUUUAAUCUGCUGUAUUAGUUGAGAAAGGAUUGUUCUGCUAAGUUGUUAACUGCUAAGUUCUGGAAAUGUAAAAAUAUGGCAAAGUAGGCAAAUAUAUUUAAGAAUAAAACUUCACUGAUUGGUAAGAUUAUCUAAGCUUUUCAUGAAAACAUCUUUAAAGGCUUUACUGACAUGGUCUCAGGGUUAAAUUUGUGCAGUGAGUAUGUCUAUGUGAAGUUUGUAAACUUCCCUGAAGCACACAUUCCUCUUUAUUAACAAAAAUAAUUUGAUUAGCUUAAUCAGGCUGAUCUUGAUUUGUCCUCUCUGCCUUUUAAUUAUGGGUUUAUUUAAUAAAAAUAAAUAAAUAAAUAAAUAAAUAAUGAUAAUUAUCUGCUGAUUGAUUUUGGACCUCUAAGCUAAUAUCUGUCAAAAUCAACAUCAUGCAGAUAAAAUUGUGUAUCCUGCAUCACUGGUGUAACCUGUCAGCACCUGAAUCUUUGGCAGUGUUUUGGUUUUAUUUUCUUGUCACUGGAGUAGAUGGAGGCUCAUUGCUUGUGUCUAUUUACAGCCAGUGGUUGAAACAUGACUAAGUUAAAUCUUGUCAGAACUAAAGGAAAUGACAGCAAAUAACAGAGAAGUUAAGAAAUAUAUCCUAUUAGGUUGCACAUUACUUACGUUGACGCUUGUUUCCUCUCGUAAACAGCCCUACAGAAGAAAACCUACAAGCCCUCCGUGCUUGAAGUUGCGUAGUUGUUUCUUAUUUCACAUUUUACGUCACUUAUGAAGUUCAGGCGUUCAUUCCAUUUGGACUGUCAUCAAUUUCAGUAAUCAGCGUCAUAAUUCAUAUGAUUCACACACCCUGUGGUAUAGGCAUACAGUAUAUUCACAUGCAAGUGAAAGCACAGAUGUUAGCGUGACCAUGCAUAAAUAUGACCCCCCACCCUACACACACACACACACACUCACACACACUUACUCUGCACUACUUCUCCUCUCUAGUCUAUUUCUGUAAAUAAGAUCUUGGUCCUUGAUAUGACUUGAUAUGAGUGUGUAAGUGUUUACGAAGAAAAGUUCAACCAAGACAGCCACACAGAGAUACUGUAGGGUGGAGGUUAACCAAAAGUACAAGGUAAAAAGUCUCUCCAAGGUAAAGAAAAGUUUGUUUUUUUCUCAGAACGUUGCAUAGCAGAGAUGGUCUCAAGUCACUGUUUUGAAAGUCCAAGUCAAGUCUCAAGUCUUUGACCUGCAAAAUAAACAGCACACAGCCUAUCAAAUCACAGCCAAUUGACAAUAUAGUUGAUUUCAGAAUAAAGGUCCUUUCACACCAGGAUCAUUUUUAUUGACGAUUAUUUUGGACGUCAAUAUUUUUUUUUAACCUGUAUCCUGUCAAUACAAGCAUUCGCAUCAGCGACCCAGGACACGUUCCCCGCCCGGAAAGUUGUAAAAAAUCGCAUCGGGCUUGAUGUGUAUAGUCAGGGGCGUCAAAAUUCUCCUCCGAAUAUUUCGUAAUUUCGCGUUCUAUAUUCGCAUCGGCCCCGGUGUGUAAGGACCUUAAGUCCUAUCUGUAAGAAAGGACUCAUCAUUCCAGAUUUCAGGGUGUAUAGUGCGAUUUCAGCGAAGGGGGGGUAACCCUGGGGCUGGGGCACCCCUUGGCUAUACCCUAAAUCCAUCCCUGUUACCCUCAUCUUUCCUCUCAAGCAGCACUGUGACCCUUCUUCUUCCUACAGUUUCUUUUGUCUUUCUGUUUCUGGUCUUCAGGAAAAACUCAUCAGACAGACCCCAAAUAACAUAAUAACUCAACCUGUAUUUUUCAUGUUAAGUUGUCACAACAGGUGACCUGUGCUCUGACCAUCACCUGUUGUGAUAUCUGUCCACACCUGAGAGCAGCAGCAACCAAAGCUUUUAAAACAGCAUAAGAAGGUUUAUUCUCAAUAUUGGACACUGAUCGUUCACAGAUAAUGUGUUGGAGCUUGUUUUACUUUUUUAUUGGACUCAAAUCCUCUCUUACGCACCUGUUUCAUAAGAAAGAGGUGUUAAAUAUUUUUAAACUGUAAACUCUCCUCCCGUCAGUUUGUUGGCGUUGAUUUUCCUGAUACCGAUCAGAUCAACUAAACCUCGCAGAUGUGUCUGUCAUUACCUACGAGGACGUGCACAAAGCAGAAACACGCUCCUAGCACUCUGUGGGUGACUCUGUAUCCCAAAGAGAGACUGCCCGGUGUCUGUUUUAAUCAGUCCCGGCUGCAUACCAUGCCACUGAUACCAGCGCCUGUUCAUUUAAGCUGCAGAUGCUUUUUAUCAGUUUGAGCGAAAACAUUUUAUCUUAACCUGCUGAGGGUUUCUUUGAAAGGCCUUUGUUAUUGCUCUGAGCCUUCCUGUGUGUGUGUAACCUGAGAGAGCUCCGCUGCCCAGCCAAGCCCCAAACACACUUGUACAUAUGCACACACACAGACACACACAGCAGGUUCUGUUUAGGGGAAAUGGAAGAGUCGAGCUGAGACUGUGUGUGUGAAGUUUAAAUCUUUGUCGUUCUCAUACUGCACAAACCACUUGGCACAAAUAUCAGGAUUGUCUCAGUCUUCAUGCUUUUAAAUGAUCUGGAGAAAUACACACACAUGCAUCACUUCUCUUGCAUGUUUCUGUGUGUGUGUGGGUGCAUGUUUUUUAAGUGAGGAAAUCAGGCUGUAAUUGAGACUUUCAGACCAGGGAAUGUUUUAUAUCACGAGAACCUUGGUUUGCCGUGUUUGCAGACUUUUUAUGUCUUAUUUACUCGCAUCUGUUUUGUCGCUGAAACACCAGAGAUUUAAAUGUUACUGUCGAAAAAUUCACCUGUCUGCUUUUUCGCUAACCAUAUAAAACAGCACCUCGUGUCAAGCUGUCUCUCUUAUUCUUCUAACUUCUUAAACAUAAACUAACAUCAACUGUUGGAUCUUUUAAAUGUAAUUUGAUAAUAAUCUCCUUUCGUGAUUAGUGACUUUGAUUUUGUUAUUUAACUGUUAUCCAAGCAAGUAGAUUACAGUGACUGCCCAACGCUGGAUUAAAGGAACUAAUAAGCACUGAGAACAUUCUCAUAGUGUCUGUUUCAUCCACAGAGCAGCGCAGACAAAGGCACAGGCCUACCUGCUAAGCCCUUCUUUUGAUUUGAUUGGAAUAUAGCCUCUGGUGGAAGCUCUGACUGGAUAAGUAACAGUGUGUUGUACUCACGCCAGCUUGGAGCAAGGAUGCUGGCACUUACUCCACUCUGUUUGUCUGUGUGUGUGUAUGUGUGUGUGUAUUUCCUAUUAAUUUGGCUGGUGUGUUGUUGGCACGGUGGGUAUGUGCACUGGAAGUAGGGCAGAAACAAAGAAGCAGGAGGUAAUAGACAACACAUGGACUCAAAUGAAGCACCGAGUAAGAGGCACAUAACAGAUUCUUCCUUUUUUUCUUUUUGUCCUCGUAUCUCCCCUUUUUACUCUCUGUGGUUAAUUCACAUGACUUUCUCUCUGUGCCACAAUCAUGGUCGCUUCCUAUCUUCAGUUGUGCUUCCAAAAAAGCACUAAGUCUUCUUUCUCAUGAUAAACGUGCAGUUUCAAAGGUUUGACCCCGACUAUGCAGUCACCAGCUUCCCAUUUAUUCUGCCAUCACAUCACGUAAUAGAGUCAUCACAGGCUGCCACAACUUCCCAUUAUUAACCACUACCCCUCUGUAGAGGAAGAACAGAAAUCAUUUUAAUGGAGGAUCAGUGAUUGAUGGAAAUUUAAUGAUAUUUUUUCCCAUGAUCUUUAUAUGAAACCAUGAUACACACCUGGUCUGAGACACAUCUUCUGUUUCAGGCCUGCACACUAUUUCUCAUACCUGACAGCUGUGCAACCCAUAGUGAGCGUAUAUGCCUCUUUUUUUAAGAGAGAAAUACACUUGAACAACUAUAAGAUUUGUCUUAACACAAGAUUACAAAAGUGUGGCUAACAUAAGCAGCGCAAGCACCACCACCUUCGGUCCUCGUAUACAAGGUUGUGCUGGUUACACCAAGCCUGAGUCAAGUGACACUCAGUUUCAAACAGACACAACCUACAUGCAACCGAAGCUCCAUUCUCCAGAUCAGAACACUGUGCAAAUUGUGAUGCUGUCCAUCGUUUGUGUUUGUGUAAGCGUUACAGCUCAAGGGCAGAAGCUGCAGCCCAUGCAAGUGCUACUGCAGCUCAGAAAUAAGACCAGCAUAUCAGGCCUAGAAUAGAAGUCUAAAAAUCAACAAGUGUCAGUUCAGAUAAUCACGUGAAUGCAUGCAGCCAUGAUCACUGCAUUUAAGAAGACAUGAAACAGUGUUACUGUCAGCUGGUGAACUAAAUUGUCUGCUUUUUGAAGCUGUUUUUUCUUAGUUAGUUUGCUCCUACAAUAACAUAAAUAUCUACUAAUGAUGUGAUUUUUUCCAGAUUUUUUCCAGCUGUGAAUCAUGAAUAUUUUUUAAGUAGAUUGAAGGCAUUUGAGGAUGAUGCAGCAAGCAGGUUGUAGAAGCUUUGAUUGAUUAUUUUUUUAAUGUGAACCAACAACAGUAUAUUGACAUGUGUUCAACAUUGUUAAGUGUUAAAAGUUUAUAACUGCUGCUGGUCUUCCUGAAACGCAGGAGGAUGUUGGUGUUCAGCUUGAUCUCAGGCUGUUCCUUUAAAUUUACAGCGUCGGCCCCGGUGUGUAAGGACCAUUAGAUGGAGUGUAAAGCUAGAUCAAGCACUUUGUUUGUCUGUGUCCCUGCAUCACAAACUGAGCUGAUUACUAAGUUUUGGUGGAUCAAAGGAGGUCUGCUCUUGAAUCAAUGUCAGUCACAUGCCAGAAUCAUACUUCAUUUAACCAUCUUGUAAUUCCUCUAAUUGACUAAACAUCUCCACUCAUAAGCUUAGAUUUCUGGACAAUAUUCAUGCAACUCAUCCACUUUCUUCUGCAUCUUUAUCCUUUUUAAGCUACAAAUUUUGCUCUAAAUCAAAGCGUCACACAGACGAGAACAAAACAAGAACACUAAAAGGACGCCACAAUGUGAAAGCCAGUUUGACUCCAGAGCAGAACCCUUUUGUGUAUUAUACUGAAAGACAUAGCCUGUGGUUGCAAAUCAAAUUAACUUUUUUAUUUGCCAGAGGAAAAAUGUUUUAUUUCAUCUUGUAAGAGUUCUCACCCUAAACCGUGUCUGCAAUAAAAACCUUCAAAUUGCAUGCCGUCACUCUACAUUUGGCUAUACUGCUCUAUAUAGAUGAACCUUGUCAAACCAAAAGUGCUUAAAAACAAUGACACACAACAGUUAGCAUGCAUCUCAUUAUUUUUGCUGCAACUAAUACAAUAAGCCAUAUUCCUAAGUAACUGGCAGGUACAGUGAAUGUAGCACCAGCCUGAAUUUGGACUUACACCUCUCCUGGUUUUAUGUUCUGGUUGUGCAAUGGAAAAUAUGACAGAACCACUUUGUGUAUUGUAGUGGAGAACUAAAAAAGCCAGUGGAGUUUUGAUUACCUGCAUAAAGCACAGCCUCAUAGAUUUUUUUAAACAAUUCAUUAAAUUAUUAUUUGUGUUGCCGGAGUGAAAGAUUAAAGGUGUGCUGUGAAAAGUACCAAAAACAUGAAUCAUCACACCUUUACAUGGGUCAGAUGUUAACUCCUAAUGACUCCGGAUAUUGCAGUGAUUCAGAAAUUGUUAAUAUCCUCCUGCACAGGCGGAUCAAAGGUCAGGAUACUGUAUUCGAACACUCCAGGUUGUGUCUGGGAGAGUUGAAUGGUAUCUACUGUAUGUAUCAGCAGAGUCCACCUGCUAAACCCAAAUGCAAUAACACAGCAGAGAUAGCGAUCAGCUGAGUUAUGUUAUCUCACCGUGACGGGCUUAACUCUAGAGAUGGAUUUAGAGGAAAGGGAGGGCCGGUACUCUUUGCCGUGCUGGAAUCAGAACUUCUAUGCUGGAAAUCCCGUGUUAAUGAAAACACUAUCCUUGGCGGGUGGCUGGUGUUGAAAUCUAUGCAACGCAGUUCCCAGGAUUUCUCACACGUUCUCGCUGUUUGCUCUUCUCUCACUCUCUGCUUCCUUCUUUGGCUGUGUAGAAAGACCGCUUCAAACGGUGCCGACUACACCUUCUACCCUUCCUGGCACUCUUUUUUUUCCCCCCUUAUUCUUUUUUUUUUUUUUUCUCUCCAUGGCUGAAUCUCAUCUCUCUGUAUCAACAUCAAACGCCUGCUCUUGAACAAACAUUCAAAGACUCUAACAGUUUGUUUCCAACUUCCUUGUCAUCGUCUCAUUCCUCCACUCUCUGUUUACUCAAGGAUUUGCUUUAGAAAAUACAUUUUGGGAUGCCUAAUCCCACCAAGUUUGAUUUCUGCGGCAGGGUGAUGGCUUCCAGCUGCGCUCUGCGGCAUAUUUGUGUGAAGAACGAUCUUCGAAAACAAGUUUUGUUGGUGGUAUAAAUCAGACUGUUAAUGCUGUGCUGGCUCGGCGUACGGUCUCUCUGCUUACAUGGUGGCCCUCUCUGCGUGCGUGUCACUGCGUGUGUCAGUGCCUGUGUGUGUUUGGCAAAACCGAUGAUGACUGAUGAUGUUCUUUCACCACAAUCAAGCCCAUUUGCAAACCCUUAAAUCAAAUACCCUCAAAUGCCAGCACAGCAAAUUGCAAAUUUGAAUAUGCAGCAUAAUCUGUUUAGCUUGCCUUUGUUCUUCGUAUUUUGAUAGGAUUGAUCAUAUUUCAUGUUAUUCUCGAGACUAAGCAGUAAAAGCAGCUGGGUAGCAGCAGCUGGGGAGAUGGGGAAGUGGAGGGUGUGUUAACAUGGCACUCUGUUUGAAAACCAAACAGCUCUUUUUAUUCCAGCACUCCCACAACAGUGAUGUUACACAUUACCCACUCUAGAGAUGGCUAUUUGGUGCAGUCCAGAGUCCUUUAUAAUCUAUGAGGCUCACAAAGACACAAGAAAGUCACAGAUCCUGGCAAAGAGAAUCUCUAAAUCUUUGAAAUACAAAUUCAACCAUCUUUAAGUUAACAUGAGCAACCCGCUUUUUCAUCUUUACUGUCAGGGAGCAACGGCAGAGGGAGGUGACUACAAACUGGGUUUAAAGACUUUUGUUUUUGCAUAUAAUUUGGAUUUUUCGGUUUUCUUAUCCUUUUCAAUCACUGGAGGCCUUCAGUGUUUUCUCUGUUGUAAAACUCUCAUGUAUGUCCUAAAGGAGCGCAUCAAAGGGACACCACCGUGAACGUGACUCUCAUGUGACUUAAGAUUCAUAAUGGGGAUUCCCAGCUGCAAGACCUAGAACUAAAACACCGAAUUGAAUUUUUCUCUGGAGUUAUUUUUGACCAAAUCAGCUGAUGCGGAUCACUUAAAAUCGGAAAGUGGAGGAAUUAAUCUGGCGUGCAGUGAGACUCAGGAGCGACACGGGAGAAAUGUCAGGGCUCCAAAUGCUGAGAUCAGGAUCAGGAAAACCCAAACCACGAUUGACAUGGCUAGUGUUGUGUAAAUUUAUAUGGUUAGAAAUAGUUAGCACUGAUGGGAAAUAUACAUCCUCUUCAGUUAGGAUAUAAAUAUAUGUGUGGAGGUGAGUGUGACCAAAUAAGCAACAAAUGAGUACAGUCUGUGUGUGUUUGUGUUUAACUGAUACAAUGGAGUCCCCACAUAUAUAUAUGUAUGGACAGGUUUUUUUCUUUUCUUUUCAAUCUAUGUAUGUCUGUAAACAUCCCUCUUUUCAAUACCUAUUGAGUUCUAAAAAAAGAACUCCCAAGUUCUCUCAUCCACAGGUCCUCGCUUGUGAUUAGGUAAAAGCGCUCUCAAAGGUUUGGAGUAGCAGCUUUGUUUGCCCUCAGCCUCCUGCCAAUAAGAGAUGUUAGAGGUAUACUCACAGUGUGCUUUAAACACUCUUGACCCCUGAAGUUCCCACUGAAGUGGCUCAGCUUCGUCCUCUAAUUGCUUCUCACCAACAAUGACAGCAUUCCUCAGCCGAGAGGACGUGUUUAUUUAAGUCAAAUCAAAGUUAUUUCCGUGCUCCUUGACUCUCUGCAGACUACACGGCGUUUAGUCUGAAACCAAGCUCUAAGUCCUGAAGAGCUUGUAGCUUUAGCUCAAGUGACAUGACAACAUGCCUAAUACGUAUUUGUUUUUGCAGUUGCCUUGGCAAUAUUGCGCAACCGAGUCCUAAUGAUGGAGCCAUUUGCGCUGUUGUUCAUUGUUUAUUUAUUUGUGCCGUUUUUGGGUGUGGACAUGCAUAUUUGUGCGCUCGACAUAAAUUCGAGCAUGGCUUCACGAGUGCUGUGGCUCUGAUUGCUUUUUCAGUUUGUGCAUGUUCAUGUUUGUUCAAAUGAAGAGGAGCAUUUGAAGACAAGCCAUCGAGCUUUAGAAGCCAGAUGUCAGAGGUCGUUCCACAUUAGUGCUGCCGAUCAAUCGCAGGCCUUGCGUAACUCUCCUUCUCCUUUGUCUCUAAAGGAAGUGGAUUAGAGGCUGUUUUCUGAGCGGGGACCUGGGAUGAUUAGUUCGGCCUGUUUAGAAUGCAUGCACUCACAGAUGCAUACAAACAGGCACUCAAAACAGACGGCCUGGAUGGGAGAAUAGACAGUUUGUUUUUGAGAUGCUCAUUAUUUUAGUUUCUGCCAAAUCAUGGCAAAUGAGAUGAUGCCAUAGUCUUCUUUGAUGCUCAGGCAACAUGCAACUUUCUUUCCUGCCUGCAGGUCGGAGUCGCUGGAAAAUCUCCUAAGUAAUCAGAACUUUGACUAUUUCAUCAACAAGCCACCAACAAAGUGAGACCUCCUAGUCACAUUUGGUGAUGGGCCAAACUUGUUUGAACCAGAGUUUGGCUGAUGGCUGCAGAGAUUCUUGUUUAUAGAAGUCGCAUGCAAUAUGUCAAUUCAUAUUUGAAACCUUCAACAGUAAUUUCCCAGAUCCAGCUCAAAGUCCUUAAGAGGAUGAUGAAGAUGAAAAGAAGAGCUUAAACACUAAAGGAAACAAAAAUGUGAGUCUAGGGCCAUGCUGAUGGCGUGAUGAGCCUGUGGAUUUGCAUAACAUUGCCUUGAACUUCAAGCAUGCUAACAGGCUCGGCGUUUGAAUUAUUACAUGCUAAUGUUUAAAAGCUGUAAUUUUAACCCCGCUCUUCCUCUUAGCUUAGCAUUAAAGCAUGUUAAUGUCCUGAAAUCAGCACAGUGUAUGGUUGGAGCCAAUGGGAAGAGAAGGUUUGAAUGUGCUACCAACUGUUUAAAAGUUAGAAAUACUUUUAAAGAUAAUACAUGUAUCGAUUUUAAGGCGAUCAGUCACAGAGUUUUUGAACCGCACUAGUGUCCGCUUAAUGUUGGCCCUGGAGAAGAAGUCAGAAACAAGGAUGCACUGAUCCGAUAUUUGGAUCAGAUAUUGGAUCCGAUAUUGACAAAUUAACUAGAUCGGAUAUCUGACACCAAUCCAGUGUUCUGAUCCAGUCUUUUUUUCUUUUAAUUAAUAUCAUACACAGCAACACAGCGAUUCUGUUCGCCCAAGAUUCUAUGUCUGUCUAUCCUUUUGCUCUAAAUUUUUACAGGGAAGUCUUACUUCUUUUUGCUGUGUGCUAAUGUGCAAUUUGUUAUAUGUUAAAAAUGGGCCGAUACACUCAGCCCAGGUAUCAGUGCAUCUGUUGUCAGAAAAUCAUCGAAUUCAUCAGGAAUUAUUUCAUUUAAUUCAUUUUCAUUGUUUGUUGCUGUCUUCGCCCGUUUUUACAAAGAUCCAUCCGUUAGUUAUCGAAACAUUAAACCUCAGCAAAAACUUGAUGAGACCUUCUUUACUGGAAGGAGGAAUAACAGAGAAAAAAUAAAGGAAAAGUGGAAAAGAUUGUUUUUCUUCUUUCCUUCUAUGAGUAGCUUUUGAGUGGUGUCAGUGUGGACUUUGAAUCUUAACAGCUCCUACAAUGCAGUCAAAAAUAUAAAAAGUACUGAGUCAUAUAACUCCUUAUCUAUAAUACAUUUUCAACAGAUUAAGGUGUAUUUUUUUUUUCUUGUUAGAUAAGCUGUGACUCCUCUUGGAAGCUGCUAUAACUCUCGUGGUCUUAAGCACUUUGUUAUUGGCAUUUUCCAUCAACUUCACACUCAAACUGGAACAAUGGGUGAGGUUGGAAAUUAUUUGAAACUUGACACAAUCCAAGCUUACGGUAUGUCUCUUUACAUUGAGGGCCUGAGUGAGAGAGUGUGUUUCCUGCAACACCACCGACGGGCCUCACUGUCGGCUGGAGUCCUGACAGUUAGCGAUAGUAGAUGAACCGACCAGAGUGCCCUCUGAUCAGACAGAACCAUUACACAACACAUCCCCAACCACUGGCUUCAGCGCUGCUUCUGAAUACUAUCGAAGAAGUCGUAUCUCCAGCUACUUCUAAGCAUUUAUUACCAUCUGGGUUGAGUUCCUGUUUCCAAACAAUUAUCCCCUUUUCCCCCCCAAAAUGAGCCUCACUUUGUUUAGUUUUUUUCACCCUUCUUUCUUUCUUUCUUUCUUUCUUUCUUUCUCCUCGACGUUGAUGUCUGGAGAAUUUAUUGGAGAUUAACUUGUCAGAGAAGGCUUUUUCCACGGCUCACUUUACUACAUUCAUCAUUCAUACACAUAACAGAUAGCAUUCCACAAUUUAUCGCUGUGGGCCCAUCUCCUCAGCAGCAGGUGUGUGUGUGUGUGUGUGUAUAUGUGUGUGCGCCUAUGUGUGUGCACAUUCAUGUCUAUAUGCGCAUGUAUGCCCAUAUUUCUGCAUGCACGUGUUCAUUUCUCCCAUGUUUGCGUAUGUUAUGAAAGAGCUGUUUUAUAAUGGUCAGACUUCGAUGUGUCUGGCCGGCUGGGGCGCACACACACUUUUCAACAUCUGAUCAUAACUCAGUCAGAGAGGAGAGAGACACACACACACACACCUAGCUCUGGAAGCUUUCAGUCACAGAUCAUAUAGUGUUGUGUCCAUGUGUGUACACACAUACGCACACACUCACACACACACAAACACACACACAAGGUAAGUAUGCCCAGCCAAGACAGGCCACAUAUUAUUAAGUUUAAUACAAUGGAGAAAAUACACAGUUGUGCACACAUACACAUUUUCUGCUCAAUAAAAUUUUGUAAUGAUUUUAAACUGCCCUGCCAACCAAACUAAACAGACAAACCAAUACCAACAUUGUAUAUAAACUCAACAGGUACAAAUAUGAAUGUACGCUCAAUCAAUCAAUCAAUCAAUCAAUCAAUCACUUUAUUUAUAAAGCACUUUUCAUACAUAAACUUGUAUCACAAAGUGCUGUACACAAGAAGGAGAGGAUCAGGGGAUACAAAAUAAAACACAAACUAAAAUACAAACUCCUAAAACCCCACCCACCCACCCUCCAAGCCUGCAUUCAACAGAGACCCCCCCCACCCACCCACACACACAGACACACACACAGACACACACACAUACACACACUCUCACAACGAUCAUGACACCAAGUCAGGGCUCAACAGGAAGUCACAGAGGACCAAGGAAACGCUAUCUUAAACUAAAAUGGGGGAACACAUGAGCUGAAACUAAACUGAUAAAACCAUGACAAGAUAUAAAAAAAAUCAAAUGAAAUAAAAUAAUACUAAUAAUACUACUACUACUACUAAUAAUAAUAAUAAUGAAACCGUUUAAAAAUCAAACAAUAAAAGAAAAUAAACAAAUAGUGUUAAAAUAUAAGAUAAUAAUUCUAGGACUAAAGUGGAGGGAAAUACUAAAAAGAGUAGACUAAAAGAAAGGCUAAAACACAGCCUUCUGAAUUUCAGGAUGAAAACAAUGAUUCAUAAAAUUAUUUAAUAUGUAUUUAUAAAUCAUAUUCUUGUUAAUUUUUGCGCUGUCUAACCAAGAGUUGGUUAGUCUUUUCUUGUUUUUUCACUCUCAAUGCCACAAAGCUUUUUUGACAGUGUUUUUGGUGAACCACUCCAUGUGACACCUGCCUAACUGCAGUGGAUCCAGACAUUAAAAAAAACAACCUUCUAUAGCAAUAACAAAACUCUUUGCUUAUUUCCUUGUUUGCUUUUUGAGGACACACUAAGCGGUAGUGUUUACAAAAAGUCGACUGAUGCCAUAGUGUGACUGAAACUGAACUUUUGAAGAGCGUGUAAACACAUUAGUCUGACUAAAAUGGCACUAAAUCGAACUCUGGAUAAUGCAGUCUGGAUAAUGCAGUCUGGGAUUGAUUUUCAUUUGUAUGUUUACGGCUCAGACAGAGUGAAACCGGCCAGAACUGAAAGGACACUUAAAAAAAGGCCAAAAACUUUCCUAUCAUGGCGACAAACAGUACAGGGUAUGUAGCUGUAGAAGUGCCAGUGUUUUCAUUGCUCGACAUACAUCCUGUUAGCCUGAUGGUUAUUGAUUUGAUGGGUAAUAAGUCAAGAAGGAGACAACCCGAUCAUGAUGAGCUGAAAGGGGGCAUGUCACUGUCUGUUAUAGCCUCUGUCCAGUGCAUGUAAACUGGAACAAGGACAGUAGUCCAAUCAAAUCACCUAAUCAGUCUAUGUCCACAGCUCACCUUAACUGUACAUGUAAACAUAAAUGAGUGUUAUUUUCAGUCUGUGGCAUGACUGGCUGAAAACACCCCACAGGAGCUUAAACAGCUUACAUCCUAAUACAGAUGAGUUCUAAAAUAUUCACUUCCCACUAAGUGUUUACAAAAAUUUAAUCUCAUCUAAUUUCAUUGAAUGUGACAGAUAAAACCCAUUUCAUUUGGAAGCUUUUUGCCUCUGCUAAUCCUUUUUGGAAAAACUGGUCCCACCUUCCAAAAUUUAAGCAGAGCAAAUUUUACAAGUUAAUAUUUUAUCUGCAGAAUUUUCCUUGUCAAAUUUCACCAAAUUGAACCUUUUGAAACUGUUGAUAACUUUCUAUGUAGGUGUAUGUUUUGGGGUUUUUAAGGGGACCAUCAUGUUGUGGUUAGAUUGGUGCUUACAGAUACUGUACUUUAAUGAUAAUGGAGGUAUUGUAGGUACCAGUUGCUGCAUCAGAACGAUCUGUUCUGCGCUGAUCUUUUUCUUAUUCCUUUUGUCAUUUGUCUCGGAGCGUUAGUCAAAUGCAUUUCCUAUUUUUAUUCUCUUAGCUGGUGCCCUUCACCAAGAUGCCUGCAGCUGUCCUGGGCAAUAAAGUAGGCCAGGCCAACACAUGCAUGCGCACCCAAGACAUACACAUGCAAAUACACAAGCGUGCACAGAGCAAGAGCCAGUGAGAAGUAGGGCAGACAAGCAGGCAGCGUUACCAGAGCCCUUGGAUCAGAGGAGUAGGCCGUCCCAGAGGAGCAUCAUGUCAUAACAGUCUUGAUUGCACAGCAUUUAGGAAUGCCUGCAGUUUUAACCUCACCAUGAUGAGGGGUCACCCAGUGAUGUCAUCGCCAAUCCUUCAGAUGCCCCCCUUUAGUUGCACACAGACAUUCUUUAAUUCACCCCCUCCAUUGCCAUCCCCAUGUGGUGUGGGGUAAUCGUCCACAAAUGCUCUGUGGUGGCAAUUAGACAUGCAAGAUUUCCUCUCCAGCCAGCCAGUACCCACUGAAAACUAGAGAUGCUUCAGUUCACUUGUCUUUUGUGCGCUGACUGAUCUUUUCCUGUAUUUACUUUCGGACUGACAAAGUUUUCCCACCUUUGCCCUCUCCUCCAGGUGCAGUACAGCGAUGCCCAGAGCGGUAAGGAUUUCGUGACCUAUCUGACCCUCUCCCCUGUGCAAAUGACUUUCCACGGCACCGGGAGCACCCUCCAAGCCAGCCAUGACCAGGUACAGCUGUGUGGGUUGGUGGGAGGGUGGGUUUGUAUGUAAGCAUUUGAGUGGAGAGUGAGUGUCACGUUUUAUGAAUUCUUGUAGAUUUUUCUCAAAGAUUGGAUAUCAGAGAUGAGCAAAAGCUUUUCUUAAGACCACAGAUUUUUGUUGGUUUUCUGAGUGUUAGCCAGAACUUAUGGAUUAUUAGCACAUACAUGUUUUUGUUGUUCUCACCUUCAAAGUAACUCUUUUAAUGUGUCAUGUGUUUUGUCUUGUUGCCAGACUGUGCCAUAUAAAUGUACUUGCCGUGCUAACAUUAUGACACACCUGUAUGAGGAGGGUCAUCAAACUCACGCUAGGUGCGACUGCAAACCUAUGUCAUUUCGUGAUCAUGCGUGCGAGUGCAUGUUCAAUCGUGACAUAAGUAAUUACCACAGAUGCAUCGACAAUCAUUGCGGUUAUGAUGGAAAUGUGCAGACAAAAGCGUUGUUGCCUCGUAACUUUGACCCUGAAGUUCAAAUCUCAUGGAAAUCUAAUUAUCUGUGACUUUUUAUCAAACGCCUUACUAACAACAUAACCCAAUUUCAAAAGGUAGGAAGCCAUGCACAAACCACAAUGAAGAAAGUAAACAAAACACAAAUUUCUCAAAUUUCUCGCUCGCCCAGUUUGUCCGCUCUCUGCCACAGCAAUAAGAAAUAAAACCACACCCAGCUCCAUAUAACCAGAGGUGAUUUCACUCAUUUAGGAAGUGCAGUGCAACAAAUAUAAAACUUUAUAUUAAAACUCCUAAAAUUAACCAAAACUGCUUUAUCAAAAAAAGGGGAAAACUAUUAUGAAUUGUUGAUGAAAUGUAGUCACCAAAUCAUUAACUGCAGCAGUGUUUUCCUCUGCAGCUUCUAUUUGAUCCCACAAAGUAAACAGUAACGCCCGUUUGUCCGUGCCAACUCAAUAACAGCGUCUUAUAACAGGCGCGCUCUGCUCUCUCUGUUGGUCCUACCUAUCAUAAUGAAAUGAAAUGAAAUGCAGCAUACUGUAUAUGGUUCACUAUACAGUAUAUAGGGCAUGGGGUCUCCUCCUUUAAUUAACAGAUGAGCGUGGGCUCUGUUGCUGUAAUAUUAAUCAUGAGGGCAUCAGAAGCACCUGUGAUAAUAAUCAUUUUUCUGCACUUAUCAUGACAAGCCCCUCUUACACUAACACUCGGCCAACAUUUUUUAUGAUUAUCAAUCCUUCAGAGUUUUACUCAUCUUCAAAUCUGAAACAGUUCCUCCGUGACUUGUGGCAUAACCCUCUCCCACCCCCCCUUCAGUUUUCUCACUCACUCUGUCUCACAUACUCGCUGUAUUCAGAAGGAGGCUCUUUGUCCCGUGUUGCCCAAGCAGAAAACCAGUUGCUUACAUUCUAUCAUCUAAACAUAGGACGCCCCUUUUAUUCAGCGGUCUUCAAAGCUUUAAUAAAGGGCCAGCGGAGCCCUGAAUGGGACAGCUGACAGGGGGCUAGUGUCGCUCCUGCUAGCUGAGAGCCAAGCCAAUAUAGGGCAGGCAGGUCUGCGUCCUCAGGACCUGUUGUUGCCAGGAGCACUGGGGCAUGACCGACUGUUAGGAGAAGCCUUUCUUUUCCUGUUCUCAGUACAGUGAGGAGCACGGCCACAAAGGGAGCACCAAACAAUAAGGGGUCACCCUCAGAAGCCCCCAAACCCUAACACUUGUUGAACAAAGUAGACCUCAGGGGGUCACACAUGUGGCUGAUGGAGAAGGCUGGUGCCUGUGAGGAUGGGAGUGUUGUUGACGCUCGUAUAAAGCCAGUAGAUUUACCUGCAAGGCAACGCAAUGGAUUUAUGAGGCUCUGGUAUCUCCUUUUGUCAGUCAGAUACACGUUUUUUAUACCACGUGUCGACCUUCGCACCUGCGCACACCCGCAGAUAUGUACCUUUCGCUUUUAUCUGUGUAGUCAGACACUGUAAAGAUGGGGUAGGAGAUCCCUUGGAUAAGCAGCAAUGACAAGUAUGACUGGUGCGUGUCCCUGUUGUUGUCCCAAUACGACAAAGUAUGCGGUGACUCUGAUAGGAAUCUUCCGCUGUGUUAUCUGUACAAAGAUUGAGAUUUUAGGUCAAGUAACCAGGGCAUUGCACCCAGGUGGACUUUGAUAUUUCCCACAAGUCAGGGUUGGGGACAAAUAGUUCCUGCAAGGACUCUGAGAGUUCAGGGAGGAGCAAACGUAAGAAAAAAGUUUGCAGAAAGAAUGUCUGAAAGAAACCCUGAUUGGAAGAAAUCCUCAACUGAUGAAAAUGAGUCCCUUACUGCUUCGCCUCUUGUUGUUUCUCCUCACCAGAAGACACAUAGUUGUCCCAAAAAUUUGAAAUGAUCAUGGUUCGACUACUUAAAGCACCUGAGCUCUCUGUAUCACCAUCCUUUGAGAGGGAUUUGUUGGACUUAAGGAGAGGAGAUGUGCAAUACGGACCUCAGGGACUCUGAGGCAGCUGAUGAGUCAAGUCUUCAGUUGUCAAAUCUUAAAAUGAUGGUUUCCAAGUGGAGCUAAGCCAACCUUCAUUUCAAACCUACUGUAAUGCGGUAAAGGAUAUUGAUAUUUUAUUUAACUGAGCAGUAAUUCUGGUGCAAACUAGCAAGGUGACAACAUGCAAUCAUAAAUUGACUGAAUUUCAGUCCUACUUUGGGUUUCAAGUCAAACGACAGAACAUCAACAAGCCUUAGGAGUGCUGACACAGGAAUCACUUGUGUCUGAGACUUUGAUGACAGACUAACAAGGUUGGGCCAAAGAGAGCAUGACAAACUCACAGUGAUACAAAAUUUAAGGUCAGGUGGCUCCAGUGAUAACCCUUGCUUUAUAAUCCGGGCUUCUACGUGACAACAUAAAUGUCUCUGUAAACAAUACAUACCAAACUGUUGGUACGAUAUGGUACCAAACUAUGGGCGGCAUCUAAUGCACGAAUCAGCUAUGCCAGGAGUAUGCAGGUGCACACUGGUAAAGUGCCUGAGGGAGCGCCUGAAUAAACAAAAAAAAAUUAGGGCAUGAGGGCGUAGCUUGGCACAGGUGAAGGACUUAAUAGUCGUAAUAAUAUUGCAUGUGAUAAUUGUUUCACUUGUUAUGCCGUAAGUGAGGAAGUGCCGAAAAUAAAUGUACUUUCCUUGAUUAUAGAAAGUGUCUUUUUCUCAAAUUGUUACAAAUAACAAAAAAAUAUUAUGACUAUUAUAUUUUUCCAUUGUCAUUCAAAAAAGUCUGUAUUACAGAUGUAGACCUGGGUUUAAAUUUGCAAACACAAUAACUCACAUGCACCUCUUUGUGGGUAUUUGGGCUUUAAAACCAGAAGGUUUGGCUGUUAAUUGAGUUGUGUUUCUUGAAUUAAGCGGUUCGCAUGUGAGUCAUGAGAUUAAUUAAUAACCCGUCUGAGUUACAGAGUUUGUGGUCUGAGAUCUAAACCUCAUUUUUUGCCUUCUGCUAAAGGGUAAACAAUUAUGAUUGAGAGCAGUGGUGCUGUCAGUGGAAGUUUUACAACUGUCUGCUCUUCAUCAGCAAGUGCGCACACAAACUCACACAGAAGCACCUCCACCGAAACCGUGUUUAGGCACCGUAAUCCUUGGCCUUGUGUAGACAUUCCUGGAGGGCCUGUAUGUGUGAGAGAUAUACAGCUGAGUGCUCCCCCUGACCUUAUGUGCCAUCCACUCUGUGCCAUCUGCCAGACACAUGUCAGCCCGCAGGCUGCUGCAGCUCCUGGAGUGAGAGAUGUUUGUCAACAUGCCCUCCAUUUUCGCUCCAAACUAUUUUGGGAUUUUUGUUUUCAAAUAUCCAAGGGAGCGGGAACCCUGCUCUUUGUAAAUGUUAAACAUGUCUCCUGUUUUCAUUAUCCAUUAUAAAUUGGAGGGUGUAUUUUUAGGUGACCUCGUGUUAGUAUCAACAUCAGACUUACAACCAUGACCUACUUAUAACCACAAACUUCCAGUACAGCUGUCUGAACGAACCCCUUAAGGUCGUACAAGCUGGCUCUGUUGACUCUGCAAUCACAUCAUUGAUAUCUGAUCGUUACAAGAACAAAUUAAAGAGCAUGGCUCUGUGAUUUAUUAAGACUCUCCACUGACAUGUCUACAUGCUUUCUGGACAGGCUGAUUUCUGUGUUUGUUCUGCAGAGCUGAAGUAACUCUCUGGCAGUCCCUCUGUGGCGGCAGUGGGACACCAGGGGGGCCGUAGCCCACUGAGCUGUAUGUGAGGUGUCGCUGGUCCAACAUGAGCGGCCCGCAAUCGAAGAUGACAGGGUGACUGUUGUCUGCCACCAGACUCUUGUGUGUGUUUGUAUGGACGUGCAUGUGUGUGUGCGGGCUUCGCUUUGCGUGCAGUUAUGUCCUCAGCUGAGCCAGCCCGGGUCCUUGGGGCCCUGUCUCCCAGAUUGUCAGCUGUGGCUGCUUGGGUUUCCUGCAGCAAGAGCACAUUUUGGCUGAUUUGACAUGACUUGUUAGACAUAGUUUAUCAGGAUUAAUAUGUGUUUUAGACAGGCUUCCAGGUAAUGAGGCCUAUGUUUUUAUUCUGAAUUUACUUCUUGAGAUUUGUUCUGAGCCUGUCAGGUAUUUUUUUCUUUUCCUCUGCUCUUAGUUUUGUAGCUGAACAAAGGUUGGCCCAUCUGAACAGCCUUUAUUAACUGUCUUUCCAAGACUGAGACCAGAAUACUGAUGGAUAUGUUAAUUGGUGGAUGGAUUAUUGGAUGUCAAUGGAAACUCCAAAGCAAGCAUAAUUAGAAAAUAUGCAUAACUUUAAUAGUGAAACACUGAGAGGUUGACGUCUUGGUGUAGAUAUAGAUACUUAUAUAGAUUUAGAUAUUGAUAUUGCCACAGACUGGGGGUCAACCAAUGAUCUGCAUUUGGCAGAUUAUCCCUAGUAUAGUACAGAGAACAGUAUUGGUUCAAGGGCUGGGAUGAAAUGCUUUUCUCCCGAUUCGAUUCUUGUAUGAUUUUUCGGGCGCCGAAUCAGUUUCAAUUGCAAUUCUACAAUAUUGACGAUUUUCUUGAUUUUUUGUCCGUAUUUUUAACACCAGUGAAACAGUUGAGUGAUUAGGAUUGUCUACUGACUAUUCCAGGAACCAUAUUUCCCCAAAAAACACACAUCACAUGUAAGUCAGUUUUUAAGAUUUAUUCUUAAAUUUGAACAAAAAAACCCAAAAAAUUCUAUUUAAAAAUUGUAAAACAAAAAAUCGCAAUAUUUAUGUGAAUUGCCUUUUUUUUCCCACCCCCAACUGGUUCUGAUAUCAGCAUUUGUUAUCAGGUCCAGUACUGGCAUUGCUACAGAAACUAGAUCCAGCAUCGAUGAUGGUAUUGGUAUUCAUACUUGGAUCAGCUCUAUUGUUACCUCAGAUUCUACUUUUAUCCCCCUUGCAUAAUGGCUUUGACAUAACCUAAUCAAAACACAAUUUAGUCACAUGCUUGAUUACCGUGCCAUUAUGUUACCCAAUCCUCCCUACAGAAACAAAACCCUGGCCUGGACAGUUCUACCAAACUAAUUGGGCAUCUGACCUUGUCCCUGGUAUUUAGGUUUUGGCUCCCAGCUGAGGGAACAAAGAAUGAGGGAACAGUGCUGGAAGAGAGUGAUAAUGAGGACAUCUAUUUACAAUUUGGCCGCAUUCCUGCCUUCACUCCCAAGUUUGAUAACAGAGGGAAAAAUGGCACCAGGAAAAGGUGGUGGUGAGAGGAUAGAUGAAACUGAUUCAUGGUGUGGUGACUGCUGGGAGGGUCUUCACAGAUCCCCCAUGGAGCUAAGCAGAACAGCAGGAGAGGGAGCUGCAGAGGGGCGGGAGGUUGUACAGGUUUUUUUUGUUUGAAGUCUUCCUUCCCGACUGGGGGCACAGACGUUACCCAAGGCUUGAGCUCCUCUCAGGGGGUCCAGCAGGAGUGUUACCCAACCAGGCAGGCAGCUGUCCGACAUGCUUGCCUCGCCUCUUAUCUGUCUCGUCUGUCUCCUCUUUAUGUGUCAGUGUUGUGUAACCAAACACAGCACCUGGACACAUCUUAAAUCACUGUAUGUGGAGAAAACAGGAGAGUCUGACAUAAUCUGCACUGGCAUGCACUGAGGGCAUUUGAUGAGUUUGGAGCAAACAUUUUACCGUUCAGUUUUUACAUCCCUCACUGACGUUAGAAAAAUCCAAGACAAAUCAGAAAGCUAACCAAAGGCUUUUGGUCAUUUGUGAAGAGAUGCUCCCAGUUUUGUCCUUUUAUCAACAACACUUUUAAUAUUCUGAAGUAGAAGUGGGUUAGGUCAGAAAGCUUGUUUGUUCCAGUUAUUUUGGAACCUCAAACAUCUUUACGGGAUGAAAAUCCAAUUAAAUUGAGUUGGAUGACUCUUAUGAAUCGAAUUGAGAAUAAGUACUUUCAUUUUCAUGCCUGUAUUACCAGGAAAGGAAAAAGGCCACAAGCUACUUGUGGUCAUCCUGGGAGACUCUGUUUGUUUACUCUUUUUUUGUCAGCAUUGAACAUUGUAUAAAGACAUAGCAUUAAAAUAGGUAGAACAGUCUGUUCUGGCCCUAAGGACUCACUGUGUGGUCCGUGUUUAAGGGAAGUGCAGAUGGGCCCUUCUAGUGGUGUUGCACUGCUUGUGACCUGGACUCCUGAGUACGAAUCUCUUACUAUACUAUAUCGUAUUGUAUUGAAUCAUAUCUUAUUGGUUUGGUAUGGUAUGAUAUGGUCUUUAUUGUCAUUGCAACUUGUGCACAACGAAAUUGCAUGUUAUCCUGUCACACCAUAUCCUAUCAUAUCUUACUGUCUUGUGUUGUACUCUAUUGUGCUUCUCUACACCCUAUCAUAUCAUGUUGUACCCAUAUGAUAACACUUUAUUUGAUGCCUAUCUCAAUAACACAUUAUGAAUAUAUGUAUAAUGUGUUAUAAUCAUGUUAUAGCACUGUGUAACUAUAGUUAUAAACACUCAUAAAUGAUCAUAAUGCUUUAUCACAAUCACCAUAACACAUUAUAAAGCAUUUUAUCAUGACUUACAAGGUCAGGUAUUAUAAUGUGUUAUAACUGUUAAAAACUCACUGACAAUGCUAACAUACUGUUGUUAUAACAGUUAUAACACAUGAUUAUACCUGACCUUGUUAGUCAUGAUAAAAUAUAAUGUGUUAUGAUCAUUGCUAUAAAGCAUUAUCAUCAUUUAUAAGUGUUUAUAACUAUAGUUAUACAGUGCCAUAAUGUGAUUAUAAUGCAUUAUACAUAUAUUAAUAAUGCAUUACAGAGCUAGGGGUCAAAUAGAGUGUUACCUAUCAUAUCAUAGUUUUGCAGAGGUUUUAAUCCCGCUUUAAUCUGACAACAGGAUUUCGAUAAAUAAGAUGGUCCUUUACCCCCCCCCCCACCAACGCUGCAUCACUGAGCACCCCCCGCUGUCAGGCCCCCCGACUCUCCCCCUACCCAAACUCACCUCAUUCCCGCCCCUGGAGAAAAGACAAAGCGAAGCAUCCAUGCAGCGAUCCAUCACUCCCGCCUGUCUUUCUCACAUGCCCUCCUCAGGAAACACCUUUCAGACCGGGGAGAUUAGAGUGUGACGGGAGGGGAGAGAAGUAGUGAAAGAAUGAUGGAGGAGGAGAAGGAAGAGGGGUAAAUGAUUCAGAGAGGGAAAGACAGAGUGAGAGGGGCACUGGAGAGAAGUUGAUUGAGCAGGGAUAGGCGAGGUUGUGGAGGAGAGAGGAAAUUGGGGGAUGUGGUUGACUUUUUGAAGAAGAGGAGGAAUACACAUGAACUUGCCCAUUAAGGGACAUGCUAAUAGCUCCAGGUGCCCCCCCCUCUUUUCAAUGUCUGGGUGAUGUGAUUACAGGUUUCAGUCUUAUAUCUAUAUUGUUCUCUUUACCUGUUGUUUUAUGCACCUGUCAGACCAGGGUGAUUACUUUAAGGCAACCCAAGGUGUUACAUUCAUUAUCACCUCUGUGCUAAGAGGAGCGAGAUGUUUUGGCAGUGGCCUUGCAACCUCCAGCGCUGUCAGGCUGCAUGUGUGAUUUCCCACACGCACGAAUGUGGCGGAGCCCCGAAAACUAAUCACACCUUCCUUCACUCAUCGCCCCCAGUGGGAGGAAUGAGCGAGCAGCGCUGCUAAUUCACCACCUACCUACCUACUGCUCUUUGUAUCAUCUUUGGCUCAUUAGCUUAAUGUCAUUUGAUACUGAGUGAUAGCCCGCCUUGCUGAAAAGGUCCCCGAGAUAAGGGACAGGUAUUUAAUCUUUUUCCUCUGCCUUGCAAUCUCCACAGGUGACAGUGUGUGAGAUAUGUCACCUGUGGAGAAAACACCUUUAUGAAAAACCAACAGUUAGGCUUUUCUUUCUCUGCAAAGGUUAACACGUGUCUUUGUUUCAUAAUCAGCAUUAUGCAAACUGUUUUACAACCCCCCCUUAUUGUGGUAUUCUAAUAUACAAACCGUACUACAACAGGGGAUUAUCAGGGAGGUUUUUGAGAGUUAAGCGUAGCAUGUGAGGAAGGUUUAAUAAGCCCCUGUUUGACACCCUCAUACAGGCUUACAGUUGAUAAAUCUGAGAACUCUCCAAAGUAACAGUGGUGCUUUCAGUCGUACCCUCCUCUUCCAGAGUCGAGCUGUAUGUCAAACAUCUUUUGUGCAGCUUCUCGGGGGACAAACUCUGGAUCUCAAAGCCCUCUAACUUGAUCCAUGACACACGUCUUGUGGUUAAAAACAUCUAAGAAUUAAUCAUCACGGAGCGCUGCGAAAACAAGUCGCACACUGACAGUAAUUGAAGGCACACCUCAGGGGCUUAAAAAAAACUACACAUCUACAGAGAGCAACAGACACUGAACAAUAACCUGUAUUGUUGGUUGUUUUAAGAACUUUUUGCUUCCCUGACUCAAUGAAAUCAGAUCCCCCAAAGGCUUAGAUUAUAUUUGUUUACGGAAGUUGUUUUCAAUUUCCAUCAUUAGAGCGCUUCAUUUGGAAUUACAGGUAAUUGUUGGGAUUUCGCAGAUAGGUCCAUAGAUGUAUAGAGUUUAUUCAGCUUUAUUCAGAAGAACUUAACUUAAUUUUUUUCUGCCUUUACUGCGAUCAAAAGUGCAAAACAAGGAGAUUUUCUUACACGGAGACCCUGAUUGGGCUCUAAAAGGGGACAAUGCUCCCUGUGGAUGGAGUCAAGUCAUUAAUGUCCCACAUUAGGAUCAGGUCUCAAUGGCUGGGUCCUGAGUUAUGGAGAUGAGCGUAGCGACUGGGGAAUGUUUUUCUGUCUGUCUGAGCCCCCCUCUCCCCCUCCUCUCCUCCCUCCACAGCCACCUUCCUCUCAUCUGGAUGUUAACGCAUUCUCAGGCCUCAAACUGCAGACAUUUUGAAACACUCAAAACAACAGCCACAUCGGGGGUUAACACCAGUUACGACUGAAGUGUCACACACUCCUGCGGUUUACGUAAACACUGUGUGUGUGUGUGUGUGUGUGUGUGUGUGUGUGUGUGUGUGUGUGUGUGUGUGUGUGUGUGUGUGUGUGUGUGUGUGUGUCUGCCUCACAACAGUAUCCCCCUGAUCUUCCAAAUCUCCUCUGUAAAUAAAGUCACAUGUGACAGCUUGUGUUCUGUUUUACAUGCAAAUUCAUCCCCGAGCCUUUGCAUUCAAAGGAGAUGGGAAAGAUUAAACAAACCACACUGUCACUACCCGACUGUGAGACGCAGCAGCAGCAGCGAAUGAAACACGAGAUGCAUGGCAAUUUUUUGAAAGAGGGAUCAGCUCCCCUCUUGCAUGUCCAAGCAAAAGCAAGUUUUGCUCGAGGCGGCCCUUGCAGUAAUUUAGUCAGCAUGAUUCUGAUUUGAUUUUGACGGAUUAUAAACUCAUACGCUCAGAUUCAAUGUGUUUAUGUGGUUCAUAGUGAAUUAAAUUAUAAGUCAUAUCCCACAGGAAUAAUCAGUGAGUAAAGAGACACUUUGUAGUUUUUUUAUGGAGCCUUUGUUAGUUGCCUGGAAACUGCAUAAUCACCUGAUAAAUGCUUAAGUUUUGUAACAUGUUGAAUAAUGAGUAAAAGAGGUUCCAGUGGAUUUUCAGAUUUCAGCCUGCUCUCACAAAAGUUAUGAAAUGACCACAACAUCUCAAGACUGAGUUGUGUUACUCCAAUGUGAAUUCAUUUAUUUGUUGUUUAUUUUGUUUACCAUAAUCCAUUUAUUAUGUAUUAAUCAAGUAAAACAUGGAUAAAAGAUAAUGGCAAAAUAAUGUUGCAACUAGCCUAGCAACGGCCCAUUUUAUGACCAGGAAAUUCCUGUUCCUGUUAUGAAAAAGGAUACUCUACAAUGGCAUUAUUUUUCGUGUUAGAGUGAUUUCAUUCUAAGGUUGGCAGAUUCUGCUACUUUUCUAAACAGCCAGUCUAGCUAUGUCCACACUCUCUGCUAUCCCAUUUAGGGCUGGGCAAUAAAAUGAUAAUGAUAUAUAUAUAUAAAAAAAAUUCCCUCGAUAUUGAUAUAAAACAUGGUUGAUAUGCUUUUUGACAGUCGGCAUUCUGCCAUGUUUUGGUUGACUAUAUAAAUAGCCAAUGAAAAGGGGAGUUGCUCCGCACCUUGCUGAACCAAUCAUACUGAAUUAGAACAAAGUAGCAAACAACUGCGUAGUAGCGGGCCGCAGCUACACGCAACCAUAGCACUUAAGCAUGUGAAGCCGACAGCACUGUCAGUAAGAAAAAAGAAAAUGAGUGCUACCCCGGAAGAAAUGUAGAUGAAGCCUCAACAAAUGACGACAUCUUCGACAACAUUUAAGAGUAACAGGGAACAUUUAAGAUUGACAAGUGAUUUUUUUUUUUUAAAUCGUGAUACUUAGCGAUAUCGACUGAUAUGAAAAAAUAUAUUGUGAUAAACUUUCUCCCUUAUUGCCUAGCCUUAAUCCCAUGUAUGAAACAUAUUCACAGUAUCAGCGUAAGGGUGGUAUAGUGCACAGGCAGUCAGAAGAGAGCACAAAUCAGCUACACCCCAUGAAACACCAUCAACACACUCAAUCCUCUGCUACAAAUCUUCACCGAUUAUUACCCACUCCUUUCAAAAUAUUUACUCCAUAUGACAUGAAAAAACCAUACCAGAAAUCUCUGUGUAAUUUCAGGUUGAACUGAAUAAAAAUAACCAGAUAAGUUCAGGGUUAUCUUAUGUUUUAAUCCAGUAUGUCGUGAUUCUUGUGUCGCCUCAUGCAAAUGCUUUACUGUUCCUCUAACAUACAGCUAAUAAUUAACUGAGGUGUCCCUCAUGGCUCAGAUCAAGAAUUCCUGGUAUUUUCCUUGUUUUCCUCUUUUUAAUCUGUUGUUUCUGUUUCCUUUAUAAGCCUCAGGACUACAUAUGUUACUGAUUUUGAUUAGAUGCCCUCAGUGUCAAUCAUAUGUUGUAUAGACAGACUGCAUACCCGGAAAUAGUCAUUAUAAAUUCAUAUGUAACUCAUCUGGCCUUGUUAUGAAUGCAUGGACUGAAGAAAACCACAAAGCAUGAUCAUCUGAACAAUCAUUUAUUCCUCCCAUUGAGCGCAGACUUGAGUUUACCAUGAAAGGAGUAAUGAUGUGUUUUGAUUGCCCUCCUUUAAGUGUUGCAUAAGCUGCACAUUGACAACAAAGGAGGAUAUUUAAUCCACUCACAUGCACACAUGGAGUUCGACUGAUGCAGUAAUGACUUUCCCAAAAUGGUUUGAUUUAUUGCUCAUGCUGGUAAGUGAGAGGUGUAAUGCAGCGUAGUUACUAAAUAAACAUUUAUUUCAGAGGCCCUCUACUCCUCUGGGAUUCUCCCUAUUCCUAAUUUCCCUCCACAUCUCUAUUAACUCAGAAACCUUCCCUUUCUUUUUCCUCUUUGUGUCUUCGUCCGUCUUUCUCUCUGUGACACCGGCACUCACCCCCACGUACACAUCUCCCCUGUGCCCAGUGAGUAAACGUGGAACCGUGUGAGCCUUCAGGAGGACUUUGAAAUGAGACAUGGCUGGGACAUCAGAGGACUCUGCCACUCUCAAUGAAGCCUGCUUGAUUUAUAAGAGCGCAGGGAUAGGGGGGUUGUUUCCAGAGGCACACAAGGCCACGAGGUCCUCCAUUAGUACCCUGACCCCUGUUUCAUGGGACCAACCGCUGCAUAGAGGGAAAGGGAGGAGAAGAAUGGAGGGAUGGAUGGAUGUUGGACAUGGGGGGUUUUCUUUUUUAACCACAGAAAGUCUGCUAUUUACAUUUUCGCCAAAGACAUGGCUGCAGAAAUGAGAAACCCAAGCUCGGUCAUUUGUCAGUGGCCUGCGGUGUCCUGACUUAAAUGUCAUCUGGUUGUACCUGAUCCCUCGCUUGGGCUUUUCCCGACUCCCCUCUUUUUCUUUUUUACAGUUUCCCUCGCUGUUUUACUGUCCGCAAUCUAAUUAGCUGUGUCUUAAUCACGUGUUAAGGCGCAGCGCCUUCCUGGUGUUUAUUGUCUGUUUGCAGUGCUGUAAAAAUGUGUGAGGUGGCUUGUAAAAACUCACAGAGGAUUAAGCACUCAGUCUGCAUCACUGACGUGAAAUGGGUUGUAGCCACUGGGCUACUGCAGAAAGACUGUAGCACUAAUACACUUGAUUAUGGCAGUCCAAGUCUUUUAAACUGUUUGAGCAGCAAAUCAAUUACAGGCAUUACCGUAAAGUCUGGAAUAGAAGCCGUACGAGUGUCCAGUUUAUGGUCUGUUUUAGGGAGUCUCCCAGAAGAAGAAGAAGGUUCAAACUGUCUUCCUGCUGCUUUUGUAACCUAGCAACAGAAGGCUUAUGUAAUGAACACAGCCCCUUUAUUGAAUAUGCAACACAAACAUAGGUCACGCACAUUAAAAAAUAAACAUAGGCAAUGUUCACACUGCAUGCCAGUUCUGAUUUUUUAAGCAUAUGUGACACAUAUCUGAUUUUUCAUGUAAGUGUGAACAGUGCAAUUCCUGAUUUUUUCAUAUCCGACCCAGACCUCUUUUGUAUGUGGAUAUAAAUCAGAUUUGUAUCAGAUGUGACUGCAGCGUGAACGCUCAGGUGCGUUUAUCCGACCUAUACAUCAUCAAUAUGCAACAAACGUCGCCAUUGUUCGACAACACAAACAGGCACGGAAAGCAAUUUGUUCUUUGUGCGCAUGGGGGUCACUUCACGGACGCAUUCUGUUCACAUUAGAUGCCGCAUUCGUUGUUGUAAUGUGAAUGACCGCACAAAAAGACCGAAUUGUGCAUCAUAACCUGCAGUAUGAAUGUAUCCAUAGAUGCACAAACAAGGUCCAAUUGGAGAGAUAUUAGAGUGCGGGUGUUCCAAGCAGUUUGGGGUUUGGUGCUUUGCUCAAGUGCAACCAGGUAGCGAACUUACACCUUUCCAGCCUUCAUCCAGCCCAAGUUUGUUCCAUUAAAAUAAGUGCAAUACUGAAAUUCUCAUCUCAUAUGGUGUGGCUUAUAUGACUUCAUUUAUUUGCUCUGAUCUCUCUUAUGGAGAGAAUCAUGUCAUGUGUUAUCAUGCAUGCUUGCGUCAGUCUGUGUCUUUGCCGCACGUCAGCCUUUCUGUGUUUGCAGUCUAAAUUCAUAACAUUGCAGUGUUUCUUUAAGGAUCAGCUCUCAUUGUUUAUACGCCCACAGCUUUAAACUACAGUAUAACAGCGUUAUGCUAAUUGUUUACAAAGACAGACGUUUUCAGCUUGCAUUACGUUAUAUUCUUCCCCACCACACUCUAUCGUUGGCUGGUUAGCGAGGCCCCCCCAGACCCAUCCAUCAGAAAACCAGCCUGGUUAGAGGAGAACCUGUCUCUUGAUAUAAGCAUACUGGAAUUUAUUGUUUUUAGUAAACAUGCCGAAAACAUCAUCCAUCCCUGCUGUACACAUGUCCAGUUGCCAUAGUAACACAGGAGAGUUUUCAAAACACUUCAGGGGCUCCCUUAGGUGUGAUGGGUCUCAACUGACCAUUCACACAUCGAGCCACAGGCCCCGCUUAGUAUUUCUCAGCAUUUUGGGUGCAAGACAGAAAGUCCAUCCACAUCUUGUAGGCCCAGGGAGCAUGCUGGGUAAUGAGAAACAGGCACAAACCUUGUGGGGAUCCGUAGCAAAUUAUAAAAUACUGCAACAGGUUUUACAGGCGUGUCCCUUGUGUGUAUGAGAGGAUUAAAAGUCAACCCAGAAAGAAGCUGAAGGAGCUGCAGGGAGGAGGAGACAAGAGGAAGAGGGUGUAAAACGCUGUCUGACUGCUCGUCUUCUCUUGUUACAGGAUGUCCUCGUCCACCAGAUUUCCACCCUCUUGUACACGCUCCUAUGAGAAACCAGAAAGCACUUGUGUUGGAGAGUUGAGGAUUAUUGCAUGCAGCUGGAGGCUGUCUCAGUGAGACUCCUAGCCCCCUCUCCCAUCACCCUCAACUUUUUCCUUCCCUGAGUUACAUGUUGUUGUCUUACCACACCUGCAGGACCCCUCUGUCAGUUUUGCCCACUUUUUGUUAGGUUGAGUGGGUCAGUAGACUUCAAGUUAAAGGGAUAUUCCAGUGUAAAAUUAAUUUAGGGUCAAACACACCAUAACACCGAGUUAGACACCCCCUCGAGAAAUUAAUGUUGCUUUAGUAACGACCGCACGACAGCAAUACUCAUUGGUCUAAAGAGCCAAACACAAGCCUUAACCAGAAAGCCACUCUAUAGCCACAAAUAAUGCUCAGAACAGCACCUAACUUCAUCAACAGUACAUAAAAGGGUCCUAGCCACAGCACUAGCCACCAAACACCUUUUUAACUUUGCCUUUUUUCUUUACAAAGACACUAAACACAACUCACCUACUCUCUUCCAGCAGCCGCUUGUUUGGAGCAAGACCUCAGGCCAGUCCAUUAUGGACUGCAGUGGAGUUUCGCAGCGCUAGGAAGAACAUUUAUGAUUAUUACUUCAUGGAAAUGCAAUCAGACGAGACGCUAAGGCAGAAGAACUACCGCGUCUGCAGUGCGGAAUGAUUAAUAUGGUGAUUAUUACUUCAAGGAAGUGAUAAAAUAAUGAUCAUGAACGUUCUUCCUUGAGCUGCGAAACCCCGCUGCAGUCAUGAUAGACUCAUCCAAGGUCUACCUACAAACAAGCGGCUGCUGGAAGAGAGAGGGGGAGUUGUGUUUAUUGUCUUUGCUAAAGAAAUUAGGCAAAGUUAACAAGAUGUUUGGUCACUAGUGAUGAAGUUAGGUGCUGUUCUGAGCAUUAUUUGUGGCUACAGAGCGGCUUUUUGGUUGGGGUGUGCGUGUUGGCGCCUUAGACCGCUGUGUCUGGCUAUCGUACAGUUGUGACUAAAGUUGGUAUAACCAGAGAAGCAAGCGGUCGGCAACAUUCCUCUCUCGAAGGGGUGUCUAACUCGGUGUUAUGGUGUGUUUGACCCUAAAUUAAUUUUAUGCUGGAAUAUCCCUUUAAGUGCUUAUUGGAGCACCAUGUAACAUAUGAACCUCCUUGCCUUUGUCUUUUUUUGCAUGUAGGGUUUGAGGGAUUUAGUUCAACAAGCUGCUUAGUGAAUAUGAGUUUUAAAUAUCUACAAAAGUAGCAGCUUUUAUGACUCAUCAUAAGAGUCGUCAGUCUCCUCACUUAUUAAUUAAAACACACGCUGUCUUAGCUUCUGUCACUGAGCGAGGGAUGGAGAAAUAAUUGGAUUCUAAUUUGAACGGAAGCCCUGAUAACAGCCAGCAAUGCUCUUUGACAUCCAUGCUGAUAUCCUCACUAGUAAUUGUUAAGGUCCACUGCAGUAUCUCUUCCAAGGUUGUUAUCUAUGCAAACGGGCAGAAGUGAUUAAGAUCGGAAUCGGCCUCUUGUGUGGGCUGCUCUUACCUCCAUGAUGCAGAUAGACGAUAUAAAGCAAGCUGCCAAACCCUUAACAUUUGCAUCUGCUCCUUUCUCUGCCUUUAAUUUUUGCACUAUCCACAUUAACUUUAUCAAUAAUAAAGCAUUGAGACAUUAUUAUUAUAAAUCAAUGACAAUAUAAAGUAGAGGGGAUAUAAUAUCGUCAACCUUUGUCAUCAAGAAAAGAGGAAAGGAAAGGAAGCAGAGAGGAAUAGAAAAGAGACACCCCUGGAGACCGAUCACUAUCUCUCUGCUGAUAAGCGAGCGAGUGCCUGAAGGCUCACUUUUCUUCCAGCAGCUUUUUGUAUCUUCCCCUUGUGGCAAUUUGAGUUGAACUAUCCAGGAUUAUAGAAGCUUUUCCCUUGGGCAUUGAAAGGUGGAUCCUUGCAGGUGGAAACGAGGUGAUGUAACACCGCUGUGGGAUCACUGGAGAGUCUGAUGGAAACAGACAUUAACCACACAAGCACAGGUCAGAGGGUUGUUUCCUCAAAUCUCCCACUGUUACUUUGCUAUCAGUCCCGGAAUUAAAUGUUUGAGAAAUCUGAUUAUCUCCUCGACUGACCGAUGUUUGCGAAGCAUCUUUAAUCCUUUGGAUGACAAGUGAAGCAUAAGUUAUGAAUGAAAUAGCUGUGUCUUCUUGAAUGAGUCAUUAAGAAAGUGUCUAACCCAGACUGUGUCUCAUCUCCCAGGUUGCAUCUCUGCAUGGUGGGGUGUUUUUCCAUGAAAAUUCAAAGGCCAUUCCUUUGAGAUUCCAGCGUUUCAGCUGAGUCAGUGGUCAUGUUGAUGACUCACUGGACUUGAAGCUGUUUUUCUGUCCUUAACCAAUGUCUUCUUAAGAAGUCAUACCUUCACUAAUCCAUUCUUCAUGCCCUAUAGCUCAUCCCUACAUUCAGUCACUGGUGCAUCAGCAUCCUUGAAAGAAGUUAGCACUAUAUAGAAAGGCUAAAGAUAGGCGGCCUGUGUAACUUCCUGUGGGUGGCAAGUUUUUUUCUCAAUGAAAAUGCGUCAUCGUCUCAAACUAAUGAAAAGUGAAGUGACACACUUUCUCCUUUUGGUCAGACAAUGUGUCAUCUUGCAAGUGUUUGAUGACUCUGUACCCAAAUUUUUCUUACAGUUUGAAGGCAAAAUACACAAACAAAUCCUUUUUUUAUGCUCUACCUUUCUCUGAAUUUAUCAGUAGGCUUUUACUGCAUGUUUUUGCACGUACUGCAGAAAACUGCAAAUGUAUUCCAGCACUUAACAUACAACCUGUGAUGUUUACCGAUGUGUUACCUGCGUCUUUGACAUCUUGAAAUGGGUUGUAAAAAUAUAAGAGUCAUUAAAACUGUCAAACUGACAUUCAGGGUUAUCUCCUCUCCUCACGUUUCACCUCUAACCAGAGCUAUCUCAAAACACUUUACAAAAGGAGCAGAUCUAGACAAAUACUCUGUAUUUAUAGUAUUUUCAAAGACCUAGUAUCAAUAAUAAAUCUCACCGUAUUUAAAUAUUCAAACAAUCCUUUUUGCAGCAUCAUCAAUGAGAGAACUAUCAGACUGAAGGUAAUAGUAGUAGCAGCUGGAGUCUGGCAGGUCCACAGGAGCAGGCAAAGAUCCAGAGAAACCCUUGAGACAACGGAGCUUAUAGACUCCCAGAAAGAUCUUUGGCUGGUUACUUUAAUGGGAUGUGAUGAUUUAAGGUGACAAGCAGACAGAGAGCGGACGACACUCAGAGCCUCAGCCAGGCCUAACUGUGAGCUUUGUCACAAAGAAGAAUUUACUCUUAAAAUUCAAGAGUCUGUCUGCCUUAAAGACCCUGAUUUCAUAAAUGAAGGCUCUGCCUCCUGUACUACUUUUAAGAGACUCUAGGUAUGACAUGUAGGCUUACGUUUCACCUUAAAAGUCGUAAUGAGCUUUUAAGCGACACUUUUUUCCAAUCUAAAUGGGGAUGACAAAAAUGAAAAGGCACCUAGUUUAACUCCUGCAUGCUCUGCAGCUAAUCUCUGACUGUAUGUUUUCAACAUGGCUUCAUUUUCUUGAUUCGCGACAUCAUUAAAGGCUUCAGUUGCUAUUCUUGGCACUGCUGUAUCACUAGAUGCAAAGGUGGCUGCCAUUAAAUACGCUCAAAAUGAUGACACCAUUUAUUUCUCUAACUUCUCUCUUACAAAACAACAGUUUUUCUUCACUGACUGUAUAAACAGCAGAAAAAUGUGGAAAUCCUCUUGGAGAGAAUUUUCUGGAUUUUUUCCCUGAAAAAUUAAUUAAUCAGUCAAUUCAAGAAGCAGAUCUUUUUGAAGUCUGAAACAUUUCCAGAUGACAUAAAUGACCACCUAAGGGUCCAAGGAGUCACAACGUUAAAAAAGCAUGUCUACGUUACUGCAUACAUCAUAACUUUAAUACUGAUUUAUUUGUAUAGAUUCUUAAACAGCUGUUUUUUGGGGGUUUUUUUUAAAAGGGGUUUAUGAACCAAAGUUUAUAAAACUGCAUCCUCUUUUCAUCUCAUUGAGUAACUGUGAGUAUCUGCUCUCUACACUGAGUGUGAUCACUGCACACUGGUGAGGUGUUAUCAUAGGGGCUGUCUUCAGCUGUAUCUGCUUUUUCUCCAAGAAGCUUUGCUGACAAGGCAGGAGUAAGGUAUGCUGAGGUACUUCUGCCCCUCGCCCUUUGCCCAUAUGUUUUGUAUUACGCCCUAGGAGGUGCCAUCCUCAGCAGCUCAAUGAUGGGAGGGGGAUAAAGCAGGCCUCUCCGGUCCAAAUGACGCAUGACAUGGUGCUGCACCCUGGGCUCUUAUUUAUGGCUUCCCAUGUCAGCGAAGGCUUGCUCCCCCGGGGGAGCCCCACGGCCGUUACCCAAAAAACCAGCCGUCGGAGCUCCUCUCAGACCACUCUGCAAACUAGUCUUUGUCGGAAAGAUUUCUGAUCACUAUGAAGUGGCGGCACAUUCACGAGGCUGAGAAGUAUUUCAAAAUCAAACAGAUAUCCUCAGAGAGUUUAUUCAGCUGUUCGGCGCUCACAGUUGCCACACUGUUUCACAAGAAGAGGAGUGGUAUGUAUGAAGUGCUUCUUCAGAAGAAUUAACGUCAUGUCAGGGUACAGCUAGACCACUGCCAAGCGCACACUGCCUCUUUUAUCAGUGCCUCUGAUGGGGAAGAGGAUGUGAAAUCUGGAGAGAAAGUGAGGAGGAGAUUUGGUAAGAGGAUCUGAAUAUAUUUUCUCUGUAGUUACUCGAAGAAUCCAUGUACAUAUCACACCGCAUUAUCAAAUAGGAGUAUACACUGGCAGCACUUGUGCACACACAGGUGUUCUCCAUGAGUUAUCCGGGAAAGCUCCAGUGAUCUCUGUCCAAGGUUUUGAUGUGGGUAGAAGGAAAAGAAAAGAAUUCAGAUGAAACGUAGGCCAAGGGAUGAGGAGAAGCUUGAGAGAAGAUGACAGAAUGAAGAAAGGAGAAGAGUCUGUGAUAGAUAAUGCUUAAAAGACUUUAAUGAACAUCAGAGACAGAUGUGACAAAACGGCUCAGUAAUGACAACACAGACAAAAAGAGGGCAGGGGCUCUCUCUCUCUCUCUCUCUCUCCUUCCUGGUAUCUCAUAUUUCUUUGUGCUUUGAGGAGUGAGCGUAAAAAGAGGGACCACUGUAAUGGUUUUAUGUGGCCUUUUGAAAACAGAACAAGCCCUCUCCUGAACAGUAUAUCCUGCCUCAGAACCUUUCUGGCAACAGGGCGCUUGUUUUUCCAAUAUCCAGACUGUAAAACACCCUGUUUGAAAUCCACUCUGGUCAUUGUUUAGUCUACUGGAAGUCCUUUAGAUCAUCCUCAUCAGCAGCCAUGACACUUCUCCUUUAUGUUCUGAGUCCCCCCGGCCACUCAGAACCAACCACUCGACAAUAACCCAUGAUUCAAGAAUUAUUAAGACUUGACUGCAUGUUAUCAUGCUAUCGUAGAUUGUGACUACACAACCGCGUAAACGUAAGUGAACUCUGUCCAACCCAGCUCUGUCUCUAGUUCUGAACAUUAUGUUUCCUUUGAUUUAAAAUCUCAAACUGUUUGGUUUCAUUUGUGUAGACAUACUCAAAAUCAAAGAAGCUGAUAUAAUGCAUGAUCUACAGGGCUUGACACUAACUUUUUUCACAAGGCGCACAUGUGCUCCUAAGUUGAAAAAGUAAGGAGCACACAAAGAACUUUAGGGGCACAGUGAAAAUACUGUGUGUCUUAUUGUUCGACAUAAGUACUAUUAUUUGAAAUCAAUUUUAGGUCAAUUGGUCACAUGACAUGGAAGCUAUUGAAGAAAAUGUUAAAAAUUUGCCUUUAAAUUUAACACAAAUUUUUUAGAGGACAAAUUUGGGAAAUAAAGAGGUGUGUCUUCUUGUCCAACCUUAGUACUAUUAUUUGAAAUCAAUUUUAGAUCAAUUGGUCACAUGACAUGGGAGCUAUUGAAGGAAAACAGCCUUUUCUAAAAACAUCAACCAGUAAUUUAUUGAUGGUCCCUUAUUCAACACCCGACGUUGACAGCGAGGGUGCCGAGUACAUUCAACCGCGCUGCUGUUGUUAUUCCCGGUUAUGGAGAGUAAGAAGACACCGGUAGAUCCGCAGUGAAUGUCCGAUGAAUAUCCAACCUAAAACUAACAUCACCGCGGUAUUGACAUUAAAAAACAUUUGUUGCCUUGGCUGAUUUUUUUUUUUUUUUUUUAUGCGCAAAUUGUAAAAUACAUUUUACAAUUUGCACACAUCUAUUUUUAGUUGAAAAUGCAAGUGAAACUUUCGCACUGUAGAGCCCUGAUCUAUGUCUCCACAUGCUUUUAUAACACAGGCAGGAGAUGCAGUAUUAGACAAGUUUCAUAAGACAGGAACAUCUUUCUUCAUUAUCUAACAGAAGAUAUCAUUGCAGAUCAUCAUAUAACUGCCUGCCCUCCUGUGACACACUAUAACCUGAUCACAUAUCCCCCAUGCUCUGUUGUAAACAGAUAGUUAUUUCAUUGUUGAAGACUAAUGAGGGUGAAUAAAGCUCAAUGUUUAUUUGCAGCAAGAUCUCAUCGUUACUGGAGAUGCACAGUCUGGCCAGGUGUAAACAGAUGUGCUUAGAGCUGACCAAUAAGAUACUCACUAGGUCUCAUUAUGUGGAGCUUUUGUUAAGCCUCUUAGCUACUGGGGAAGUGCAAAAACAAGGCCUAGUCAACAACACAGGAUCAAAGCAUAGACAGGAUGCUGCUGCCGCUGAUGCUCUUGGCCUGGACACAAGAUAAGAACUCUUUGAGCCAUCAUGCUGGACUUAACAGAGCCAGAGAAAGCCCUGGAACAAUGGGUAUGCGUCGUAGUGAGGGAAAUACCAAACUAUAACACAAAUACUGGGUCACUGGGUUAAACCUUAAACUCCUGUCUUUGCUUUCAUCUGGCCUCCAGCAGAGCCAAUGCAGGAUCUGAUCUGAUAAAGCCAAGGAACACACAAUCUCAGCUGAUGUUUCUCUGUCAGCUGUUUCUCUGAAGAUCCUGAGUAGGCAGGGAGAUGCAAGUACAAGAGUGAAUGAUGUGCUGCUGGUCAUCGCCUCAUUAGGACCUCCCUAGUGUCUUUGAUGGUUGCUAAGAGCCAGAGUGUAACGUGAAGGAGAUCCAAGGAUUGUCUCCCAUCUUUUUUCUGGCUGUUUUCCCAUCCCCUUCUCUUUUGUAGGCUUAUCUAUCUAAGCACUUGUCCAGUCAGAAUACCAUUCACCGGUAUUUCGCCGCUUGCUUCCCCAGAACCCAGUCAGAUCUGACACCGGGUUGAAUUUAUCAGGGUCGGUGUUAUCCAACGAUCCAUCAGAUGCUACAGGCUGAUACCAGGGACUCCUUGGGGACUGAACUUUUUGUUUGGUCAAGCUGCUGACAGAAGCGAAGCCUCUGUCUGGGAAGCCAUUAAGAGCUCAGCAGGCCCAGAAAAAUGAGCCUCCCUUGUCAGUCCACAUUAGGAGCUCGGCCACGGUCGCAGAUCCUUCUCAGACAUGACACAUCAGACCGCUGUUUAUCAAAGCCUUUGAACUAGAGGUGGCUUGAUGGAGUGAUGAAUGAGCCCAUGUGUGAAGUGGCUGUUCGGCUCUUUAGGUUGUCUUGGAUUAAUGGCGACGGUUUAUUUGUUAUCUUAAGUUGAGGUGAGGACAGAAUUGGUAAAGAUGGAUAUGAGUGCUGCCAUUUCUUUACCGUUGCUCUUGUGUUCAUUUUUUAUGUAACAGCAGAUUCUUUAUCCGUUAUUUUAUACGAUUAACAGAAUAGAAUAAGGUAUUUCCCUUCCACUGAGCCAGCCUGAAACAUAUAUUUCUGCAGAUGAGGGUGACUGCAGUACUUAUCAAAUUGAAAGCACUGCCUGCUUUGAUCGGUACUUGGGAGAAGAUUGGGGAAACCAUUUAGAGUUUUAAUUUUAAUCUGAAACAUCGCAGAAACAGCAUUUUUACCUCCUGACAGGGUGAUUUAGAAGUAAAAAACGACAUAGCGGUGUUACUGUUCCUGUUCCUGCUCAGAACGUCACUAAAGAUAAGAAGUUUUCGUGGAAGAACUCAACAUUUAGUUGUCAUAGCCCUCUUCCUCAGCACCCUUCAGUGGUCUCAUUGAAGCGAAUGAGGCACUGUUUUCGUGACGGUGUUAGUACUUAGACAUGGAUCUGAGCGCACUCAUCAGAGGUUGCAUCAGCACCCUACUAUGACACCUCUCCUUGUUUCUUGGGAGAGUGAAUCCUACUUUUUUUCUGAUUCCUGAAAUCACUCUGCUGUUGCUUCAGCGCCAUUUUAUUGGCGAUAAUAAUGAGGAAAACACAAAAGCAUGUCUCAAAAACUGAAGUCCUCUCUAGGCCAUGACUGAUUAUUUAAAUCUUCAGCAUCAAAAAAGGAUGUUCUGGCUGAUUUAUCAAUAAAUCAGUCAUUUCAGUUUCACUUCAAAAAGCCCCCACCAUUCCACUACCCACCCAUUUGCUAAAUGACUCAGCAUCUUUUCUGCAAAUUGUCUACCACCCACCCACCUCCCACGCUCUAUUGUUCCAACACGGAGAUGGAGCACCUCCACUUUGCAUGUCACAGCCUCAGACUAAACACACUCUCCUGGUGUUGAAGCAUCCGAGUAGAGGCAGCCGCAAAUGAUGACCAACUUAUCUCAUUAGAAAAAUAAUGAUUUCACUGGCUGCCAUUCCCACAGAUAGGCCCACUAUUUGCUUUAGGCUCUUGGCUGCUGCAACCCUCAUGCCUGCCCGUCGUAUAUCAGCAGCACUGCCACCGUCAAGCCCCUGAUUUAUGGCUGUUUAUCUCCACUCACAAGGCCCCCAACCCCAACCACCACCACCCUUCAACAGAUGGGCUCUGGCUAUUUACUCAGGAAGGGAAAGGUCCCAAACUGAUGAGAUACAACAAAUAAGGGGUAAUCAUGACCAAGUUGAUUGCAAUUUAUUGGUGGCCAGAGAAGUUGAUCCUCUCUAUUGUUGACCUGAUCACCCAUGCUUGAUUAAUCUAGUUUAGUUUAAAGCCCUUUUUCCACCUCGGUAUGAGUUGACAGAAGACAUGAUGGCGCUGCAGACCUAGACAGAGGCUUGAAUGAAAAGCCCCCUGAUAUGAUUUACGUUUAUUAUCAGUGUAAUUGUUAAAACAUUCCCUCAGCUGUCAUGUUCUGCGGGGUUGUCACCUUAAAUCUCUGUAAGUAUAUUCGCGCUCUAAAUCUCGCUGGCUGUCGGAUCUUCACGGAGAAAAAAAAACACAUUGCACCAUAAAUUGUCUGCUGCAGACUUCGAGGGGCUCCAGUUGAUUUCUGAGUCUCUGGAGAAAGUAAUAACCCAACAGUGUCAAUUUUUCAAACCGGUCCCGCUAUAUUGUUGCAGAUUUUUCAGGACCUAAGCAUUAGUAGUUGUUUUUUUUUCCCUCAGUUUGAUGGAUAGAAACCAGAUUUUGACCCUUGCACCUGUUGCUCAUAGAUUAUGAUUCCUGCUUUAUGUAAUUUAUAAUCUGAGAUUAAAUGCAUUGAAUAUUAUUUCGGGAGCAGACAUCAAGAUAACUUUGUAACAUCCUCCUCCGCUAUAUAUUGCAAACCGAAGGAGCAUGUUCAUCUCACAUUCAGUGAAGUCUGCAUGUGUCCCAAGAGAAAACAUUAAUUACAGGUUAAAACUGGGUUGGUAUGAGUAUGAGACGCCUCUGUGCCUCAAAGUGAGAUAUUCUCAUGAGAAGAUUUAUAGAGUUUAUCGACCCCACACAGCUGAUAUAACUAAUAAAAGAAAAGCACAGACUGAUAUUGGUGGGCUCUUUAAUGAGGAAACCCAGCCAGUCGUCACAUCUCACUCAUCCACCGAGCAGAGCCACGGACGCUUUAUCUCUCCUCUGAUUAAACAGUGAUGAAGUGUUUAGAGUCUCGACCACUCCUGACCGAUGAAGUAUCACAUGUGUUCAAUAUUAAGCACAGCUUUCAGCACAGAUGUCACUGUGAUUGUAAGUGUUAGGUUUUUCACCCUUGUCUUUUUCAUUUACAUUUUUAGUAUGUUCGAGAAGAUUUGUCUUCAAAGACUUCCCUCAUUAGACUGUGUUAUAGUUAAAAAUGAAGACUAAUUUAAAAUGAGUUUUGAAAAAUGAGGAAUGCACGAACAAUAUGUCUCGCUAAACCAAAAAUCAGUUUCUGUUUUUGGAAAGAAAUGAGUUUAUUCUAGAUAGGGGUGUCCUGAUACAACAUUUUUACCUCCAAUACGAUACCGAUAUUGUAGCCUUCAGUGUUGUCUGAUACAGAUAUUGAUCUGAUAUUAGCACAAACUUUUGCAUGACAAGUUUUUUACUCAGCUGCAACGUCUUUUUAGACUUUAAUGAAUCAUACUGCCACAGGGCCGACAUCACUCCUACUUCUUGGUACUUGGUACACACUGUUGUUGUGAUUACAUGGGCUCUACAUGCUGGAUCUGGGGGCUGCUAGAUAGAGGUGCCGGAGCGGAGUGCUGAUAUCGGAGAUUUUAGAUGCAGGCCGAUAUAAUCCGAUAUUUGAAUUUUGUUCAUAUCCGAUAUCAAUAUUGUAUCGGGACAGCCCUAAUUCUAGACCUUACAAUUAAAAUACAAAAAAAAGGAUCAAAUGUUAUUCAAAAUGAAAUAAAGUAAAUGUUUCCAGCAGCUGAAAGUAUCAGAAUAUCAUGUUUAUAUAUCCCUUUGCUAUUCUGGUGUAUUUAAAGAUCACUAAAUCAUCUUUGCUUUGAUAACAAAUGAGAAAAACUUACAUAAAUUCAUUGUUUGAGCUGCAAACUGUAUCAGCAGUAAUUGAAUUCUUCUAUAACGUGACCAAAUCAGCAGUAUUCAUCUCUAUACUUAUUUAUGACGAGUAGCUGAUGAGUGAUGUCCGUUUCAAAACCUCCUUACAGGAGCUCUGAGUCUGGAAUCUUGUAUAUCAGCUGAUAAUAGACCGGACCCUCCUCACAUCAGCAGCAGCCCCCCUAGCUGGCACAGGCAGGCAGGAAGGAAACAAUCCAGUCUUAGUAACACUGAAUUAUUGAAGCUGCACUGAUUGAAAGAUGGGAUGUAGAUUUUAUUGCUUUGUGGUUAUGAGCUAAUAUGGCAGUCUGUAAAUUCAAAGCCACAUCCUCGAUUUUGUGGAGCUGGAAGAGACGCUUGGCAUUGAUAGCUUCCAUCCUCAGCCACAAAUUGAGUUUAAUUAAGUCAUUAUAUGAUUAAAAGUCGAAACCGACUCUAAAUGUUUUCAUUCAUGUCAUCUUAGAGUGGGUUUAGGCUCUGCUGGUCAUAUUAUCGGUCAUGUUUUGAUCAGUCCAUGAUUUAUUAGUGUUGUGGACCUGCUGCUAUUUAUUUAGCUGUGGUCACUGAGAAUGCAGAUGUGACUCACGUUGUCUUAGGAAAAUGCAGAGCAGCCAAAACAUAAAGUGGAAAUGUUAACCUAAUAACGCUAGAUAAACAGCGAGUGGAGAGGAGCCAAAGACAACACAGGGCGACGGGGAAAGUGUCCUGCUGGCAUCAGGUUUCCCAGAGUAAGUGUUAUUUGAAAAGCAGCUGAAGGGUGACACUCACUCUCCUCCCACCCAAUCUUCCUCCUCUGCCUCCCCUCCCUCACUUGCUCCCUCACUCAGUCACUCGACCAUCUGUUGUUCCCUCUCUUUCUCAGGCUGCUCUAAGUGCCUUGAAACAGCUGUCGGAGCAGGGACUGGACCCGGUGGAUGGCCCUAUCAAGGUACAGUAGGACCGGAUCGCGCCGAAUACACACCAAACCUGUAGAAUCAAUCAGCCAAUCAGAGCGGACGGAUACUGGUCCAGUAGGGAGUCAGACAUGUGUGUGUGCAUGAGUGUUGCAAAAUCCCGGAGCUGCAGGCUGCCCCCAUCAUCAUCUCCCUCCACACCCACACACACACGUCCAAACAUUUCCUCUACACUCUUUUCUCUUCCAUAGGAAAGCAACAGUAGGCGGUUAUAUUUACAUGCAAUACACUUCUGUCAGCACUCCAUACUUUGCAUGAUUGCUAUCAUUAUAGUCAUGACGGAAAAGAGGGCUUUCUCCACCUCUCCUGUCUCCUCAACGAGGAGGAAGGAAGGACAACAGCCGAGCGAAGUAGGAAAGAAGUGGUGGGGGGGGGAUCUUUCUGGAAAGCAGGGAGGAAAUCAAGCAUUUCUGAAGUAUUUUCAUAAUAGGUGUGCCCUGGGAAAAAUAGUUUAGGCAGGGCUGUUCUCUUGCAGCCUCAUGUCUUUUUGAGAUGGAAAGAGGAGUGGAGCAAAGGAAGGAAAGACAACUGCGGUUUAAUAACAGCUUCAUUUACGUCACUCUGGAAGAGAAGCACAAAUAUGGCUGCAAUUAUUCUUUCACCUGAGCAUUUAAUCGCUCAUUUCUUGCCACAGUAGCCCCCCUUUUGGUCUUUACAACUCAUAAACUCAGCCACACUCUUCUGUUCACACAUUUUCAGUCACGAGGAUUCAGAUGAGUACAGAUAUUUAUACCAAAUCGUGCAAAUCUCCCCCUCAGGAUCAGCUGCUUUCUCUUUACUUCUGUUUGUACUCCCGCAAGAAAUCCCUGCUUCUCCACUCAUUUCUGAUGUAAACCACCCUACAAGAGCCCAUCUGAUCAGUUCAUGUGAAACAGAUUGAGGUCAAGGACUUCUUAAGUGUGUAGAGUAUCAGUGGGAGCACUUUCGUUUACCUGAAAAGUUGACUUUUACAAGAAAUACUCAUCGUGUUUGAAAGAGGUAUCUCCCAGGGAAGACGUAGAGGAGAAAACCCCAACUCUGGGACUGAUGAUUAGCUCAAACCUUGACCAAACUUGACCUGACUUGGUUUUAUUUGUCUUUUCAGACCAGUGAACCAUGUGGGAGGGAGGACGGACAUUAAACAGACUAACUCAGGCACCACCACUCAGGUCUGCAAGGAUUCAAAGGCUGUCGUCUAGGAGCUGACAACCCCGAACCCCCUUCCCUUUCGGCAUACACAAACCCUGACAUCCCCUCCUCCUAAUACCCCUCACCCUGAUCUCCUAUAACCCACAACCCUGCGAUUCCCACACCCUUCCUUACCCGUCUAACCCGACCCCCCACGAUUGCCACUGUAUCCUGCAAAGCCUGUCAACAUGCAAUAGGGUGGAUGUGCACCGAGAAAUGACCGACUAAAACACCAUUACCUGAGUCUAUGUGAAGACAACGCUAUCUUAACACGUUUAUCGAUGGUUUCAGUCAAAAUUUCACAAAAAUAAACUAAGAGAAUAAUGCAUGGUACUGUAUGAAAUCAAGGGAAAUCCAAAGUGAUAACACUGCAUAGACAACUUUCCCUUUGGGUCAAUGUCUGUUGGUAUGGUUAAAAACAAAUAUGUACAUCAUGCCAUUGAAACACAAAAGAAACAUUUUAGGGGAGAAACCAACUUGCGUACAGUAGCUUAUUUUUCCGGGGGUAUUCUGUUUCCGUUUUAUCUUUUAAUUUUUUUUCUUUUGUUAUUUUAUUAAUCUAACAAUGCUUGAGUACUGUAUUUAAAAUUAACCAAUGCCAGUGCUGUGAAAGUUGUAGUUGUUGUCUUCAUAUAUAGUCACCCAGCUUACCUUGUAUGCUGACAUUAAAAAAAAAAAAGAGUUCAUCUAUCUAUAUGGAUGUGUAUGACUUGCAAGAGUAUCAUAUACUGAAAAAUAACAAGUUUUUUUCAUGUGGACAAAAAGGACAAAACUGGUGUUAGCAGUAAUCAGUAGAAAAGUUGACCAGUCCAGGAGGGGAGGUUGGACGAGCCUUUUUCCUCUUGAAGGGUCUAACUUCCCCCCGUUUAACACAAUCCCACACUGGCAUAGCAUCACUGGAGCAUCACCUGACCCACAGCGAAGACAAAGGGGCCACCCGGGUUCUUCUUUUUAUCUAGAAAAUAAAGAUGCCAGUUAACUUCUUCCUCAAAGUCCUGAAAGUUCAGUCCAGGUGUGACUGCAUGUCCAGUGAAUGAAAAUAACCUUCGCUCCAUUCCAGUGAUUUUGUGUCAGUGAAUCGUCCCCUCCUCUCCCCUCCCCCACAGUUUUGUCGAUCACAUCUACACCCAUUGUGUGUGUUGUAUUGACCCGCCAAGGCAUCAACUGGGUGCUUUUAAUGCCUGCAUUUAGGAGCGCGUCUAUGAAACGGAGAGAGCCGGCAUCUGAUUCAGUCACGCAGACUCUCUCCCUCCAAAGGCCGCUUCACUUUGACUCACUUUGAUCACUGACAUUGAGGACGUGACUUCUUCUUCACUGUGAGUGCAAUGUGUAAUAAGGCUGUUUCUGUUACUGAAAUGCAGUAAAAACACCUCAGUUCAUGUGGAAAAAAAAACAUCUGCCUCC